AUGCAUAUUAUUUUAUAAAUGUACAAUCUACAGGAAUUAAAUCUUUCUGAGCAGAGGAUCAUCCAGGAGAUUGAGCUCAGGAUCAUGACAAUUACCUAUCAACACAUUGUGACCGAGGAUGGAGAACUAAUGGUGACUGCAGCAGAAUAUGAGGCCUUGCAGCCAGGAUUUGCCACACCAGUCAAAAACUACAGGAUCAUGGAGGGAAUGGGAGUCACUUUCCACUGUAAAAUGGAAGGAAUCCCACUUCCCAAGAUUGCAUGGUACAAAGAUGGCAACCGUCUUCAACAUGGCGGCCGUUGUCAGAUGGAGGUUCUCCAGGAUGGCAGAGCCAGCCUUCGUCUGCCUGUGGUGCUUCCAGAGGAUGAGGGCGUUUACACCGCCUUUGCCAGCAACAUGAAGGGUAAUGCUGUAAGCUCUGGGAAGCUGUAUGUCGAACCCUCUGGAGCAGCAACUCCUCAGACAUACAAUCCCCAGCCAGCAAUGCAGAGAAUCAGGUCUACCUCUCCUCGUUCUAUGAGUCGCUCCCCUGGCCGUUCUGCCAGCGGCUCUCCGGCUCGCAGGCUUGAUGAGACGGAUGAAGCUCAGCUGGAGAGACUCUACAAACCUGUCUUUGUCCUGAAGCCUUCCUCAUGUAAAUGCACUGAGGGGCAGACUGCCAGAUUUGACCUGAAGGUUGUCGGAAGGCCGAUGCCUGAAACAUACUGGUUCCACAAUGGGCAUCAAGUUGUGAGUGACUUCACCCACAAGAUUGUUGUUAAAGAAGAUGGAACACAGUCUCUGAUAAUUGUAACAGCCAUGCCUCACGAUUCUGGAGAAUGGACAGUUGUUGCUCAGAAUAGAGCUGGAAAAUCCUCCAUCUCCAUCACUCUGACUGUCGAUGCUAAAGAAAGCCUGAUACGUCCCCAGUUCAGCGAAAAGUUGAAGAACAUCAGUGUGAAACAGGGAACUCUGGUGGAGUUGGCUGUCAGGGCCAUCGGAAACCCCAUUCCUGACAUUGUCUGGCUGAAAAACAGUGAUAUUAUAACUCCACACAAGCAUCCUAACAUCAGGAUCGAAGGAACUAGAGGAGAGGCCAAAUUCCAGAUCCGUUCAUCUGUUGGCUCUGACAGUGCCUGGUACACAGCUACAGCCAUCAACAAGGCUGGAAGAGAUACCACUCGCUGUAGGGUCAAUGUUGAGGUAGAAUUUGCUGAACCUGAACCAGAGAGGAAGCUGAUUAUAACCAAAGGAACCUACAAGGCUAAAGAUAUUGCUGCCCCUGAAUUGGAGCCCCUUCAUCAACGUUAUGGCCAAGACCAAUGGGAGGAGGGAGACCUUUAUGACAAAGAGAAGCAGCAGAAACCACAGUUCAAGAAGAAGCUGACUUCUGUCCGAAUGAAGCGUUUUGGGCCAGCUCAUUUUGAGUGCAGACUGACUCCUAUUGGUGACCCCACUAUGGUCGUUGAGUGGCUACAUGAUGGUAAACCUCUUGAUGCUGCCAAUAGGCUGCGCAUGGUCAAUGAGUUUGGCUAUUGCAGUCUGGACUAUGAAGUUGCCUACCCUAGAGACAGCGGUGUUAUUACCUGCAGAGCUACAAACAAGUUUGGUGUUGAUCAAAAUUCUGCCACCCUUGUGGUUAAGGAUGAGAAAGGCCUUGUUGAAGAGUCCCAGCUCCCCGAGGGAAUAAAGGGAGCACACAGAAUUGAUGAGAUGGAGCGUAUGGCUCAUGAGGGAGGACCCACUGGUGUAAGUGCUGAUGAUGAAACAGAAAAGUCAAAACCAUGCAUUGUUCUGGUUCCAGAACCAGCUGUAAUUGUGGAAGGAGAAACGGCGAGAUUCCGUUGCAGAGUGACUGGUUAUCCAUCACCAAAGGUAAACUGGUACCUUAAUGGACAACUCAUUCGCAAGAGUAAGAGAUACAGACUGCGUUAUGAUGGCAUUUACUACCUGGAGAUAGUUGAUGUCAAAUCGUAUGAUUCGGGAGAGGUCAAGGUGGUUGCCGAUAGCAACCUGGGCUCAGCUGAACACAAAGUGAAACUGGAGAUCCAGCAGAAGGAAGACUUGAGAACACUUCUUCGUCGUUCAGAUGGCAAAGUUCCAGAAGCUGUUUCUGAAGCAGGAAAAACACAAUUCGAGGUUAUGAAGGUGGAGAAAACUGCAGAGGACUCUCAGCUGAAAGAAGUUGUUACACUGAAAAAGACCCAGAGAGUUGUCCAUGAGAAAUCCACAGAAGAAACAGAGGAACUGAGAGGCAAGUUUAAGCGCAGAACAGAGGAAGGAUUCUAUGAGUCAAUCUCUGCUGUGGAGUUGAAGUCUCGCAGGAAGGAUGAGUCUUAUGAGGACCUACUGAAGAAGACAAAGGAUGAACUGCUUCACCGUGCCAAGGCAAAGGAGGAGGCUGAGAAGUUAAAGGAAGAAGAACGUCGUAAAGUUACUGCUACCCCAUUAAAACCAGAGAGGAUUAAGCUCUCUGCAAGCAUGGAAGCCCCGAAGAUCAUUGAGCGCAUCACCAGCCAGACAGUUGCACAAGGUGAUGAAGUUAAGUUCAGGGUAAGAGUUAUCGGAAGACCAGAACCAGAAUGUCAGUGGUUCAAGAAUGGCGUUCAGCUGGAGAAGUCAGAUCGGAUUAACUGGUACUGGCCCGAGGACCAGGUUUGUGAGCUGAUGAUCACAAAUGUGACCCCAGAAGAUUCGGCCAGUAUCAUGGUCAAAGCCAUGAAUUCUGCUGGGGAGACUUCUGGUCAUGCUUUCCUGCUAGUGCAAGGAAAGCAAGUCCUCACCUUCACACAGAAACUUACAGAGGUCAAUGCCAAGGAGAAGGACACCAUGGCCACCUUCGAGUGUGAGACCAACGAGCCUUUCAUUAAAGUGAAAUGGAUGAAGAACAACAUGGAUAUCUUUUCUGGAGACAAAUACAGGAUGCACUCUGACAGAAAAGUCCACUUCCUGUCUGUGCUGAUGAUCUCUAUGAAAGACGAUGCAGAUUACAGUUGUGUUGUUAUCGAAGAUGACGCAGUCAUAACCACUUCCAGGCUAAGCGUUGAAGGUGCUCCGUUGGAGAUAGUGAAGAACCUUGACAGCACUGAGGUUCCUGAAUCCUACUCUGGAGAGUUUGAGUGCAUCGUGACCCGUGAAGAUGCUGAGGGCACUUGGUAUUUUGGAGACAAAGUGAUCUCUAGUAGCAACAAAUACAUAAUUUCCUCCCGCCGUGGAAGACAUACUCUGUCAGUCAAGGAAGUCAAGAAAGAGGACCAGGGGAAAUACACCUUCAAAGUGGAAGAUAUCAAGUCAAGUGCAUCUCUCAAGAUGAAAUUGCGACCUGUGACACUGAUGCAGCCCCUGAGUGAUCUGACAGUCUGUGAAGGAGACAUUGCUCAGCUGGAGGUGAAGUUCUCCCAGGCGAACGUUGAAGGAACCUGGAUGAAGAAUGGCCAGGUCCUGUCAUCCUCCAACCGUGUCCACAUUGUUAUCGACAAACAGAUACACAAACUCCUGAUAGAGGACACCAUCAAAGAUGACUUUGGAACAUACUCCUUUAUGAUUCCUGCUCAGGAGAUCUCAACCUCUGCAAAGCUGACCGUCCAGACUAUCGGAGUCUUGAUCACGCUGAAGGAUAUCAGUGCUAUUGAGGGAACCAAGGCUGUUCUGGAGACAAAGAUCUCAGUUCAGGACAUCACCGCUGUCAAAUGGUACCAAAAUGAUGAACUGCUGAUAGCCAGUGAGCGAGUUCAGAUGGUGUCCAAGGGGGCCAAGCAGCGUCUGGUCUUCAACAGGACCUUUGCCUCCGAUGAGGGACAGUACAAACUGGUGGUGGGAAAGGUUGACACCAGCUGUAGACUGUCUGUACAGGAGGUCACGAUUGUUAGCCCAAUGAAGGACAAGGUGUGCUCAGAAUCUGAAAAUGUCACCUAUGAAGUUGAAGUCUCACACCCUGGCAUAGAUGCUUUUUGGACCUUCAAUGGUCAGCCCCUCAAAGCCGGAUCGAAGUACAAGAUGGUGUCCAAGAAGAAGAGCCACUCUCUCACUGUGCUGAAUGCCAUGAAGGAUGAAGAAGGGGAAUAUAUGUUUGGUGCUGGAGAAAAGUCCUGCUCUGCCACACUUACUGUUUCAGGUGGAGCUAUCAGGAGGCCCCUCUUUGACUUGGUGGUUGCCGACUCCCAGACUGUUGAGCUGGAGUGUGAGGUGGCCAAUGCCUCUGUCGAGGGGAAGUGGCUAAAGGACGGCCAACAGUUGGACUACAGCGACAACGUUGUGAGUGAGGUGAAUGGCGCAGUAAGACGCCUGGUGAUCAUCAUUAGUAAAGCUUCAGACAUUGGAGAAUACACCUACCAGGUGGCCAACUCCAAGACCACAGCCAGUCUGAAAGUCGAAGCUGUGAAGGUCAAGAAGACCUUGAAGAAUCUCAAUGUGGUUGAGACCAAGGAUGCGGUAUUCAGUCUUGAGCUGACCCAUGAGAAUGUGAGAGGAUCUCAGUGGAUCAAGAAUGGUUUUGAAAUCCUCCCUAGUGAUAAAUAUGAAAUCUCUGUUGUGGGUACAGUCCACACACUGACAAUCAAGAACUGCAACACCCAGGACGAGUCUGUUUAUGCUUUCAAAUUGGGGAAACUGUCUGCCAACGCUAGACUCAAUGUCGAAAUGAUCAAGAUCCUGAAGAAACUGAAGGAUGUGACCUCCCUGCUGGGAGCGAUGGUAACAUUUGAAUUGGGGCUGUCAGAGGAUGACAUCCCUGUGCGAUGGAUGUUAAAUAAAGUGCCGCUGGAAGCCAACAAGCAAUUUAGUAUGCUCUCAGAGAAGAAGAGUCAUAAGUUGAUCAUCCAGGAAGUGGACUCCAGUAAGAAAGGAGAAUACACUGCUUAUGCAGGCCACCUGCAUUCCAGUGCUCACCUCAUUGUGGAGGCUCUCAGCGUGACCAAGCCCUUGAAGAAUGUGGAGGUACCAGAGACCCAUGUGGCCACUUUGGAGUGUGAAGUUUCCCAUUUUAAUGUCCACUCUACUUGGCUGAGGAAUGGUGUGGAGAUGGAGAUGAGUGAGAAGUUCAGUAUUGUGGUCCAGAGCAAACUUCACCAGCUCAAGAUCAUGAACACGACCACUGAGGACUCUGCAGAGUACAGCUUUGUCUGUGGAAAUGACAGAGUCUCUGCGACUGUUACUAUUCUUCCAAUCAUUAUCACCAGGAUGAUACAAGAUGUGAAUGCUCAGGAGAAGGACACUGUGACCUUUGAGCUUGAUGUUAACUAUGAGGGAAUCAUCUAUAAAUGGCUGAAGAAUGGUGCAGAGAUACGCUCCACAGAAAGGAGCCAGAUUCGCUGCAAACAGCUAACACACUCUCUUACCAUCAAAAACGUCCACUUUGGAGACAGCGCAGAGUACACGUUCAUGGCUGGUUCUGCCCUUACUUCCGCUAAAGUCUUUGUUGAAGCUCGUGUGGUAGAAUUCACCAAACACUUGAAAGAUUUGAAGAUCACGGAAAAGAAGAGGGCAACUUUUGAGUGUGAGGUGUCUGAGCCUAACAUCCAGGUCAUGUGGAUGAAGGAUGGUCAGGAGUUGGAGAUGUCUGGAAGACUGAAUAUGACGUCAGAGAAGUUCUUGCAUCGCCUGAUCCUGCCAUCGGUGCGUCUGUCGGACUCUGGGGAGUUCACUGUGGUCGCCGGGGCCAGCAUGUCCAAGGGUCAUCUGACGGUGGAAGGACGGGACGUUAAGAUCUCUGAGCCAGCAAACCGAACAAUCACCGUUUUGGAGAAACAAAGAGCCACCUUUGAGUUUGAGGUGAAUGAGGAUGAAGUAGAGGGCCGCUGGCUGAAGAAUGGAAUUGAGAUCCAGUUCACAGUUGAGAAGAGGUUUAACUACGUGAGCAUCAAGAAGAAGCACCGUCUCACCAUCUCUGAAACCUACAGAAGUGAUGCUGGCGAAUAUACCUUCAUCGCUGGCAAAAACAGGAGCACAAUGAACCUCCUUGUCAAAAUCCCAGAGCCCCCUCAGAUCGUCCAGCACAUGGAGCCCCAGUCGGUGGAAUCUGGAAAACCAGCUCGCUUCACGGUCGCAGUGACUGGUGUUCCCCAGCCACAGGUCUCCUGGUACAAGAACUCCCAGGCUUUGUCUUCUGGCUUCAAGUGCAAGUUCCUUUGUGAAGGAAACGACCACACUCUGCUGCUAAUCGAGGUGUUCCCAGAGGAUGCAGCUGUGUACAACUGUGAAGCCAAGAAUGACUACGGAGAGGCAACUACCUCAGCUGCUCUUAAUGUGGAAGUUCCUGAGGUGGUAUCGCCAGAGUCUGGGCCUCAGAUGUCAGCUCCUGUGAUCUCCAGACCACUGAAGGACCUACUGGUGAUCCAGGGUAGACCUGCUCAACUCCAGUGCACUGUCUCUGGAGAAGACUUGCAGGUGGUGUGGUAUUGUAAUGGGAAAGAGAUCAAGGACUCAGACAUCUACCGGAUGACUCGGUCCGGGGAGACCUGCCAGCUAGAUGUGUCUGGGGUGCAAUCAGCCCAGCAGGGAGAAUACAUGUGCACCGCCAGAAACACAGCAGGAAGGGUGUCAUGCGGUGCGAAGCUGAGCCUAGAUGAUGAAAAGGCACGAGCCUUAGCUAGCUCUGAGUGUGAAACAGUGGUCAUUCAGAGAGAGCAUGUUCAGUCAGAGAGCUCCCACAGUGUGGAGAUGGUAUCGGAGAUGUCCUCCAUGUCUACCACGAUCUUAUCCUCUUGGAGGAGCGUUGAUGUUCAGAGCUUCUUGUCUGAGGGUCUCCCAGCCGCCCCCAAACUGCUCCUAGAGAUGACCGAUGUCCAGGUAAAAAGUGGUGAGAUGGCUACGUUUAGCUGUUCCUUCGAUGGGCAGCCCUUCACUUGCAUCGUGUGGGACCAUAAUGGCCAUGGCCUGGGGGAGACGGAGAGGAUGAGGAGCUCUGAGAGAGGAGGGCUUCUGUCCCUGAUCAUCCAGAGUGUUAGCCUUGGAGACCAGGGAGAAUAUCGCUGUACGGUCAGCAACACACAUGGCCACAACAGUAACUCUGCCCAGCUCAUUGUGGAAGCAAAAGAAGCGAUUAUCAAAGCAGAAAAUUCCACCCCAAGCGAUUGUGUACGUAAAGUGUCCCAGACAGACAGGGACACUCCUGGGCUCUCUGGUCGGGAAAAAACGCUAGAGGAACUGGUUUCUGCAGAACUCCCUGGUUGGGACAAGCCACUGGAGGAACUGGCUCCUCAGUCUUUCCCAAGAACUCACAACCUCCUUAGCCUUCUUUACUUCCCUGAUGUGGUGCCAGGAGAAGCCGUAUCCAGCCAGCGUGAGCUGUUCCUCAAACUAAGCCCUGAUAUGCUCCUCAAAAACAGAGAGCUUGCUCUUUGCUGUGUCUUCGAGGGGGCUCCCACCUCCUUUCUUCUUUGGCUUCACAACCGGUUAAAUAUCAACAACUCUCUGUCAUGCCUAGACUUUAAGAAUUUUGGGUCUGGACAAGGGAAUGGUUCUCUUUUCCAAAAUGCCAGCUCAGCCCUGGACGCUGAGGGCCACAGAGUAAUGAAAGUUCCUGCAGCGGCGGUGGGAACUAUAAUGGAGCAGAAGGAGGAAAUGAAAGCUUUCUCCAAGGUGGAUGAAGAGACUUACAAAACUGGUCUUAACCUGCACCAUAGAACAACAGCAUUCCAACUCAAGCCAGAGCCCACACGUAGUUCUUUAGAGAGGAAAAAAGAAAAGCCAGUUUUCCUUAGCCAGCUGUCUCCAGCUGCUGUGACCGAAGGGGAAACAGCUAGGUUUACUGUCACAGUGGCGGGCUUUCCCAAGCCAUCUGUUCAAUGGUUCCACAACGGGAAGGGCAUCACAGCUUCAUCUAAACAUACAUUCACUCAUGAGCAAGAUGAAUACAGUCUGAUCAUUAACAAAGUUGAGAGAACAUUUGAAGGAGAGUACUUGUGUACUGUAUGCAACCGGUUUGGUCAGUCGAACUGGAGUUCAUACCUGCAUGUUCAUUUGAAGGACCUAGUGGGAUAUGAAAAGGAGGUUGAAAAGGUGGAUGACCCACCCAACAAGCCCCCUGACUUCAGUCAAAAGAUUGAACCUCUUCAUUCCCCUCAGGGGGGUCAGGCGUUGUUUAGAUACAAGGUAACAGGAAGCCCCUUGCCUGAAGUUCAGUGGCUUAGAGGAAGCUACCGCAUCAAACCAAGUCAAUUCUGUAUCAUAGUCAACAACUCAGAUGGCUCUGGCCUCAUGCAAAUAAAGAGCAUCAAACAGGAGGACAGCGACAUCUACACUUGUAAAGCCUCAAACCAUUUUGGAGAGGCUUCAUGUAGUGCUGAAUUGGUGGUUUUCAGGGAGGCUGUUCAGCAGGAACAGCGCACAGUUAUUCAAGAAAGAGGCUACAAAGUAACCAUGACUGAGAAAGCCACAGAGUCAUGCUUAUACCCGGUCAGCCUUCUUGGACAGGAAAUAUCUAGUUCAGAUCAGAUGGUUUACACCAUUGGCACUGAAGACAGGCAGGUCAUUACCAGUGAGCAGGUGGGCACCAUUAGAGAUCAGAAUAUUUCUGCCGCCAGUCUUCAGAGAGAGCAGGUCACCCACCAGGCUGCCGUUCUGCAGUCCCAUGAAGUGGAGGAGAGGGUGUCAGUGGCUCCUGCCCAUCCAUCGUACAUUUCAGCAGUCCCACUCAAACAGCUUCACAUGGCAGCGUUUACCUCUUCUGUCCUGGAGAGUCAGCAGUUUAUUGAGCAGCAUUUCGACCGCAUCCUGAGCCCUGAGCUGGUAGAGGUGGAAUUUGUUAAAGAGCAGCCGUCUAGGCUAAUGUCAGCCAUAGCUCAAGAGGUUGUUCCUUUUACAACAGUCAAACCAGAGGUCCUUCCAGACAACGCAUCAGAGCAGCUCCUCACAUCUUCUGAACCCCAACAGGUUGUGUGUGGUUACCAGGUGCAGUCUGCUUUACCUAUCAAUGAAACAUCUGCCCUACUAGUGAGGCAGGAGGAACAGAAGUGCUUUAGAGUGAAAGAGGGCAUGAAGAUCCUGUACACAUCCAAUUGUGCUGGGCAGCUUCCGAUAAAUGAAAGACACGUAGAGCCUCUGGUUGCUUUAGAAUCAGCCACUGAACCUCUGAUAGACAAGGAAAGGCCUGAGCAAGUUCGAGCACCUGUCAGUGAAACAACUCUGAUUUUAGCAAAAGAAAAUAAGUUUGCAAUGUGCCGAUCAGAGGAAGAGAGUACGAUCCCAUGCAAAGACACAGUAUGUUGGUCAGCUCAGUGCAUUGAGGAAACCUACAAGAUCCAAGCAGAGUACUCAGGGUUAAAUCAAGGGUUGGAAUCCUCUUUAUCUCUGCAGUCCCAGAGAGAAAAGGAACGACUUCUGUAUUUACAAGUUAUCUGCGAUCAGGACAUUUUACAAUCUGAGGGAAGAUUUUUGAGUGAGGAGCCUUUAUCAGAGCAGGCAAUUGCCGGUAAGAAUACUGCUUUGCUUUAUCCAGUCACCCAGACUGAGCAAAAGUCAUUGGUUUGUGAAACUACUUCUGGAUUAUCAGUAAUAACCAAAUCAAAAAGGGUUCAGCCUAAGAAAGAGGUGCCACCAACCUUUUUUCUUCAUUCAGUCCAAGAUGUGACUGCUUUACCUAAGGAGGGUUUUCUUAGCAUUACCAAACCAGAGCAGCAGGUGGCAGCAGAGAAACAGACGAAGACCAGGAGUCAUGCAGCCACCUAUGAGGAGCGAAGGGAGAUCACAGCAGAUAAUCACAAAGAUCUUGAUGUGUCGGAGACAGGAGUUAAAUCACAGCUAGGGUCGGAGCCUAGACCUCUUAAUAUCCUACAGGUGACCUCCCACCCCAUGGAACUCCCAAAAGAGACUCCUUUCCCCCACGACAUGAAACAGGAGCGUGCCUUAGUUCAGAGGGAGGAGCGUUGGAAUUUGAUGAAUGUCACCACCUUAGAAGACAUCCAGGCUUUGGUGGAGGCCCAUACUGAGAGUCUGGCUGCUGAGAAUACAUUCACCUGCCAGACAGCUGUAGAGCCAAAGGUUCCCACAGAGCCGGUCCAGGUUGAGAAGAAGGAGAUCUCUACUGAGAUCAGUUUGUCUAUAGAGGCAGCAGAGCAGGACCUUGCGGUUCAGAUCCAGGAGGGCCAGUCAGUUAGACAGUCAAUCAUGAUGGUCGAAAAGCAUGUGCUGAAAGGAGAGUUUUCCCAUGAGAUAAUCAAGUCAGAGUCCUCUAAAAUCAGUGUUAUCACACAGCCUGAACUUUAUUUAAUGGCCCCACAGACUGAGGAGAGCACAGCACUGCCCAAAGAGCUGACCUUUGUGAUUCAGAUUCCCAAACCAUCAAGUGUAAAUAUAAGACGUCAGCUGAAAGAUGCUCUUCAGUCUGCUGUGGCCCAGGAACAACCACUGCUACUGGCCGAUGUGGUGGGAAAGUUAGAGGCAGCACAGAUCCAGGAAGUUAGGGUUCAGAAAGAGCCAAAACUGGCAAUGUUCACAUACCUUGUCACGUCAUCUGGUGCAGCCAUAGAAAUCUCUCUGGCUUUUGACGGUGAGUACCUCCAGACAGCUGACCUGAGGUCAGAACUGCAGGCAGCCUUCCACUCUAUAGUUUACCAGGAGUCCCAGGUUCUGACUCUAGAACGGCCCAGUACUAUUUUGCUAGACAGCCCUCAAAAGUUACAGGCAGCCUCUGCACUUUCCGAAGAGCUGCUGACAUCUGUAGUGGACUCUAUUUCUGUAUCAGAAAGAACAAGGGGAUGGCAUUCCCCUGUGUCUCAUUCGGCUUCUGUGAAGACUGAGGACAGGGUUACCUGUAACAGUGUUUCUGUUCAUGAAUGCGCAGAGAUCCUGGAGUUAGGGUUAGGUCCCCAGCAGGAUGAGGGAGCAUCUGAACUGACCACCACUGUGGCCAAGGUGUCUGUUGAACAGCACGUUCAUAGAGAAACCAAGGAAGAGUAUCUCUCUGAGGCCUUUAUGAUCAGUGGGUUCUCGGACAGUAUCGUAGACUAUCCCAUAGUUAUGAACCCUCUAGAUCAUGAGUGCAUUGAGGAGCACAGUCAUGCUGUUUUAAGCACCACCAUAAAGUACGUCACCAAGGUUAACUGGCUUUUCAAUGGUAAAUUGGUCAAAUCUGGCAAAGAGUUCACGUGCUCUAAAGACAAUGACACAUACACACUUAUUAUCAACAAAGUUAUCAAGGAGCAUCAAGGAGAAUAUAUCUGUGAGGCUGAGAAUGAAGCUGGCAAGACAAGAACAUCCUCAAGACUGACUGUGGUCUCAAGAGUGAAACCGGUAUUCAGGCACAGACCAGUGCCCCUGGAGGUCAAUGUUGGGAACAACGCCAAGUUUGAAUGUGACACUGAGGAUGCUCCAAAUGUCAACUUCAAAUGGUUCAAGGAAGGAAAGCCUAUUAAAGAUGGGGACAGAUGCAGGAUCAUCAGCCGCUUCAAUGUCUCCUCUCUAGAGCUUAUAAGCCCCACCAAAGCUGACAGCGGGGAGUACUGCUGCAAGGCCUCAAACCAGCACGGCUCCGACAGCUGCUCCAGCACCCUGAACGUCACCGAAACCUUCCUUCCAGCGUUUAUACGUAAGCCUGAAUCUCAGGUUGUGUGUGUGGGAAAGAAGUCCACCAUGCAGUAUGUAGUAACAGGAUCGGAUCCACUCAAUAUUGUCUGGUGCAAAGACGAUCAAGUUUUACCUGAUGUACCACACUACCACACCUCUUCAGAAAAGAAUAAACACACUCUUGAAAUCCCCAAUGUGGAGCUGUCAGACCAGGGGGUUUACCUCUGUAGAGUGUCUAAUAGCGCUGGGAUCGCUAUGUGCAGCACAGAGCUCAGUGUCAUUGCCACGCCCAGCUUCGUGACGCCCCUUGGCUCUGUGGCAGCUGUUGUUGGGGCUUCUCUCCACCUGGAGGCCCAGGUGGACAAGGACACUGGGGUGACCAUUAUGUGGACCAGAGAUGGGCGAAAAGUCCACCAAUCUCCCGAUUGUAAACUCUCUUUUGAGAGGAAAAGGGUCACGCUUGAUAUCCCAAAGAUCACACUGAAAGAUUGUGGCCAAUAUGUAUGCAAAGCCACAAACGACGCUGGAAGUACAACAUGCUCUGCCACAGUCAGGGUGCAAGAGGCUCCAAGCUUCAUAAAGAGGCUGGAGAGCACUGUAGCCUGGAAGCAGGGCAGCUCUGCUCGACUGCAGUGCAUUGUUAGCGGUUCCCCAGACCUUCAAACAUCUUGGUUCCUCAACGACAGAGAGCUGUCCCCAGGGGAAAGGUAUAGCAUCAGCCUGAAGGACAGUGUCGCUACUCUGGAGCUGAGAAGUGUCAUGCUGUCAGACAGUGGAAACUACACCUGUGAGGUCCUAAACGAGUCAGGCUGUGAAAGCUGCACCAGUAAAGUUACUGUGAAAGAACCCCCUAGUUUCAUGAAGGACCUGCUUUCUGUUGAAGCAGUGAGAGGAUCUGUUGCCAUGUUUGACUGUGAGAUUGAAGGCUCAACACCGUUUGAGGUGACCUGGCUGAAGAAUGGAAAACGGAUUUCUGCAGGCGGGAAAUACAGAAUAGUGUCACAGGGCUCCAUGUCUUCACUUGAGAUCCAUUCUUUUGAAAGUUCUGAUAUUGGAGAUUAUAAGUGUGAUGUAUCAAAUGCAGUUGGUGUAGCAUCCUCCAAGGCAAUGGCUAAGCAGAAAGAACCCCCAGCAUUCUCAAAGAGAGUUGAGAGCAUUGUGGCUGUGUUAGGAAACACAGUCAAACUUCAGGGCAGUAUAAAAGGAUCAGCUCCCCUCACUGUUAAAUGGACGAAAGACUCUGAGAUCCUAAGAGAUGACAAUGCCAAUAUCAGCAUGAGGUUGGAGAACAAUGUUGCCAGCCUUACAUUCUCAUCUGUUGAGGUGGCAAAUGCUGGAAAGUAUGCCUGCCAAGUUGAAAAUGCUGCAGGACGUCAGACAUGUGAAGCUGUUCUUACAGUCCAAGAACCCGCCAGAAUCGUAGAACCUGCAGAGUCCAUUAGUGUGACUGCAGGAGAUUCAGCCACCUUGGAAUGUACAAUCGCUGGAAGCCCAGACCUCAAGGUGCAAUGGUUUAAAGAUGGAAAGGAGGUGACGAGUGGUCGUAAAUACAAAAUCACUCUGAAGGAGAAAACUGCCAUGUUAAAAAUUCUGGCAGCAGAAAAAGAAGAAUCUUCUGAAUUCAGGAUGGAGGUGUCAAACAAAGUGGGCAAGGACCAGUGCAAAAGCUCCGUUACCGUCCUAGGUCGAGCAGUUCCCCCUUCCUUCACUAAAACUCUAAAGAAACUUAAUGCAAAUAUUGGUAAUGAUAUUACCUUGGAAUGCAAAUUCUGUGGGACCCAACCAAUUGAUGUUUGUUGGUACAGAGAUGAUAAAGAGAUCCACAGUGAUACAAAAUAUAAGGUUGAAACGAGGGAGAACAUGGCCGCUCUCCUUAUAAGGAGCCUGGGGCAAAGUGAUGGAGGCAAUUAUAGAUGCCGACUGACCAACGUUGCUGGUCAAAAGGACGACACUGGAACUCUCUGUAUCAAAGAACCCCCAGCUUUUACAGUGAAACCAGAUAACCGGGAGGUAAAAGAAGGCUCCACUAUUUCUUUGAAAUCAGCCUUCACUGGAACAGUUCCUCUGGCUGUCAAGUGGUUCAGAGAAGAAAAGGAAAUUUCCACUGGAGGCUCAUAUUUAAUUAAGAAAGAUGCCGUAUCCAGCACCUUGGAACUCCACUCUGUGAAACCCAGCGACUCUGCUAAGUUCACAUGCCAAGUAUCCAAUGAUGCUGGGAAAGUGGACUGUACUGCUGUCCUCGUUGUGAAAGAACCACCAACCUUUUCAUUGAAGCUUGUUCCCUCACGCCUAGUGAAAACGGGACAGCCUCUGACAUUGUCUUGCAAAGUAGAGGACAGCCCUGGGCUUAGUGCGAAGUGGUUUAGGAAUGGCUGUGAGAUCAUUUCAAACUACAGACAGCUGGUGCGUUUCUCUAACUCAGUGGCAUCUUUGGAGGUGAUAGACAAUAGCGUGGACGAUAGUGGAGAAUAUGUCUGUGUGGCGUCGAGUGCGGCUGGUAGCAAUCACUGCAGCUGUACUGUAACAGUCAAAGAGCCCCCUGUUUUUGUGAGACCUCUAAGGUCUGCCACCCUGGUAAAGGGAUGCGACAUUGUCUUGGAAGGAAGAGUCUCAGGCUCUUCCCCCUUUGAAAUAUAUUGCUCCCAUAAUGGUGAGCCCAUCCAAAAUGACCGAAGGCAUUACAUCCAUUUUGAAAAAGACACCAUUACACUUAUGGUCUCCAAGUGUGAGGCCGGAGAUGUUGGGAAGUACCAGUGCACUGUUACAAAUGAAGUUGGAGAAAUAUCUAGUUCUUGUCACAUAUCACUGAAAGAACCACCAUCAUUUGUUCAGAGACUAGAGGACCUGACGUACCAGGUGGGCUCAGAGGUCUCUCUCAAGUGCAUGCUAACCGGAUCACUCCCCAUGGAGGUAUCCUGGGUCAAAGACAACUGUGAUCUCAAAGAAGAUGAGCACAUCAAGAUGUCUUAUGAGGCUAAAACUGCCGUGUUGAAUUUGAAAAACACUCAGAAGACGCACAGUGGGAAAUAUGUCUGUCAUGUCCACAAUGAAGCCGGAAGUCAGAAAUGUGUUGCUGUUCUCACAGUGACAGAACCCCCUCAGUUCUUGGUGAAGCUACCUCCCAGUACGUUUGUAAAGCAAUGCGAGAGCCACCGCUUUGAGUGCAAGACGAACAAUGCAACCUCUAUAAAACUAUGCUGGUACAAAAAUGACCAAAAGCUUACCGUGGGAGACAACUAUAAUAUAGGAUUUGCUGAUUCUACUGCAUACCUUAAGCUGCGUACCAAAAGUGUUGAGGAUAACGGAGUCUACACCUGUGAAGCGUACAAUGAUGCUGGUAAUGCAAGCUGCAGCACUGUACUCACAGUUCAAGAGCCUCCAUCUUUCAUUAAAAUGCCGGAAAUACUGGAAGUCGUCAAAGGAAAAGAUGGUAGCUUGCACUGUGAGCUGUACGGAACUCCUCCUUUCCAAGUGAACUGGUACAAAGAAAAGAGAGCCUUGAAGGAGAACCAUAAAUACCGCAUGGUCAGUGAAGGAGCUUCGGCUGCUCUUCACAUCAUGAAGCUAGACAUGACAGACGCUGGUUUAUAUGAAUGCAGAAUAACAAACAAUGUAGGAAGUAACACCUGCCAUGCCACCGUUAACUUGAGAGAACCACCAUCUUUCGUCCAGAAACUGGCGGAGCAGUCGAUAAGAGCUGGUCAGCAACUCACGCUGACAGCUAAAGUUAAAGGCUCUGAACCUAUUACUGUGUCCUGGGUUCAGGACAAGGAUCACAUCCUCAGGGAGGGUGAAAACAGGAUUAUCAGUUAUCUUAAUGGUGAGGCCACCCUCACAGUUCCAACAGCAGACCACACCACAUCUGGUAAAUACACCUGCCAGCUCAGGAACGACUCUGGCCAGGCCGAGUGUGUCUCGCUGGUCACUGUUCUAGAACCUGCUGCUAUUGUGGAUUACCCUGAGACUUUAAAUGUGAAGUCAGGAGACAGUGCAGCUCUUGAGGUAUCGGUAUCAGGCUCAGCAGAGCUCAAGCCCAGGUGGUUCAAGGACAACCAAGAGCUGUCUACCAGCACAAAGUUGAAGUUGUCUUUUUCAAAUAAAGUGAUGAUUCUGAUGAUUCAAUCUGCUGACAAGGCAGAUACAGGAGUGUACAAGCUAGAGAUCCAAAAUAACAUUGGGAAAGCAUCCUGCAAUAUUAAACUCUCUGUCUCAGAUAAGAUGAUUCCAGCAACAUUCAUACGGAAGCUGAGAGACAUUAAUCUAGUUGCUGGUCGACCAGGAGAGAUGGAGUGUAAGGUGGCUGGUUCAGCUCCUUUCACCACCACCUGGUUCCACAAUGGCCAGGAGAUCAAGGGUUGCCCAAGCUUUGACUUAAGCCUCAUUGAUAACACAUGUAAAAUCAAAGUUCCAACUGUCCAGUUGUCUGACUGUGGGAAAUACACCUGCAAAGCUACUAAUGCUGCAGGAAGCAGUGAAACUAGCGCUUUGAUGACUGUCAAAGAAUCUCCCUCUUUUCUGGAAACACCUGACAUGAAAGAAAGUCUCCCUGGAAAAAAUGUCACGUUCUCGGCCAGAGUGAAGGGCAGUGGGCCUCUCAAGGUGAGAUGGUUCAGGGGAGCUAAAGAAAUGCUCCAUGGAAGGGGCUGUGAUGUUUCCCUGAAGGAGGGUGUAGCUACUCUUGUGCUGAACGCUGUGGAGAAGAGCCAUGCAGGGGAAUAUACCUGUCAGGCCAUCAAUGAUGCUGGGAAGGAAAGCUGCUCAUUCAUCAUGUUUGUAAAAGAACCGGUUCACUUUGUGAAGAAGCUAAGGAACAUUUCCUGUGAGAAAGGAGUGCCUCUGAGGCUUGAAGUCACAUUUGCUGGCACCCCCCGGGUGGAGGUGACCUGGUGGAAAGACGGUGACUUCAUUUGGGCUUCUUACCAGUACAACGUCAUAAAAACAGACACCUCUUGUGUCCUGGAGGUCCUCAACAGUGACAAGAUGGAGGCAGCUGGAACAUACUCUUGUAAUGUUGACAACGGAGUUGGAAGUGACAAGUGUGAAGCUCAAAUCUCUAUUUUAGAACGACCUUACUUUGUUGAAGAAUUGAAGCCAUCAGAAGUAUCUGCCGGUGAGGCCCUUACCCUGAGCUGCCGUAUCGCAGGAACACCUGACAUCUCAGUAGCUUGGUUUAAAGCAAACGGAAGAAUAUGCAAGUCCGAUACUUGCUCAAUGGACUUUUCAAAAGGUGUUGCCACUCUGAAAUUGAGUAAGACAAACACAUUUGAUGAUGGAGAAUAUAUCUGUAAGGCUGAAAACCGGGUGGCAUCUGAAUCCUGCAGGUGCAUAGUAACUGUUAAAGAGCCUGUUCGCUUCAUCAAGAGGCUGGAGGACACUAGUUAUAAAGUCGGUCAACCUCUGAAACUAGUGUGCAAGUAUACUGGAAGCCAGAGGGUCCAAGUCACCUGGAAGAAAGACGACAACUUGAUCUGGGCGUCAUACCAGUAUAAUGUCCUAACCACUGACUCCACCUGCUCUCUGGAGGUCCUCUACAGCGACCGCCCAGCAGCUGCUGGGAAAUACUCCUGUGAAAUUACUAAUGGAGCUGGAAGUGAUUUCUGUCAGGCCCAUGUCCGUCUAGAGCCUGUUCGCUUUAUUAAGAAGCUGGAGGACGCUCGCUUUUUAGUAGGUCAACCUCUGAAACUAGUGUGCAAGUACACUGGAAGCCAGAGGGUCCGAGUCACCUGGAAGAAAGAUGACAAGAUGAUCUGGGCAUCCUACCAGUAUAAUGUCCUAACUACUGACUCCACCUGCUCUCUGGAGGUCCUCUACAGCGACCGCCCAGCAGCUGCAGGGAAAUACUCCUGUGAAAUUACUAAUGCAACUGGAAGUGAUGUCUGUCACGCUCAUGUCAGUCUAGAGCCUGUUCGCUUCAUCAAGAAGUUGGAGGACACUAGUUUUAGAGUCGGUCAACCUCUGAAACUAUUAUGCAAGUACACUGGAAGCCAAAGGGUCCAAGUCACCUGGAAGAAAGAUGACAAGAUGAUCUGGGCUUCAUACCAGUAUAAUGUCCUAACUACUGACUCCACCUGCUCUCUGGAGGUCCUCUACAGCGACCGGCCAGCAGCUGCAGGGAAAUACUCCUGUGAAAUUACUAAUGCAACUGGAAGUGAUGUCUGUCAAGCUCAUGUCCGUAUAAGUGAAGCCAAAAGCACUGGCAUCGCAAAAGCUUUCCAUUCUCCUGCUAACCUUCUCGAGCCUGUUCGCUUCAUCAAGAAGCUGGAGGACACUCGCUUUUCAGUAGGUCAAGCUCUGAAGCUGGUGUGCAAGUACACUGGAAGCAAGAGGGUCCAAGUAACCUGGAAGAAAGACGACAAAAUGAUCUGGGCAUCAUACCAGUAUAAUGUCCUAACUACUGACUCUACCUGCUCCCUGGAGGUCCUCUACAGCGACCGGCCAGCAGCUGCAGGGAAAUACUCCUGUGAAAUAUCUAAUGAAAUUGGGAGUGAUUUCUGUCAGGCCCAUGUCAGUCUAGAGCCUGUUCACUUCAUCAAGAAGCUGGAGGACACUAGUUUUCGAGUCGGUCAACCUCUGAAGCUAGUUUGCAACUACAUUGGAAGCCAGAUGGUGCAAGUCACCUGGAAGAAAGACGACAAGAUGAUCUGGGCGUCAUACCAGUAUAAUGUCCACACUACUGACUCCACCUGCUCUCUGGAGGUCCUCUACAGCGACCGGCCAGCAGCUGCAGGGAAAUACUCCUGUGAAAUUACUAAUGCAGCUGGAAGUGAUUUCUGUUACGCUCAUGUCCGUCUAGAGCCUGUUCGCUUCAUCAAGAAGUUGGAGGACACUCGCUUUUUAGUGGGUCAACCUCUGAAACUAGUGUGCAAGUACACUGGAAGCCAGAGGGUCCAAGUAACCUGGAAGAAAGAUGACAAGAUGAUCUGGGCGUCAUACCAGUAUAAUGUCCAAACUACUGACUCCACCUGCUCUCUGGAGGUCCUUUACAGCGACCGCCCAGCAGCUGCAGGGAAAUACUCCUGCGAGAUUUCUAAUGAAGUUGGAAGUGAUGUCUGUCACGCUCAUGUCCGUCUAGAAAACAUGCGCUUCAUCAAGAAGUUGGAGGACACUUGCUUUUUACUGGGCAAACCGCUGAAGCUAGUGUGCAAGUAUACUGGAAGCAACAGGGUCCAAGUCACCUGGAAGAAAGACGACAAGUUGAUCUGGGCGUCAUACCAGUAUAAUGUCCUAACUACUGACUCCACCUCCUCUCUGGAGGUACUCUACAGUGACCGCCCAGCAGCUGCAGGGAAAUACUCGUGUGAAAUAUCGAAUGGCGUUGGAAGUGAUGUCUGUCACGCUCAUGUCCGUCUAGGUAAAGGCAAAAGCACUGACCUGCCAACAGCUUCCCGCUCGUCUGCUAACCUUCUCGAAAGUAAAGUUCCUCCGAGCUUCACCAAGAGGCCUGCCGAAUCCAUGGAGGAUACAGUGGGUAAGGUGGUGAAGAUGGAGGCUCGAUUGUCUGGCUCCCAGCCCAUCAGCGUCUCCUGGUUUAAGGAUGGUAGUCAGAUCCACAGCUCUGACAAACAUGACGUCAGCCUCAGGAACAACACAGCCCUUCUCGCAAUAAAAGACACCUUGGUCUUUGACCAGGGUCGUUAUUCUUGUGAGGCAACCAAUGAGGCUGGAAAAGAGUCCUUCCAGGUUUCCCUUACUAUCUCAGAGGCUGCAAAGAAGCCUGUAUUUGACAUCCCUCUCAAAUCGGAGACGGUGAAAGAGGGCGACAAGCUUAGCCUUACCUGCCACGUCUGUGGCUCUCCUCCACUGAAGAUCCAGUGGAUGAAGGAUAGAAAGGAGCUGAAAUCCAGUGGGAACACCAGGAUUACUUUAGUGGAUGGUACAGCAAGCCUGGAAACCAGCAAAGCGUCCAAGGCUGAAGCAGGAGAUUAUCUGUGCAAGGCCAGCAAUGCUGAGGGCAGUGAGUUCUGCAAGUCCAAGGUCACUGUGAUAGACAAAGGGACCAAGGCUGCACCUAGCGAGGCGGCAGCAGCUGCUGGAACUUCUCCAACAAAGCGUCUGGAUAACCUCUUCUUCAUCGAGGAGCCCAAGAGUGUCUCUGUCGCAGAGAAGGGCACUGCUACCUUUAUCGCCAAGGUUGGAGGUGAUCCCAUUCCCAAUGUGAAAUGGAUGAAGGGGAAGUGGAGGCAGAUCACCCCUGGUGGUCGUAUCUCUGUGGAACACAAAGGGCAGGAGGCCAAGCUGGAGAUCAGAGAAGUGACCAAGUCUGACUCUGGCCAGUACAGAUGUGUGGCCUCCAGCAAACACGGAGAGAUUGAAUGCAGUACAGACAUGGAGGUCAACAAGAAGGAAGAGGCGGCAGGAGUUGGGGACUUUAGGGCCAAGCUCAAGAGGACUCCAUCCAAGACGAAGAGUCCAAAGAAAGAGGGAGAGGUUGAUAUCGUUGAGCUACUGAGAGGUCAUGACCCCAAAGAUUAUGAGAAGAUUCUCCUCGACCAUGACAUCCACGACUACCGGGCAAUUCUUGAGGCUAUUUCUUUCUUGAAGAAAGAGAAAGAGGAUGAGACAGGAAAAGUGGAAGUGGAGCGCGGAGGCCGAGUAGACGAAGAGGACAUGGCUAGACUCAUCCAGCAGCUGGAGGGCCGCGCUGGCACAGAGCCUGUCUCUGUGUUAAAAGACAUCAGUGACCAGACCACUGCUGAGAAGCAGGUGGCCACCUUUGAGUGCCAGGUCACCAUCAACUACCCUGAGAUCACCCUGUCCUGGUACAAGGGCACCCAGAAGCUGGACAACAGUGACAAGUAUGACAUUAGUGUGGUAGGGGAUCGCCACUACCUCAGAAUCAAGAAGUGCAGUGAUAAGGACCAGGGCGACUACCGCGUGGUGUGUGGCCCUCAUAUCUCCAACGCCAGACUCACCGUCACCGUGGUAGCGAGUGUGGACACACUGGGAGAGACCAAGAGCUCAGCAGAGCUCUCCCUUUCAGGCAAAGAAAUUGGUUUGGGACAGGUUCCCUAUGAUAUCCAAGACAAAACAAUUCGAGUACAAGAAACAUCAUCUCAGUUUACUUACACGGAUUCGUCUGAGUUCUAUCACCACGAAGAGAAAACGGAAGUAAAAGCAGAAGAAAGGAAACCAGUUAUAGAACGUGUUGAGAAGACACAAGUCAAAGUUCCUGAAGCUGACCGCAGACCAGAGGAGAAACUCUCUGUAGCCCAGCCUCCUGUCCCUGUAGCACCGCCCCCUCUUCAAGUACCUGAAAUCAAGAAGCCUGAACCCCAAGUGAGCCCUGUUCCUUCGCGCAGAGAAGAGGAAACUGCAAUCCCAGAAGUCCCUGUGGCUCAGUCAUCUGCCACCAAGGUCCACACUCCUAAAGCUCCUCCCAUUACUGCCAAAGUACCCAAGGAACCUGUUCAAACAAUCACUCCUAAGCUUACCACACCAAAAGAACAAGUUCCUUCUGGAGUUGUUCCCAGACCAGUGGAACCAGUUGUUGAUCGACCUGCCUCCAAGGUUACCCUGCCCAUGAAAGAUGUACCCCUACCUCAAGUCUCAGAACCCAGAAAACCACGUGACCCACAACCUCCAAGCCGACCCCAGAAACCCCCAUCAGAAGCUUUAAAAACAGGAGCUGUUGUUAAACCUGAUGCUGAUCAGGCUCGGCCAGAACCGCUUUCUACUUUUAAAGUUCCAGAGCCACUGGCUCAGAAGCCACAGCAAGCCAUGCCAGAAACAAUAGCACCUGUUUCAGAAGAAACCAAGCUUGUUCCCAGGAGGCCCAGAGAGGAAACAAGCAUUGUUCCUCAGCCAACAGAGCUGACCCAAAAGGCUUCUACAUUUGUUCCAUUCAGCCCAGAGGCCAGAACAGAACAAGUAUGCAAUAAGACUACAGAAAUACCUAAACCAGCAGCAGUGGAACCAAAGCCACUAUGUAAAGCUCCUGAUAAGUCAAAACAAAUCACAGAAAAACCUCAAGAAGUCAAACCGAAGGAAUUACCACAGGAUAAAUCUGCAGUAGAUAAACCACAACUGGAUAAGAGAACGCCCACCACAGAUGCUCACCUUUUGAUGAAGACUGAGCAGGAAGCAAGAAUAAGAGCUGAACAGAGGAAGAACGUAUCCACAGAAGAAAGGAGGAUUUAUCUGGAGAAGAGUUCCAGUGAGCUGAAUAGUCUGACAGAAUUCAGAUCCACUUCAGAGGAAGUGGAGUCAUGUGAUCACAGGAAGGAACCAAUUAGAAGUGAGAUGAGAAAAAAAACGGUGGCAGUAACAGAUGAGGUUAGCACAGAGUACAGGGAAAUACAUAAAAUACACAGCAUAGAAGGUACCGUGGCCAAACCAAAGGAAAAACUUUACGAAGACAUCAGACCUGCUGCCAAAGAUGUAAAUGGUUUAUCUGCUAAGUCUGUGAGUCCUCCUCAAAUCAAGAAGGACUUAGCAACACCAAGUCCCUCACACCAUUCUCCACUUAGCCAGUCUACAACAGCUAGUCCACCUAGCCAGUCUCCAUUAGCUAGCCAUUCUCCAACAGAUAGUCCACCUAGCCAGUCUCCAACGGCUAGUCCAUCUCACCAGUCCCUGCCUAGCCACUCCCUUCCCAAGAGAGAAGUACUGAUACCUGAGAAAACAGCAGAACCACCAAUUCCAAUAUUAUCAAGCAGAGUGGAAAUCUCUUGUGAGAAGGCUAUUUCACUGGAAAAGAGGGUUGAUCAAAGACAUGUGUGUCAACAAACUGAGAGAUCCAUUACUGCUCUUCCAGUGGAAGAUUUGAUCCUAUUCAAAAAACCUUCUACCCAUGACGCCACAGCCGUUAAGAUGCCACAAGCAACUAAGAUGGUCCUUCAAAGGAAACAAGUUGACUCUGUUGGAGAUAAGCAAGCUCCCAGAGCAAGGCAGUCUAUGGGUGAAUCAAGAGCAGUUUCUCCGAAACAAGAGACACCCGUAGAACAACAACAUCCCACACCUAAAUCUUCCCCACAAAGGCAAGACAGCAAGAAAACAAAGCAAUUGGACAACAUCGAAGAGCCGAAGCAAAUGAAAGUGCCUCCUCAAGAAGAGAAGAAACCUUCAGAACCAGCAGCAAAGCCUGCUCCUACUCCUCCUCCUCUUUCAGUCACGGUGGAUGCUCCUCCAGCUAAAGCCUAUCCCGUGGAGAAGAUAAAGGCUGCCCGGGUGGAGAAGAAAAGUCCCCCAGCCGCAACCAUGGAGAACUCUCCUCCUGAAGACAAGGGGCCUGUCACAGCACCAGGACCAACUAAAGCUCUGUGUAGUGAACCAAAGGAUAAGAUUCCUGUUAAGGAGGCAAAGUAUUCAGACACAUCAAAGUUAAAGAAAAAAGUCCCACAAUUGCCAAAAGAGGAGGAUCCUGUCCCUGAAAUGAUCAAACUAAAGAAAAUUCCGGUGCCAAAUAAACCCCAAGAAUCUGAUAAGGAAAACCUAAGGUCUAAAGCGGAGGUAACCAGGCGUCCUGACUCAGAACCCAUAGCUCAUGCACGUCAUCAUAGAGAUCAUCCUGAGAUGAAAGAGAAGGCGGGAGAAGUCUUUUCAGCACAAGAAGAAGGGUCUGAACGGGGCCAUUCUGAGGCACCUGAAAUCACUGGGGCAGAAGAGGAGAAUAAUAGAUGGACAAGUACCCCUAAAGUCUCGAUGGAGGUAGAGCCUGAACCAGACCUUGCGAAAAAGAAAAUUAAAAAGUUGUCAAAAGAUGAAGAGGAGGAAGAAAUGGUUAAAUUGAAACCCAUUAAAAAGCAAGUGAAACCAGAGGCGACCGAGCCCCCCAGAGCUACCAAAGACAGUGGUUCAAGUAAAGAUAUUGAGGCCAGACCACGGAGAACAGCUGGGACCAUCCAGAUCGAUGAAUCCACUCUUAGGAAACCAGAGGUUGAACCAGCAGUGACCGAUGGAACUGCUGAAACUGUCAGCAAACCAGGAGAUGAAGAAUCACCGCCACCUGCAACCAGGACCAGGAGGACUCCCGAUGCCCAGGUGGACCAGGAGGUGUUCACACUUAAGAAGCUGCUUGAUAAAAUUCCCAAAGCAAGAGAACAGGAUGCUGACAAGCCUCCAACAAAAGUUAAGGUUACUGCCGUACCAGAUAAAGAAAAAGGGCAGGUUGCAUUAAAACAUUUAACCAAGAUCCCAAUGGAUGAAGAAAAACUAACAACACCUCAAUUACCUGAUAAGAAACAAUUGGCGGAGCCCACCGAACAGCAGCACAGGGAUAGUCCUGUCAGUAGUGAAAAGGAGAAGGGCGUUAAGCCAGCCAAGUCCAUCAAACAUCCAAGUCCUCCUGGAGCAGAACCCCCAGCAACCAAAGAACAGCCCCUGCUGAAAGCAGCUGGAAAAACUGGAGAAGGAAUUCAACAAAAGCUUCAAGCAGUUGGGAAGAAAGGUUUGGAAAUGAAAAAGACUCCAUCACCAACAGCAGUUAAAGAAAUGCAAAAAGAGGAGGGACUUUUGAAGCUAGUUGAGCAGCCCAAGAAGUUUGAGUUGAAAAAGACCCCGAAAGUUGAUAAACCAAAGCCUGAAGAGGUGGAAUCACUUCAAAUUGAUAGAAAACUAAGUCGUUCAAAAGAAAUCAGGAUCCCGAAAACAGUUUCCCCAAAAGAUUCAGUUGAGGCUGUGGCUCUCAAAACAGUUCCCAGGAAACCCUCCACAGAAGAGGAGAAGGCUGGAGAGGCAGUGAAGCCCAGCAAAGGGAAGGUCCCCAUGUCCAAGGAGGUUUCUCCAGGAUCCGUGAAGAUCCCCAUGUCCAAGGAGGUUUCUCUUGGAUCUGUGAGGGUCCCCAUGUCCAAGGAGGUUUCUCCUGGAUCUGUGAAGGUCCCCAUGUUCAAGGAGGUUUCUCCUGGAUCCGUGAAUGUCCCCAUGUCCAAGGAGGUUUCUCCUGGAUCCGUGCAGCUGAGGAAGAUCCCUACUCACCUCGAGGAGGAGGUGUUUGGAGAGGAGUACGAGGGACAGCCAGACGAGGGGAAAGAUAAUGAGGAGGUUUGGGGCUGGGAGAUGGUGCCCAUAGAGGAAUGUGAAGAUAGAGAAGAGGAUGGGUUUGUUGAAACCCCAGGCAUGCCUGGAGCUAAACGAGAUGGAAGGCCAGCUGAAGAGCUUCCUAAAGGCAGAGGCCGAGGACUUGGGGCCAAGCAGACCCCAUCUCCUGGUGAUGGAGGCCGAGGCAGGGGCCUGAAGCCUGGGGGAAAGGGCCCGUCCCCACCAGAUGAGCCCUUCGCAGGAUUCAAGCUCAAAGCUGUUCCUCUGAAGUUCAUCAAAAAGCUUCAAAACAUUGUGUUGACAGAGGCAGAGUCUAUUGGCUCAUCUGCUGUAUUUGAGUGUGAUGUUUCCCCCUCUACUGCCAUUGCUUCCUGGAUGAAGGAUGGAAGCAACAUUCGCGAAAGCCCCAAACACAAAUUCACUGCAGAUGGUAAAGACCGCAAGCUGAACAUUAUUGAUGUGCAGCUUUCUGAUGCUGGUGAAUACACGUGCGUGCUCAAGAAUGCCGGAAAGGAAAUAUCGUGCACAGCCAAGCUCAUUGUUGAAGAGCUUCCAGUGAAAUGGAUCAAGGAGCUCGAGCCCGAUACAUCCUGCAUCAAAAGUCAGCCCAUGUACCUGAUCUGUGAGCUGAACAAAGAGAGGGACGUGGUCUGGAAGAGGAACGGAGCGCCCCUCAAAAGUAAGGCUGGCAAGAUCGCCAUUAACAUCAUUGGUCUGCAGCACGCUGUGACCGUCCAGAACACCACCGAGGAGGAUGCCGGCCUUUACAUUUGUGAGGUGGCCAAUCAACCAGAAGUACAAACUUCAACUGCUGUUAAGAUCAUUGAAAUCAUCAAGGACUGGCUGGUGAAGCCUCUAAGAGACCAGCAUGUGAAACCCAGGUCCAAGGCCACAUUCAAGUGCGAGCUGUUUAAGGACACUCCCAACGUGAAGUGGUUUAAAGGAGAUGAGGAGAUGGCUCCGUCUGAUAAGGUGGAGCUGAAGAAAGAUGGAAAGGACAUGAGUCUCACCAUCAACAACUGCCAGCCUAGUGAUGUUGCAGAGUACACCAUUGCGGUGGAAGAUCGUAGAUAUGCAGCCAAACUCACCCUGGGAGAGCGCGAGGCGGAGGUCCUGAAGCCACUCUCUAAUGUGGAGGUGACCGAAAAGGAACAAGCUAACUUUGAAACGGAGAUCUCCGAGGAUGAUGUGGUUGGAGAAUGGAAGCUGAGAGGCCAAGUCCUGAGCAGGACGCCGACAUGUGACAUCCGGGCGGAGGGCCGAAAGCGUUUCCUGACCCUGAAGAACGUUCAGUUGGACCAGGCAGGGGAGGUGUCUUACCAGGCUCUCAAUGCCGUCACCAGCUCCAUGCUCACCGUCAAAGAAAUCCAAAUGGGCUUUGUUGUCCCACUGGAGGAUGUUUCUGUGCAUGAAAAGAAACAGGCUAAGUUUGAAUGCAUCAUCACGAAGGAGGUGUCAAAGGUCAUGUGGUUCAGAGGGUCUGACAUCAUCACCCCGAGUCCCAAAUAUGAACUUAUUGACGAUGGAAAGAAACACAUGCUGAUCAUAAACAGCUGUGAGAUUGAUGAUGAAUCCCAGUAUUCUAUUGAAGUGUUGGACCAAAAGUCCUGCGCUCAGCUCACUGUGGAAGGAAUGAGGCUCAAAUUUACCGAGCCCCUUCAGAACCAAACCCAAAAGGAAGGUUGCACGGCACUCUUUGAGUUGAAGCUGAGUCACGAGAACGUGCCAGUGGUUUGGUACCGUAAUGAAGUAAAACUUCAUGUGAGCAGAACAGUGCUCACCUAUGUUGACGGAGUGAAACACAGUCUAGAAAUGAGGAUGCUCAGUCUAGACGACACUUGCCAGAUUAAGGCAGAGGCCAAAGGCAUUAACUCAAUGGCAAAACUGACGGUCAUAGAGGGAGAUGCUCUGUUCACCGUCAAGCUCCAGGACUACACAGCGACGGAGAAGGAUGAGGUGACGCUGGACUGUGAACUCAGCAAAGAUGUCCCUGUGAUGUGGUACCACAACGAGAAGGAGCUCAUCACAUCCAAGAUGGUGCUGAUGAAAUCUGAGGGGUUGCGUAGAGUUCUGGUCCUGAAGAAGGUGGAGGAAAAAGAUAAAGGACAAUAUGCAUGUGACUGUGGAACAGACAAGACCACAGCUAAAGUUAUUAUUGAAGCUCGUGACAUCAAGGUGGUGCGUCCUCUGUAUGGGGUGGAGGUGUUUGAUGAGGAGACGGCUCGUUUUGAGGUGGAGAUCUCGGAGGAUGACGUCCAUGGCCAGUGGAAACUGAACGGAGAAGUCCUCAGCGCUUCUUCUGAUGUUGAAAUCGUUGAGGAGGGAGGCAAGCACACUCUGAUCUUAUACAACUGUAAGGUCCUCCAGACAGGAGAGGUGUCGUACAGCGCUGCCAAUGCCAAGUGCUCUGCUAACCUGAAAGUGAAGGAACUCCCCCUGAACUUCACCACGCCACUGAGCGAUGUGCUCGUCUACGAGAAGGACGAGGCCCGGUUCGAGGUGGAGGUUUCCAGGGCAUCCAAGACCACCAGAUGGUUGAAGGGAACUCAGGAGCUGGAGAAUAAUGAGAAGUACGAGAUCAUCCAAGAGGCCAACAUGCACAUGCUGGUGAUAAAGUCUGCUGCCUAUGAAGACGAGGCCAAGUACAUGUUUGAGGCUGAAGACAAGCGCACAUCGGCCAAACUUGUCAUACAAGGUAUCCGACUGGAGUUUUUGAAACCGAUUAAAGAUGUGACUGUGAAGGAGCGUGAGACCGCAGAGUUCAGCAUCGAACUCUCCCAUGAGAAGAUCCAGGUCUCUUGGUACAAGAACGAUGUCCGCCUGCACCCCAGCAAGGUGGUCCACAUGUCGGACCAGGCCAAGACCCAUACCCUGGCCUUCAAGGAAGUGACCAUCGAUGACACCUCCCUGAUCAGGGUGGAGGCUAUGGGCAAGACAGCCUCAGCCAUGCUCACCGUCAUUGAGGGAGACUUGUACUUCACCACCAAGCUGCAGAACUACACAGCUGUGGAGAAGGAUGAUGUUUCUCUGGUCUGUGAACUCAGUAAGUCUGUAGCAGAGGUCAAAUGGUUCAAGGAUGGGAAAGAAAUAAUUCCCUCCAAGACAAUUUCUGUCAGAGCCGAUGGCAAAAAGCGCAUCUUGACAGUGAGGAAGGCAUCUAAGGCCAACAUCGGGGCGUACACCUGCGACUGUGGCUCAGACAAAACCAUCGCUAACCUCAACAUUGAAGAACGCGACAUCAAGGUGGCACGUCCGCUGUACAGCGUGGAGGUCACAGAGACGGAGACGGCUAAGUUUGAAACAGAGGUCUCGGAGGCGGAUGUGCAUGGAAACUGGAAGCUCAAGGGAGAACCACUCCACCAGUCCAACGACGUGGAGAUCAAGGAGGAAGGCACCAAACACAUGCUUGUCCUCUUCAACGUCCGCAUGGAUAUGGCCGGAGGAGUGGACUUCUCUGCAGCUAAUGCUAAAUCUACGGCCCAGCUCAGAGUCAAAGCCCGCAGUAUCGGUUUGAGCAGACCUCUGAAGGACGUGACCGUGACCGCUGGAGAGACCGCCACCUUUGAGUGUGAGCUGUCCUACGAGGGCAUCCCCGUGGAGUGGUUCCUGGGGGGGCAGAAGAUGGAAGCCAGCAGCCGGGUUGUGACUCGCAUGGAAGGCAAGACCCAUUCUCUGACGGUCAGGGACGUUGAGCUGUCUGAAGCUGGAGAGGUCAAGCUCACUGCUAAAGACUUCCAGACCCAAGCUACGCUCACCGUCGGAGAGCCACCGGUAGAGUUCAGCAAACCUCUGGAGGACCAGACGGUUGAAGAAGAGGCCACUGCCACCCUUGAGUGUGAAGUGUCCAGGGAGAACGCUGAGGUCCAUUGGUUCAGAGAUGGACAGGAGAUCCGCAAGACCAAGAAACAUGAAAUUAUUAUUGAUGGACGCAAGAGAGCCCUCAUCAUUCGUGACUGCACUACAAACGACGCCAAGAUGUACACCUGCAACGCAAAGGACUUCAAAACCUCCUGCUUCCUGGAAGUCCAGCCUCCUCUUGUUGAGUUCACUAAAGGUCUCAAGGACGUAGAGGUUUUGGAGAAGGAAUCAGCCAGGUUUGAGUGUGAAGUCUCUCGGGAGUCUGCCAAGGUUUGCUGGUUCAAAGAUGGAAAUGAGAUCAGGAAAGGAAAGAAGUAUGAGAUCAUCGCCAAGGGAGUCCAGAGAACCCUCAUCGUACACAAAUCAUGUUUUGAUGACGAGGCGGAAUAUGAAUGCGAUGCAAGGACGUCCAAAUCAUCCGGCCUGCUGUCUGUUGUCGAGGAGGAAGCUAGGUUCACCAAGAACCUGUCCAACGUGGAUGGGACGGAGACAGACAGUGUCAAACUGAUCUGUGAAGUGUCCAAGCCCUGUUCAGAGGUCACCUGGUACAAAGGGGAGCAGGAGCUGCCUGAGGGAGGUCGCUAUGAACAGAUCAUGGAUGGAAAGAGAAGGAUUCUCAUCAUCCAGGACCUGAAGAUGGUAGAUGUUGGGGAAUACACCUGUAGACUGAGUCCCAAUGUGAAGACAUCAGCUAAUCUUAAACUGAACGAACUCGCUGCUGAGUUCAUCUCCAGGCCUCAGAACCAGGAGGUGGUGGAGGGAGAGAAGGCCGAAUUCGUCUGCUCCGUCUCCAAGGAAACCUAUGAGGUUAAGUGGUUCAGAGGUGACAAGGAGAUAAACGUAGGUGACAAGUAUGACAUAGUGAGUGAAGGGAAGAGAAGAGCACUGAUUGUGAAAAAAUGUGAGACCAAGGAUGAAGGAGGCUAUGUUGCACACAUUGGAGACGUCAAGGCCUCAGCUGAUCUUUAUGUAAUUGAGAAAUUAAGAAUCAUCACGCCCAUUAAAGAUGCAGAAGUGAAGGAGGGAAGUGAGAUCAUGUUUAACUGUGAGGUGAACUCUGAGGGAGCCAAGGCGAAGUGGCUGAAGAACGUUGAGACCAUGUUUGAGAGCGGCAAGUACGUCAUGCUCCAGAGAGACCAUGUGUUCUCUCUGAGGAUCAAAGAUGCCCAGAAGUCAGACGUGGCCAACUACUCCAUCAUCCUGACCAACCACAGAGGAGAGCAGGCCAAGAGUGAAGCCAGUGCUAAAGUAGCAGCGGAGAAGGUGAAAUUCCUGGAGUCCAUAGAGGAUGUCGAGACCCAGGAGAAGAAGACAGUGAGCUUCAGCUGUAAAGUGAACAGACCGGAGGUCACGGUCCGCUGGACAAAGGCAGGGCAGGAGGUGGUCCUCAGCAAGAGGAUCCUCUACAGGGUGGAUGGACUCAAGCAUACACUGACCAUCAAGGACUGUGUCAUGGAUGAUGAGGCAGAGUAUGCAGCCAUGGUGGGAGAGGACAAGUGUGCAGGAGAGCUGAUCAUCAGCGAGGCACCCACAGACUUCACAGCUCAGCUCAAAGACCAGACCAUCACAGAGUUUGAGGAUGCAGAGUUCACCUGCAAGUUGUCCAAGGAGAAGGCAGCUGUCAAGUGGUACAGAAAUGGACGUGAGAUCAGAGAAGGGACAAGAUACCACAAGGAGAGAGAUGGCAAAACAUGCAAACUGAUAAUCAUGCAGUGCCGACCGGAUGAUGAGUGUGAAUACGCUUGUGGCUUGGAUGAAAGGAGAUCCAGAGCCAGGCUCUUUGUUGAAGAAACCCCAGUCGAGAUCAUCAGACCCCCCCAAGAUGUGUUCGAGCCCCCAGGUUCAGACGUUGUAUUUGAGGUGGAGCUCAAUAAGGACAGAGUGGAAGUCAAGUGGAUGAGAAACAAUAUGAUCAUUGUCCAAGGAGAUAAGUACCAGAUGAUCAGCGAGGGGAAGAUCCACCGCCUGCAGGUGUGUGAGAUCCGCCCUCGCGAUCAAGGAGAGUACAGGAUUGUGGCCAAGGAGAAAGACGCCCGGGCCAAGCUGGAGCUGGCAGCCGUGCCAAAGAUCAAGACCACAGAUCAGAACCUGGUUACCGAUGCCGGGAAGCCCUUCGUCAUGAGCAUUCCCUACGAUGCGUAUCCUCGCGCCGACGCAGAGUGGUUCCUUCAGGGUUCCUCUCUCCCAGUCCAGAACGUGGACACUACCACGGACAAGACUGAAUACCGUCUGAAGUGUCCCACCAAGGAAGAGAAGGGCAGGUACAAGGUGAUCAUUAAGAACAAGCAUGGAGAGGGAGAGGCUUUCAUCAACCUGGAUGUCAUAGACGUCCCUGGUCCUGUCAAGGCACUGAAGGUGACUGACACCACUGACGGUGAGGUGAGUCUGGCCUGGGAGGAGCCAGAGAGCGACGGCGGAAGCAAGAUUGUUGCUUACGUGAUUGAGAGACGAGACAUGAAGCGUAAGACCUGGACCCUGGCAACAGACCGUGCAGAUACUCCAGAGUACUGUGUGAGCGGUCUGCAGAAGGACUCAUGGUACCUGUUCAGAGUCUGCGCUCGCAAUCGAGUGGGCAGCGGGCCCAGCGUCAGCACAGAUGAUGCUGUUCAGGCCAAGAAUAAGUUUGAUGUGCCUGGUGCUCCUGAGAAUGUCAGGGUCAGUGUGGUCAACAGGUUUGGAGCCACCAUCACUUGGGAGCCUCCCAUGUCUGAUGGAGGCUCUGACAUCACUGCCUACAUCAUAGAACUGCGCGAUAGGACCUCCGUCAAGUGGGAGGUGGCCACUAUUUGUAGUGUGUCUGACCGCUCUGCCGCCCUGAACGACGUGGUGGAGAAUAAAGAGUACAUCUUCAGAGUCCGAGCUGAAAACAAGGCUGGGAUGGGCAGACCCAGCGCCGCGACCAAACCUGUCAAGAUCAUGGAUCCCAUCGAGAGGCCAAGUCCUCCUCUGAACCUGAACUACAGUGAGCAGACCAAGGCUGGAGUGUCCCUCUCCUGGGAGACCCCCACUAGUAAUGGAGGCAGCAUGAUCACCGGCUACAUCAUCCAGAAGUGUGAUGAAGGAUCAGACAAGUGGCUCCGCUGCAACACCAGGCUCUGCCAGGACCUCUCCUACCGGGUGACUGGUCUGAAGCCUGCUCAGAAGUACCUCUACAGAGUUUUUGCUGAGAAUGCUGCUGGAAUCUCUGAUCCCACCGAGCAACUGGGACCCCUUCUGGCUGAUGACACUCACGUGGCUCCUACCUUCGACCUGAGUGCCUUCAGGAAUGGACUGGAGGUGAUAGUUCCUCAGCCUCUCACCAUCCGCGUGCCAAUCACCGGAUACCCCACCCCGACUGCAAAGUGGACUUUUGGAGACAAGGAGCUGACUUCUACGGAUGAACGAGUUACCAUGGUGACCAAGUCGACCUACACAGAGCUGGUGGUGACCCCUAGUUUGCGUCCAGAUCAGGGCACCUACUCCCUGGCACUGGAGAACGAUGUAAUCUCCGUCUCUGGGGAGAUUGAAGUGACCGUCAUCGCCUCCCCCAGCGCCCCCAAGGACCUGAAGGUAGCUGAGGUGACCAGGCGCCACGUCCACCUCAUGUGGGAAGCCCCAGACCACGACGGAGGAAGCCCAGUCACCCACUACCAGAUUGAGAAGAGGGAGGUGUCCCGCAAGACCUGGGUCAAGGUGGCCGUGAACGUUCUGGACCUGGAGCACACGGUGACCGACGUGAUGGAGGGUAAGGAGUACUUGUUCAGCGUUACAGCCUGCAACAAGUGUGGUCCAGGAGAACCAGCCUACAUCGAUGAGCCGAUCAACAUCUCCUCUCCUGCCACUGUGCCUGACGCCCCGGAAAACCUGAAGUGGAGAGAUAAGGGUGCCAAGACCAUCUUCCUGUUUUGGGAGCCCCCCAAGUACGAUGGGGGCUCGUACAUCAAGGGCUAUGUGGUGGAGAAGUGCCAGAGAGGGUCGGACAAGUGGGAGCCCUGCGGAGAGCCCAUUCCUGAGCUCAAGUUCCUGGUGAAGGAUCUGAUUGAGGGCCAGUGGUACUCCUACCGUAUCAAGGCCUUUAACAAGCUGGGAGCAGGGAAGCCCUGUAGGGCCACCGACGAGAUCCAGGCUGUGGACGCUAAAGAGCCUCCAGUGAUCCAGCUGGACGUGAAGCUGCUGGCAGGCCUGACUGCCAGAGCCGGCACCAAGUUUGAACUCCCUGCCGAUGUUACGGGGAAGCCGGAGCCCAGGGUGAAGUGGACCAAGGCUGACCUGGUACUGAAGACCAACGAGCGCAUCGCCAUAGACACCAAGCCUGGACACUCCAAGCUGUCCAUUGACAAGAGCACCAGAGGAGACACGGCGACCUACAUCAUCGAGGCCGUCAACACUUGUGGACGCGCCACCGCCACUAUCGACGUCAACAUCCUCGAUAAGCCUGGUCCUCCCGCUGCCUUUGACCUCUCUGAGAUCACCAACGAGUCCUGCUUCCUGGCCUGGAACCCCCCGAGAGACGACGGAGGUUCCAACGUCACCAACUACAUUGUAGAGAGACGACAGACAGACAAGGAGGAAUGGGUCAAGCUAUCAGCCACAGUCAAGCAAACCACCUUCAGUGCCUGUAAACUGACCCCUCUGAAGGAAUACAUCUUUAGAGUGAGCGCUGAGAACCAGUACGGAAUCAGCCAGCCUGCCGAGCAUGUCCCCAUCGUGGCCAAGUACUCCUUCGAUCCGCCUGGUUGCCCAACCAGAGUCACUCCUUCAGACAUCACUAAGGAUGCAGUCACUCUCACAUGGUUUGAGCCUGACGAGGAUGGUGGCAGCCCCAUCACUGGAUACUGGAUCGAAAAGUUUGACCGAGAGAGUGACAAGUGGAUUCGAUGCAACAAACUCCCUGUUAAGGAUGCUACAUUUAGGGUGAAGGGCCUGCCGACCAAGAAGAAGUAUAGCUUCCGCGUUUUGGCUGAGAACUUGGCUGGACCCGGUAAACCCAGCGUGGAAACAGAUCCCAUCCUCAUCAAGGAUCCAAUUGACGCUCCAUGGGCUCCAGGCAAGCCACUCGUGAAAGAUAUCGGCAAGACAACGGCCAACCUGCUGUGGACCCGGCCGGAGCACGACGGCGGUGCCAAGAUCGAGGGCUACAUCAUUGAAUUCCAAAAGGCAGGAAGUGAGGAAUGGGUCCGUAUCGCAGAGGACAUUCCUGUGACGGAGCACCUGCUCAAAGGUCUGAUGGAGAAGCAGGAGUACUGUUUCCGGGUCAAGGCCGUCAACAAGGCCGGAGAGAGUGAACCCAGCGAGCCCAGCGACCUUGUGCUCUGCAAGGAGAGACUCUAUCCCCCGUCGGCUCCUCAGUGGCUGGAGGUGACAAACAUCACCAAGGUCAGUGCUGACCUCAAAUGGCAGUUGCCCAGCAGCGACGGAGGCUCCCCCAUCACCAACUACGUGGUGGAGAAGAGGGACGUGAGGAGGAAGGGCUGGCAGGCGGUGGACACCACGGUGAAGGAGCUCAAGUACUGUGUGACUCCCCUCAAUGAGGGCACCCUGUAUGUGUUCAGAGUGGCUGCUGAGAACGCCUGUGGGAUGGGGGAGUUCUGUGAGCUGGAGGAUGCGGUGCUCGCCAAGGACACGUUCACCACUCCUGGGCCACCGUACGCGCUGACGGUGGUGGAGGUUACCAAGAGACACGUGGAGCUGAAAUGGGAAGCCCCCAAAAGCAAUGGUGGAAGACCCAUUACCAAGUAUGUGAUUGAGAAGAAGGAGAAACUGGGCAGCCGCUGGCUGAAGUGCUGUAAGACUCCUGACAAGCAGAGCCAGUACAAAGUGACUGAUGUGGACGAGGGGACCGAGGUCCAGUUCCAGGUGCGAGCGGAGAACAAGGCUGGCGUCGGAGAUCCCAGUGAGCCCACUGAGAUCUUCACCAUCGAAGACCCAACCAGCCCUCCGUCUCCUCCCCAGCAGGUGGCCAUCCCCGACGCCAGCAGGCUGCACAUCAACGUGACGUGGAAGCCUCCUACUAAGGACGGAGGCUGCCCCAUCACCGGCUACCACGUGGAGGUGGCAGAGGCCCGCCCAGAGCUUAAGUGGCUCCGGGUCAACACCCGACCAAUCAAGGAGCUCCAGUUCCGCGUUGAUGACGGAAUCAAACCAGAGAAGAAGUAUGUCAUCAGGGUGCGCGCCAUCAACUCCAUCGGUGUCAGUGAUCCCUCAGAGAUAACCGACAAGAUCUUCACCAAGGAUCCUGACUGUGCCCCGACCUUGCAGCUUGACGGAAAAGACUUAGUGGUGGUUGAGGGGGAGAAGCUCCACCUCAACAUCCCCUACACCGCCAUCCCCACACCCAGCAUGGUGUGGCAGAAGGACAAGGUGGAGUGUAAGGCAGACGACAAGACCUCCAUGACCAUGGAGAUGAGCAAUGCUCACCUGGAGAAGCUGAGGUGUUCCCACGGCGACGCCGGAGAGUAUACCAUCACCCUGAAGAAUAGUCUGGGAAUCGUCAGCGAGACCGUCAACGUCAAAGUCAUUGGUCUUCCUGGUCAGUGUGAGGACAUCAGCUCCAGUGAUGUCACAAAGAACUCCUGCAAAAUGAGCUGGAAAGCCCCCGAGAACAACGGGGGCACACCCAUCGUCAGCUACACCCUGGAGCGCCGUGAGUCCUCCAAGAAGACCUAUGUCCCGGUCCUGUCAGGGGAGGACAUCCUCUCCUGCUCCGUCAAGGACCUCUACGUCAACUGUCAGUACCACUUCCGGGUCAAGGCGCACAACAAGGUGGGGGCUGGAGAGUACCUCGAGCUGCGCAGCCCAGUGAUCAUUGAGGAGAUCAAGCAGAAACCAGACCCACCCAUCCAGGUAGCGGGCCAGGACCCCACCUCCAAGUCCAUCACGGUCACCUGGAAGGCCCCAGACUACGACGGUGGCUGCGCCAUCCAGGGCUACAUCCUGGAGAAGAUGAUAAAGGACGGGGAUCGCUACGAGAGGAUCAAUCCCAGCCUGGUCCAUGGUCUCUCCUACGUGGUGGAGGAGCUCCUUGAGGACAUGGAGUACCAGUUCAGAGUCCGCGCCGAGAACGCCGCUGGAGUCAGCGAGCCAUCUCGCAGCACGCCACUCAUCAAGGCUGCUGACCCCGUGGAGAAACCAAAGGUCACCCUUCACGCCCACGUGCAGUCCGGCGUGUGCGUCAAAAAGGGCCAGGAGGUCCGCAUCGACGCCUACAUCUCCGGAUGCCCCUACCCUACGAUCAGCUGGCUGAGGAACGACGAGAACGUCACCAAUGAACCUACCAAGAAAACUGCUCCAAUCAUCAAGAAGAAGAGCAGAGCCAAGGUUCCAGAGCCUGAUGAGGAGUUUGUGACCCCGAUGAGGGAGCGUCUGGGUCUGGAAGCCACCCAGAAGGGCCAGGCGGCCCUGAUGAUCCGAGACACCGUCCGGGCUGACCAUGGGGUCUUCACAGUCCAGGUGGAGAACCAGCAUGGAGCUGCCACAGCCACCUGUGUGGUCAACAUCCUCGACAAGCCUGCUGCUCCCAUCAACUUCACAUUCGAUGAGAUCAGGAACACCUCGUUGGUGUGCCAGUGGGAGGCUCCCGAGGAUGACGGAGGCAGCGAGAUCCUUAACUACAUCCUGGAGAAGAAGGACAACAAGAACGAGGAGGUGGGCUGGAUCACCAUCACCUCCACACUGAAGGGCACCAGCUACCCUGUCACCAAGCUCAUUGAAGGGAAGGAGUACAUCUUCAGAGUCUCGGCGGAGAACAGGUUUGGCUGCGGACCCACCUGUACCUCGGAGCCAGUGGUGGCCAAGAACCAGUUUGACCCCCCAGACGCCCCCAACACCCCAAGGGUGCAUGAGGUGACAGCCAGCAGCGCCCGUAUCUCCUGGCAUGAGCCCAAAGACAAUGGCAGCCCCAUCCUGGGCUACUGGAUCGAGAGGAAGGAGGUGAACAGCAAGCACUGGACCAGGGUGAACCGCGUCCUUCUCAACUCCCUGGAAGUGAAGGUGAUCGGCCUGAUGGAGGGCCUCACCUACAUCUUCAGGGUGUGUGCUGAGAACCUGGCCGGCCCCGGGCCCUUCAGUGAGCCCUCCGAUCGCACCGUGGCCAUGGACGCCAUCUUGCCCCCUGGCCCCCCCAUCCCCUGGGUGGUGGACACUGGGAAGGAUUGUGUGAUGAUCGCCUGGAAGCCCCCUCUCUACAACGGUGGAGGAGACAUCCUGGGCUACCAUGUGGAGAAGGUGGUGGCUGGGGAGAAGGAGUGGAGUCGCUCCACGGAGUUCAGGUGCAAGGAGCUGAGCUACACAGUGAGUGGUCUGACUGAGGGAACCGACUACUACAUCAGAGUCCUCGCUGUCAACGACGCAGGGCCCGGGGCCCCUGGAGUCACCGAGCCAGUGACCGUCAAGGAGCCACAAGAGGCCCCGGCGGUAGACUUCGAUGUCUCGGUGAAGAACGGAGUGAUGAUCAGGGCGGGGGAGGCCCUGCGGCUGCCUGCCAUGGUCAGCGGGCGCCCGCAGCCAGAUGUGAAGUGGAGCAAGGACACGGUGGAGGUGGACAAGGAGAGGGCCCUGGUGGAGACAGAGGGAAGGAACAGUGUGCUCUUCAUCAGGAAGGUGGUGAGGGCCGACCACGGAAAAUACCAGGUCACCGGUACCAACAGUAGUGGAACUAAGUCUGCUGAGACCCGGGUGGACGUCAUGGAUGUCCCUGGGUCGGUUGUGGACCUGAAAACGGUGGUGGUGACUAAGAAGAACAUCACCCUGACCUGGGCUGACCCCCUGGACAAUGGAGGAAGUGACAUCUUGGGUUAUGAAGUUCUAAGGAAGGACGCCAAGAUGAAGCUGUUCCGCCAGCCGGUGGAGACGGCGGCCUGUAAGUGUGACAUCCAGGACCUGCUGGUGGGCGAGGAGUACGACUUCAGAGUCAUUGCAAGGAACAAGUAUGGAGACGGAGCCCCUGCAGACCUGGGCCCCAUCCUCGCUGUGGAUCCCAAAGGAACCCCUUCGGCUCCAGAGAAGCUGCACUACAGCGACAAGGGGAAGACCAGCAUCAGUCUGGUCUGGGAGCUCCCCCGUACGGACGGAGGGAGCCCCAUCCUUGGCUACUAUGUGGAGAAGAUGAGGUCGGACAGCAACGAGUUCGAUGUGGCAGGACGCAUGUUCCCAGGGUGCUGUGGAACCCUUGAGAACCUGUCGGAGAACCAGGAGUACCAGUUCCGAGUCUUCGCCGUGAAUGAGGUUGGAAACGGCGAGACGUCCAAGCCCUUCUCAGCCAAGAUCCAGGACGAUGAACUUCCUCCUGUCAUUAGCAUUAUGAAGUACUUCAAGAGCAACACCAUCACUGUGAAGAAGGGUGCCGUCGUGGACAUCCCAGCUCAGGUCAGGGGCCUUCCCCUCCCAACCCUCCAAUGGAUGAAGGAUGAUGUGGUGAUUGACAAGCCCGACCCGGAGAAGAUGACCAUAGACACAGAGGAAGUGAGCAGGACCACCCUGCAGACUAAGAUCGCUCUCCUUGAGAGCAUCAGAAAGGACAAGGGCAACUACACGCUGAUGGCUGAGAAUUGCUACGGGAAAGCCCAGCAUGUGAUCCGGGUGGAGGUCUUGGAUCGCCCGAUGCCUCCCAGAAAUGUUGUGGCGUCAGACAUCAAGUCAGAGUCCUGCUACCUAACCUGGGAUGCGCCUGAGGACAACGGAGGAAGUGACAUAACUAAUUACAUUGUGGAAAGGAGAGAUGCCAGCAAGAAGAAGUCCGACUUUGAGGUUCUGACCAUCAACCUGAUCGACAGGAGAUACGGGGUGUACAAGCUGUUCAUAAAUGGAGCCUACCAGUUCAGAAUCAAGGCAGAGAACAAGUUUGGUGUGAGCGACGGCUGUGACUCUGAGAAGGUCCAGCUCCGGGAUCCAUUUGGACUUCCUGGUCCUCCACGCAACCCCAAGAUCAUCUCGGCCACAGCUUCCACCAUGACCCUGACCUGGGAGCCUCCCCUGGACAACGGAGGAUCUAGCAUACAGGGCUACUGGCUGGAGAAGAGAGAGCGAGGAGCCGUGUACUGGGGCAAGGUGAACCGGGCUCCGGUCACCAAGCCUGCGGUGAAGGCCCUAAAGUACACCGUGCUGAGGCUGAUCGAAGGAACAGAGUACCAAUUCAGGAUUUCUGCUUGUAACGCAGCCGGCGUAGGACCGCACAGCGAGUACAGCGAGUGCCGCUUUGCAAUGGACCCCUGCAAUCCCCCCAGCGCCCCUGGUUGUCCUGUAGUGAAGGACAAGACCAAGAGCAGCGUCACUCUUGCCUGGACCCCGCCAGACAAAGACGGCGGCAGCCCCAUCAAGGGCUACAUCAUCGAGGUCCAUGAAGAUGGCUCUCCAGACUGGAGGAGGGUCAACCCUGCUGACAAGCUCCACUCCUCCACUGAGAUCACAGUCCCUGACCUGAAGGAGAGCAAGAAGUGCCGUUUCAGGGUCUACGCCGUAAACGCUGCUGGCAACUCUGAGCCAAGCGCCAAGACGGCCGACAUUCUGGUCCAGGACAUCCUGAUUGAGCCCAUCCUCAGUCUGGAUGUGAGUGCCCACGAUCUGCUGACAUGCAGGGCAGGAGACAGCAUCAAGAUCCCAGUCUCCAUCAGUGGAAGACCAGUUCCCAAGAUUAGCUGGUCCUUCGAUGGACCUGCAGAGACGGAGAAGAAGAAUGAACUGCAUACGCUGCCCAUUGAUUCUGAGGUGGUGACUACAGACACCUGCUCACUGCUGAUGAUCGCAGACAGCAAGCUGAACCACACUGGCCGUUACAUCCUCAAUGCUGAGAGCCCUGCUGGACACAAGGUCCUCAAAGUCAGAGUCAACGUCCUCGACCUACCCGGAGCUCCUCAGGACCUGAAGGUCAGUGAUGUGACUCGAGGAACCUGCAGGCUGACCUGGAAGCCCCCACAAAGUGACGGAGGAGAGCGGGUUAAGAGUUACUUCAUCGAGAGGAAGACUGUUCUGGGCAAAGCCUGGACCAAGGUGAACCCAUCUUGUUCAGCCCAAUCUCUGGUGGUGGCUGACCUGAUCAAUGGUCAGGAGUAUCUGUUCCGUGUCCGGGCAGAAAACCGCUUUGGAUUCGGACCAUAUGCCGAGACCGUAGACGGCUCCAUGGCCAGAGAUCCCAUCCAUCCUCCAGACCCCCCAACAAGGCUGAAGAUCCAGGCGGUGAAGAAGGACACCAUCACCCUGACCUGGAAGGCCCCCAAGAACGACGGCGGUUCCCCUGUCACCCACUACAACAUGGACCUGCUCUGCUGGGAUUCCAGCGGCACCCAGAAGGAGACUUGGAGAAGGUGCAACAGGCGAGACAUCGAGACCACCUCCUACAAGGUGGAGGACCUGACGGAGGGAGAUGAGUACGAGUUCAGAGUGACGGCGUACAAUGACGCUGGAGCCAGCCGGCCAUCGACCACCGCGGGUCCCAUCUUACUUCAGGACCAGACCUGCGCUCCAUCCAUCGAGCUGAAGGAGUUCUUUGAGGUUGAGCAAGGAUCAGACAUCAACGUCAGGGCCACCAUCCAUGGCUGUCCCUUCCCCACCCUCACCUGGUUCAAGGCCCCUCCCCACAAGCCAGAGGACAAGGCGGAGGUCCAAUAUGACGAACACAUCAACAAGAUGGUUGCCGACGACAACUGCACGCUGCUGAUCCAGCAGGGCAAGAGACCAGACACCGGCCUCUACACUCUUGUUGCCUCCAACAGCAUGGGCAAGGCCUCCAAAGAGAUGAGACUCAAUGUCCUCGGCCGCCCCGGGGCUCCCUCUGCCCCCAUCAAGUUUGAGGAGAUCAGAGAAGACCAGAUCACACUGUCCUGGCUGCCUCCUAAAGACGACGGCGGCUCCAAGGUGACCAACUACGUGAUCUGGAGGCGUGUGGCAAACAGGAAGACCUGGGUGCAGGUGACCAGCGAGCCCAAGGAGCGGCUGUGGACGGUGGAGGGCCUGAUGAAGGGCCACGAGUACGUGUUCCGUGUCAUGGCUCAGAACAAGUAUGGGGUUGGAGAUCCUCUGGACAGUGAGCCGGAGGUGGCCAGGAACAUCUGCACUCCACCCGGUCAAUGUGAGAAACCCAAAGUGUCCAACAUCAGCAUGGACUCCAUGACGUUGAGCUGGGAGGAGCCAGAGGACGAUGGUGGCACGCCCAUCACCGGCUACUGGCUGGAGCGCAAGGAGACGGCCUCCAAGCGCUGGGCCCGCGUGACCCGGGACCCCCUCCGGCCCAUGGCGCUGGGAGAGUCCCACGCGGUGACAGGACUGAUCGAGGGGUCCCAGUACCUCUUCAGAGUUAUCGCUAUCAACGCGGCCGGGCCUGGCCUGCCCAGUCCCUCCACGGACCUGGCCUUCGCCAGAGACCCCAUCUCUCCUCCAACACCUCCGACCCCCAAGGUUUCGGACUGGAGCAAGUCCACCGUGGACCUGACGUGGAUUCCUCCUCUGAAGGACGGAGGCUCGAGGAUUAUGGGGUACUGGGUGGAGUACAAGGAGGAGGGCACGGAGGCCUGGGUGAAGGCCAAGGAGAAGGAGGUGAGAGGCACAAUGUUUGUCAUCACAGGUCUGAAGACCGGGGGACUGUACAGGUUCCGCGUGAUGGCCUUCAAUGCUGCUGGGAACAGUGAACCAGGAGAGGUCCCUGAGGCCCUGGAGGUGAAGGACAGAACCGUUGCUCCUGAGUUGGACCUGGAUGCAUCAGUGAAGGAGAGGAUGGUGGUCUACGCAGGUGGGGUGAUUCGGAUCAUCGCGUACGUCUCAGGCCAGCCUCCACCGGAGGUGACCUGGGGCAGGGACGGAGCAGCACUGCCAGCUGAAGCCACCGUGGAGACCACAGCCAUCAGCUCUUCUCUGGUCAUUAAACCCUGCACAAGGAGGCACCAGGGAGUCUACUCUCUCACUGCCAAGAAUGCUGCAGGGGAGAAGAGCAAGAACAUCACUGUUGAUGUGCUAGAUGUCCCUGGGUCCGUUGGCAUCCCCUUUACGGCUGAGAACCUGACCAGCGACUCGUGCAAGCUCAAUUGGUUCUUCCCUGAAGACGACGGUGGCUCUCCCAUCACCAACUACGUGAUCGAGAAGCGCGAGGAGGGCCGUAAGGCUUGGACUGCGGUGUCCACCAGCGUGGCGAGACACAGCGCUGUGGCCCAUGGCCUGAUGAUGGGGAAGGCUUAUUUCUUCAGGGUGGCUGUAGAAAACGCCAUCGGUGUUGGACCCUUCGCUGAGACGCCCUGCGAGAUCAUCAUCAAAGAUCCAAUCACUGUCCCAGACCGUCCUGAGGAGCUGGAUGUCAGUGCUGUCACCAGGGACUACAUCAGCCUCACCUGGAAGGCACCCAAGUUUGACGGUGGCUCUGAGGUCAUCAUGUACAUCUUGGAGGCCCGCACCAUUGGUAAAGACAAGUUUGUCAGACUCACCAAGGAGAAGCUGAUGGAGAGGAGGUAUACAUAUGAUGGUCUGAGAGACGGAGACACAUUCGAGUUCAGAGUCCUCGCUGUGAACGAGGUUGGCGCCAGCAAGCCAUCCUUCUGCACCAAGCCCAUCACCUGCAAAAAUGAACUAGAGCCUCCUACCAUUGAGGUGGACUUCAGGGCCUCAGUCGUCAUUCGCAUCGGAGAGAGCUGUCUGCUGCAGGGUCGAUACACUGGCAAACCCUCGCCAUCCAUUAUGUGGUACAGGGACGACCAGGAGCUUAAGGCCGACCAGCACGUCAUGUUCAAGAACACCCUGACCACCAUGUCCUUGGGGCUGAUGAAGGCCAAGAGGGAGCACAGUGGCCGCUACGUGGUAGUGGUGGAGAACAGCACCGGCUCCAGGAAGGGAGUCUGCAACAUCACCGUAGUCGACCGACCAUCUCCUCCGGUUGGACCAGUGGUGUUCGAAGAGGUACACAGAGAGUUCAUGGUGAUCUCCUGGAAGCCUCCUCUUGAUAAUGGAGGAGUUGACAUCUCCAACUACAUAAUUGAAAAGAGAGACACCAAUAGAGAUCUUUGGACUACAGUUACAUCAGCAUCUACAAAGACCAUCUGCAAGAUUCCCAAGCUGACAGAAGGCAGGGAGUACAUCAUGAGGAUCUCUGCUGAGAACAUGUACGGCAUCAGUGACCCGUUGGACUCAGAAGAAAUGAAGGCCAAGGACCUCUUCAGAGUUCCUGAAGCCCCUGAGAUGCCCUCAGUCAGAGAGGUAUACGGCACCAAUGCCCUGGUGUUGUGGACCCGGCCGCGUGAUGGAGGCAAGCCCAUUAUCAACUACAUUCUGGAGAAGAAGGAGCCGACCGCCAAGAGGUGGUCCAGAGCAACCAGGGACCCACUGUACCCCGCCACCCAGUACCGGGUGCAGGACCUUACAGAGGGCUGCCAGUACGAGUUCAGGGUCAUGGCUGAGAAUGAGCUGGGAACAGGCGACCCCAGUGUCCCAUCAAAACCCAUCCUUGCCAAAGACCCCAUCGUUCCUCCCAGUCCACCAGUCACCCCAGAGGCCUACGACAAAACCAAAGACUCUGUCAGUCUCAAGUGGCAGAUGCCUCGUCAUGAUGGCAAGGGCAGGAUAUUUGGUUACUUGGUUGAAUACCAGAGGCCCGGUUCGGUGGAAUGGAGCGAGGCCAAUGAGAGUCCGGAGCAGUGCCCUGACCUGCACUACGUGGCCACUGGCCUUGAAGACGGACAGGACUAUACCUUCAGGAUCUACACCGUUAACGCUGCCGGCAAAUCUGAACCUGCUUACGUCAAGCAGAGCAUCAAGGUUCACGAUAGACUGGAGGAGCCAGAGCUGUUGCUUGAUGCUAACAUGUCUCGUGACCACCUGGCCAUGCUGGGAACUGACAUCACACUGAGUGCCACCAUCAGGGGUGUGCCCACUCCUACUGUCACCUGGAAGAAGAACGACGAAGAUACCCCAGCUCAUGCCACCAUCGUCACCACCGCGAGCAGCAGCAAGCUCUUCAUGCCCAAGUGUGUCCGCCCUGACUCAGGCAACUAUACCAUCACUGUGGAGAACACAGCUGGAAAGAAAUCUGCCACCGUGGCGGUGCUCGUACUGAACAAACCUUCCCCGCCCAGAGACCUGGUGUUGUCAGAGGUAACCAGCGAGUCAGCGUACCUGACCUGGAAGGCCCCUGAGGACAAUGGAGGAGCUGUGAUCUCCCACUACGUUGUGGAGAAGAGGGACGUGGCGUCAGAGCAGUGGGUUCCUGUGUCUGCAUCCAAUAAGAAGCCCAGCCUGAUGGCCAUGUACCUGAUGGAGGGAAUCCAGUACCUCUUCCGUGUGGCUGCCGAAAACCAGUUUGGCAGGAGCGACUACGUGGUGACCAAGACUCCCAUCAAGGCCGUUGAUCCACUCUAUCCCCCUGGGCCACCAAAGAACCUUCACCACACUGAUGCUGACAAAUCUGAGGUGUGGUUGGAAUGGGAGUGGCCUGACAGGACAGGAGGAAGUGACAUCACUGGAUUCAUCGUGGAGCACCAGGAAGACGGUCAAGCCGACUGGGUCGCGUUCAAGACAGUUCCCAACAACCACAGCCAUGUGACCGGGCUUGUGGAGGGCAAGACAUACCGCUUCAGGGUGAAGUCUCAGAACGCAAUCGGAGUCAGCCGUCCAGAUACCAGUGUUCCCGUCAUGUGCCAAGAGAAGACAUUGCCACCAACUAUUGAAGUUGACGUGAAGCUGAUUGAGGGUCUCGUGGUGAAGGCAGGAGCUACCGUUGUGCUGCCAGCUAAGAUGACUGGCAUCCCAACCCCCAAUGCCAAAUGGAUGAGUGAUGGCAAGGAAAUUAUGUCUGAAGGCCACCACAACAUAGAGUCUACUGGAUCCUCCUCUAUUCUCACCAUCCCAGAGAGCGUGAGAGGAGACACUGGAGAGUACCUCCUUAUGGUCUCCAACCCAGCAGGGAGCAAGACGGCAGCCCUGCACGUCACGGUCCUGGAUGUGCCCAGUGCCCCCAUAGGACCGGUCAACAUCCUGGAGGUCACACCUGACUUCAUGAUGAUCCAGUGGAGGGCGCCAAAAGACGAUGGAGGCACCUCGGUCACCAACUAUGUGGUGGAGAAGAAGGAUGUGAAGAAGCCCUGGGAGCCCUGGUCAGUGGUCAGCUCCAGUGGCACCAGCACCAAGGCCAAAGUGUCCAGGUUGGAAAAGGGUCGUGAAUACAUUGUCCGCAUCCGGGCAGAGAACAAAAUUGGCAUCGGAGCUGGGCUGGAGAGUCCUCCCACUAUUGCCAAGCAUAUGUUCGACCCUCCCAGCCCCCCUGGCCUGCCGGAGUGCUCUGAUAUCACAGAGAACGCUGUGACAGUGGAGUGGGCUCUGCCUGAGAAUGACGGCGGUAGCCCCAUCAGUGGAUAUGUGAUUGAAAGGCGAGAGAUGACCGGCAAAUGGAUCCGUGUGAACAAGACUCCCGUCCUGGAUCUCAGAUAUAGAGUCUCAGGCCUAUUUGAGGGAAAUAGCUAUGAAUUCAGAGUGUUUGCAGAAAACGUUGCUGGAAUCAGUGGACCUUCCCCUAUUUCUGACCCCGUAAAGGCCACCCGUGCCCUGACUAAACCUGGACCACCUGGAAGUCCCAAACUCAAGGACUGGAGCAAAUCAUAUGCAGACCUCUGCUGGAUAAAGCCAACCAGAGAUGGAGGCAGCCCCAUCCUAGGCUAUUCGGUUGAAGCCCAGAAAUCAGGCAGUGCACAAUGGGAUAAAAUUAACAAAGACAACAUUAAGAUCUGUGCCUUCAGGGUUCAAGGUCUUAUUGAGGGAAUGGAAUAUAGGUUCCGCAUCAGAGCCAUCAAUAAGAUUGGAGAAAGUGAACCUAGGGAGCUCUCUGAGACGGUUCUGGCCAAAGAUAUCUUGGUGCCCCCAGAAGUUGUGGUGGAUGCAUCAUGCCGUGAUUCCCUCACGGUCAGGGCAGGACAGAGCAUCAGCCUGAUCACCAGGGUGAAGGGCCGACCUGAUCCUGAGAUCACAUGGACCAAAGACGCCAGAGCUGUGGGCAGAGACAGACGCACUGAAAUCAACAAUAACUACCCACUAUGUGAGCUUGUCAUCUCUAAUGCUGUAAGGGAAGACUAUGGUAAAUAUGCUAUUUCUGCCAAGAACAGCAGUGGACUGGCCCAGGCUACCAUCAUUGUCAACGUUUUGGAUGUUCCAGGGCCUUGCCAGAACCUUAAGGUGGCAUAUGUGACCAAGAACUCCUGUAUGGUGUCGUGGGAGAACCCAGAAGAUUAUGGAGGUACUGAGAUCACUCAGUACACCAUUGAGUGUCGCCAGCCCAGCCAGAGAGGAUGGACCGUAAUCUCCAAUGACUUCACCAAACGUCAGAUGAAGGCUCCUCUUACUGAGGGAUGUGAGUACUUCUUCCGGGUCAGUGCACAGAAUAAAAUCGGUUCUGGUCCUUCCAUUGAGUCCAAGACCGCUGUACUGGCAGUGGAUCCCAUUGAGAAGCCCGGGGAACCCAUUGACUUCCAAAUCUCUGAAAUUGGCAAGACCUUCUGCUUCCUUAAGUGGAAGAAGCCAGAGUAUGAUGGCGGUAGUCGGAAUAUAGGUUACCAUGUGGAGAAGAAGCCCAAAGAAGCUGAGGAGUGGGAGAGGCUACACAAGGGAGCCAUCAAGGAGACCUACUUCAUGGCUGACCGAUGCAUUGAGAACCAGAUCUAUCAGUUCAGGGUCCAGACCAAAAAUGAAGGUGGAGAAAGUAACUGGGUGACCACAGAUGAAGUUUUGGUGAAGGAACAGUUGGUGGAGCCACAAAUCAAGAUUAAACUGGAUGCGACUCUGGUUGUCAGGGCUGGAGACUGUAUCGCUAUUGAGGCAACUAUCAAGGGCAAGCCACAGUGUGACGUCAAAUGGACCAAGGACGAGAGCACCAAGGAAAUCAGGAAGGGUCUCAGGCAUCAGUUGGAAUCUGGUGCCGACUUAUCCAAGCUGCUUGUCACUGGAGCCAGGCGCACGGACAGUGGCAAAUACAUUGUAACGGCCUCCAACAUCGCUGGAACCUGCUCUGCUGAUGCUAAGGUCAAUGUCCUGGACAGACCUGGGCCCAUCAACGACCUCAAGAUCUCAGGCAUCACAAAUGACAGGUGCCAACUGGACUGGGAGGUUCCUGAAGAUGAUGGUGGCUGUGAGAUCUACAACUACAUCAUUGAGAAGUGUGAGACCAAGAGAGGAGUCUGGUCUGUCCAUUCUAACGCAGUGAUCACCAACAAGGCUAGAGUUACCCGCCUCAUUGAGGGAAAUGAGUACACCUUCAGAGUGCGUGCAGAGAACAAGAUGGGCCCCGGCCCAGCAGUUCAGAGCGACACCAUCGUAUCUGGUACACAGUUCAACGUCCCUGGGGCUCCUGAUACACCUGAAGUUACCAAAAUCGCCAAGGAAGAGAUGAGUGUACAGUGGUCUGAGCCAGAGAGAGACGGGGGCAAGUCCAUCAUAGGAUACCUGUUAGAGAAGAAGGAGGAGCAUGCAGUCAGAUGGUCUCCUGUUAACAAGGAGGCCAUCCCUGCAACUCGUCUGACUGUGACUGGACUCCUGCCUCUCCAUGAGUAUCAGUAUAGAGUCAAAGCUGUGAACGAAAUCGGGGUUGGCGCUGCCAGCAAGCCUUCAGUGGCCAUCACUGCUAGAGACUCAAUUGAACCCCCCGCACCGCCAACCAACCUGAAGGUCCUGGACAGCACCAAGUCCUCCAUCUCCCUGGGCUGGACAAAGCCUGUCUCGACCGGCGGUGUGCCCCUCAUCGGCUACGUGGUGGAGAUCAGGGUGAAGGGAACCGCCAAGAAGGAUGAGGGCUGGAAGAGGUGCAACGUGGCUGCCCAGCUGGUGGUGUGUCACUUCACCGUCAGUAGUCUUGAAAAGGAACUGGAGUAUGAGUUUCGAGUGUCCGCCCAGAACCAGGUGGGAAUGAGCCUGCCCUGCAACCUUGAAGGAGCUGUGAUGCCCAGAGAGAUCCUAGAGUCUCCAGAUAUUGACCUGGAUGCCAAUCUGAAGCAGGGUCUGACCGUGAGGGCUGGGUGUCCCAUCAGACUCUGUGCUACCAUCAGAGGUAGACCUCCUCCCACCGUGACCUGGAGACGUAUGGGUAUCGACAACGUGGUGAGGAAGGGUCAUGUAGACAUCAUCGACACCAUGACCUUCCUGGUAAUCCCUGACAGCACCCGUGACGACUCCGGCAAAUACUGCCUGACCCUGCAGAAUGCUGCUGGGGAGAAGGCUGUGUUUGUCAAUGUCAAAGUUCUUGACACCCCAGGGCCUGUGGUGAACAUCGAGGCUACAGACAUCCAACAGACCUCUGCCAAACUGUCAUGGAGUCCACCGGAGGUAGACGGUGGUAGUGAGGUCACACACUACAUCAUUGAGAAGCGCGCCAUUGAUCGCAAAACAUGGGCCGUUGUGAAGGGAGAAGUUGAGAUAGACAAGAUUCCCUUCAAGGUGGGCGGUCUGACGACUGGCACGGAUUACUACUUCAGAGUCACAGCAGUCAACCAGUAUGGGCCCGGAGUACCAAAGGUCUCCUCUACCUCCUACCUGGCCUCCGACCCUACCAGUAAGCCCGACCCUUGUGAGAAGAUUGAGGUCUUGGAGAUCACCAAGAACAGUGCUACAGUGGGCUGGGUGAAGCCCAUGAGGGAUGGAGGUGUUAAAAUCGACGGUUACGUUAUUGAAUACAUCGAGGUCAAACCUCCCCCACCCCCACCUGCACCUGUGGAGGUUCCAGAGGGAGAGGAACCUCCUCCUCCUGCCCCAGAGCCGUUGGUGGAGUCAGAUGAGGAUGAGGAUGAGGAGAAGGAGAGGGAGGUUUGGAACGCCUACACCACCGUUAAGGGACUCAGUGUCUCCGUCAGUGGCCUGAAGGAGGGCAAGAGAUACAAGUUCAGAGUGUCAGCCAAGAACAUCAUCGGCUGCAGCUCCUACACCGAGACCCGAGAGGCCUCUGAGAUCAAGGAACAGAUCCUGGAGCCCAAGAUUGUCAUGGCUGAGAUGGUGAGUGCCAAGGCGGGGGCCAAGCUGAGGAUCGAGGCGGUGGUUUCUGGUAAACCGAUGCCCAGCUGUAAGUGGAUGCGUGGGGAGAACGUGGUGGUGCCGUCCAGCCGCCUGGCAGUCCACAAGUCUGCCAACUUGUGUGUCCUCAUCAUCAAGGAUGUGUCCAGGACGGACAGUGGAGAGUAUAGCCUGUCAGCGGAGAAUAGCUGUGGCAAAGUCGAGGAGGCCCUCAAGAUCAUCAUAAGAGAUAUCCCUGGGGCUCCAGAGGGUCCGGUGGAGAUCAGUGACAUCGACUCUGAUGCCUGUUCUCUGGCCUGGAACAAACCCCUGGAGGACGGAGGCAGCCCCAUUACCAACUACGUGGUGGAGAAGUGUGACGUGACCCGGGGAGACUGGGUGAACGCCGUCUCUUCUUGUGGGAAGACCGGUUGCAGGCUGGGCAAGCUGAUCCCAGGGAAGGAGUAUGCCUUCCGCAUCCGGGCAGAGAACCGCUUCGGCAUCUCUGAUCCAAUCCAGUCCGACCGCAUGGUGGCCAAGUUCCCCUUCCAGAUUCCAGACGAGCCCCUUAACUGCCACAUCAACAAGACAAACAAGGACUGCAUGUUUGUGGCCUGGGAGAAACCAGAGAGCGACGGUGGCAGCCCCAUCACCGGCUACUACAUCGAGAGGAAGGAGAGGAACAGCCUGCUCUGGGUCAAGGCCAACGACACAGUGGUCCGCACCACAGAGUACCCGUGUGCCGGCCUCAUCGAGGGCCUUGAGUACACCUUCAGGGUGUCCGCCAUCAACCGAGCUGGCCAGGGCAAGCCCAGCAAGAAGACCGACUUCAUCACCGCCAGGACCCCCAUCGACACACCAGGCAAACCAGACAUUCUGGAUGUGACCAAGAACUCUGUGAGUCUGGUGUGGAGCCGACCAAAGAACGACGGCGGCAGUAGGAUCGUUGGCUACUACGUGGAGUACACCAGGGUGCCCGGGGAGGCCUGGCUGAGGAGCAACACCAGCAGCCAGAACGUUCCAAGGGAGGAAUACACAGUCCCCGGCCUGGAGAGAGACCUGACGUACCAGUUCAGAGUCAUCGCCAAGACCGCCGUCAACAUCAGCAAACCCUCCGAGCCCUCAGACCCCGUUCUGGUCUGCACUGAGAACGUUCUACCAAGAGUGGAGCUCAAUGCUAAGAUGCAGAAGGGGCUCACGGUGAAGGCUGGAGCCACGGUCCUGCUGGAGGCAGAGGUGUUUGGUAAACCUAUGCCCAAGGUGACCUGGAAGAGAGGAGACACCAGCCUCCGCUCAACAGAGGGCCUCACUAUCUCCAACCAGAGACAACAGUUCCAACUGGAAAUGACCAGUGUGACAAAGGAACACAGUGGAACCUACACCAUCACGGCACAAAACGCUAGUGGAUCCAAGACAGCAGAGGUCAUCGUCAAGGUUUUAGAUGUGCCUGGCCCUCCCACUAGUGUCCAGAUCUCUGAGGUGUUUGCAACCAGCGUGAUGGUGCUUUGGGAACCCCCACUGAAUGACGGGGGAGCCAUUGUCAGCCACUACAUUGUGGACAAGCGUGAGACCAACAGGGCCAACUGGGCGCAGGUCUCAGCCAAGAUCCAUGCCGACACCCAUGAGUGCAGCGUGCAGAAGCUGAUCGAGGGUCGUGAGUACCAGUACCGCGUUCGUGCCGAGAACACCUGGGGAGUUGGAGAGGCCUUCAUCAGCAACCCUGUGGUCGCCAGAAAUCCCUUCACUGUGCCUGGCCCAUGCGAGGCUCCAGUCAUCACCAACGUGACCAAGGACCACAUGACGGUCAGCUGGAAGGACCCCGCAGACGAUGGGAAGUCGACCAUCCUGGGCUACAUCCUCGAGAAGAAAGAGAGCAAGGAGAUGCAAUGGAUCAAGUUGAACCGGAAGCCUAUAAUUGAGCGUAUGCUGGAGGUCUCCGGCCUGUCCGAAGGAACAGAGUAUGACUUCAGAGUCACUGCUCUCAACCUGGCAGGUCCAGGUACACCUAGUGAACCUUCUACCUCGACCUACGCCCUGGACCCCAUCAACCCUCCUGGCCCAGUAGUGAACCCCGGCGUGACAGACACCACCAACUGCACAAUCAGUCUGGCCUGGAGCGUUCCGGCCAGCAACGGAGGAAGUCCCGUGCUGGGUUACCUGGUGGAAUGCAAGAGGACCGACGCAACCGACUGGAUCCGCUGCAAUGUUCCCAAGAACCUGCAGGACACCAGCUACAUCAUCCAGAACCUCAUCGAUAAGUCUGAGUACCAGUGCCGCAUCACCGCGGUCAACAAGGUCGGCUUCAGUGAGCCCUGUGAGGUUCCAGGGAAGCACAUCGCCAAAGACAUCAUGGUUCCUCCAGAGGCAGUGUUGAGUGCAGAGCUGAAGGAGGUGCUAGAGCUGCGCGCCGGAGCCACCAUGAACCUCCAGGCCACCAUCAAGGGCCGUCCCACCCCCAGAAUCAUCUGGGCCAAGAUGAACUCCAACAUCAAGGACCGCCAGGGAAUCAUCAUGAAGUCCACAGCCACGGACACACUGGUUAAAGUGGAGAGCGUGAACCGUUACGACGCUGGAAAGUACAUCCUCAGCCUGGAGAGUGUGUGUGGCGUAAAGAUGUACACCAUUGUCGUCAAGGUCUUUGACACUCCAGGGCCACCCGUCAACCUGAUGGUGAAGGAACACUCGAAGGACAGCGCCUCCAUCCUCUGGGACGCUCCUUUGAUCACUGGAGGCUACGACAUCACACACUACAUCGUUGAAAAGCGGGACGCUGAAAGAAAAGCCUGGUCCAUCGUCUCCAACAACUGUGCUAAGACUUCCUUCAAGGUUCCCGAUCUGGAGGCCGGUAGAUCCUUCUGCUUCAGGGUCUCUGCCGUCAACGAGCUGGGCAUCGGAGAGGCCUGUGAGACUAUAGAUGGCGUCAGAGCUUCAGAGGAGCCUGGUCCUGUGAUGGAUUUCAAGACGCUGCUUGUUACCAAGGACUCCUGCACUCUGAGCUGGAAGAAGCCUCUCUCAGACGGAGGCAGCCGCAUUAUCUGCUACGUCCUGGAGGUUUUGAAUGGAGAUGAAAAGUACAAGGAGCUCAUGAGGUCCAAGAACAUGCAGUACAGUGCCAAGGACCUGAUUGUGGGCCACGAGUACAACUACCGGGUGAUGGCAGUCAACGACUCUGGAGAUAGUCCCGCCAAAGAGCUGACCGUGAUCGCCAAGGACCAGAUCAUUCAUCCUACAUGUGACUUGCGUGAGCUCCCCAACAUGUGCUACAUCGCUAAGGAGGGUAGCAACGUGCGUCUGAAGAUCCCCAUCAUCGGCAAACCAACUCCUAAGGUGUCCUGGAAGAAGGGUGAUGAUGAGGACCUGUCAGACACAGGCAGAGUGUCUGUGGAGUUCACAGCCGUAAACACCACCUUGCUGAUCAGGGACUGCCAGAGAUCUGAUGCUUCUAAGUACACCAUCACCCUGAGGAACAGCGCUGGGACAAGGGAGUCCACCAUUUUCAUCAGGGUCGUGGGUAAACCAGGUAUCCCGAUCCAGCCAGUGAAGUUCAAGGAUGUGACUGCUGAUGGCGCCACACUAAGGUGGGGUACUCCCAAGGAUGAUGGAGGGUCUGAGAUCACCAACUACAUCCUGGAGAAGAGAGACUCCAUCACCAACAUGUGGGUGACGGUGUCCUCCUUCGUGGACACCAACUCCAUGAGGGUCACCGGUCUUCAUGAAGGCACAGAGUACAUCUUCAGAGUUUGUGCAGAAAACAAGUAUGGCGUGGGAGAAGGACUCAAGUCUGAGCCUUUGGUUGCCAAGCAUCCAUUCAAUGUUCCUGACGCGCCUGCUCCACCUCAAAUGAUGAGCAUGCACCACGACUCAGCCUACCUGGCGUGGUCUGACCCCCGCAAAACUGGUGGCUCUCCCAUAACUGGCUACCAUGUGGAGUACAAGGAGAGGAACAGCAUGCUGUGGAGGAGAGCCAGCCAGGCAGCCAUCAGGAUGAAGGACCACAAGGUGACCGGUCUGACUGAAGGAAUGGAGUACGAGUUCAGAGUCAUGGCCAUCAACCUGGCUGGCAUCGGCAGACCAAGCCUUCCUACAGACCCCUACGUGGCCCUGGAUCCCAUUGAUGCCCCUGGUCGUCCGGACGUCAUCAGCAUCACCCGGAGCUCCGUGACCCUUCAGUGGACCGAGCCCCAGUCCGACGGCGGCCACCGGCUCACCGGCUACAUUGUGGAGAGGAGGGACCUGCCCUCCAAGAUCUGGGUGAAGGCCAACAAUGUCAACGUGGUGGAGCCGGCCUUCACCGUGAAGGAGCUGCAGGAGGGAUGCAAGUACGAGUUCAGGAUCAGAGCCAAGAACUCCGCCGGAGCCCUGAGCCCCCCCUCUGAGCAGACGGACACCAUCGUCUGUGCAGACGAAUAUGAGGCACCAACCAUCAUCAUCGAGUCCCAGGUGAAGGAAGGCCUGACGGUUCGGGCAGGAGAAACCAUCAUCAUAACAGCCACGAGCAUCAUGGGAAAACCUGCUCCCACCUCAUGCUGGUCUCAGGGUGGAAAGAACUUCAAGCCAUCCGACAUUGUCCAGAUAGAAACGACCCCCACCUCCUCCACCCUGUCCAUCAAGUAUGCCAGCAGGAAGGACUCCGGAGAGUACAUCAUCGCCGCCAGUAACCCGUUCGGUGUGAAGGAGGAGAGUGUUAGUGUAAAGGUCCUUGAUGUACCCAGUGUGCCCGGGCCUAUUGAAGCCAGCGGCGUCUCCUCUGAGAAGAUCACCCUGACCUGGACAGCUCCCACUGAGGAUGGAGGCUCCCCCAUCAAGUACUAUACCUUGGAGAAGCGGGAGACCAGUCGCCUGCUCUGGACCAUCCUAGAGGAGCAGGUCAUCGACUGCCACUUUGUUGCCCGCAAGCUCAUCCAGGGCAACGAGUACAUCUUCAGAGUGUCUGCAGUCAACCAGUACGGCGCCAGCGAAGCCUCGCUUUCAGAAGCAGUCAAGAUGGUCGAUAAAUAUGGUCCCCCCGGCCCACCAGCUAAACCAGAGGUAGGAAACAUUCAAGGACAGUCGGUCACAGUGACAUGGAGGAGGCCAGCAGAUGAUGGAGGAAGUGAUAUCACAGGCUACUGUGUUGAGAAGAAGGAGAAGAAUAUGGUGCGCUGGGUCCGAGCCUCCCAGUGGUCCGUGGCUGAGCUGAGCUACGAGGUGAAGGGUCUGACCAAGGGCAUGGAGUACGAGUUCCGUGUUAGCGCUGAGAAUAAAGCCGGCUAUGGAGAACCCAGUGAACCAUCGAUGCCCGUCAUCACUAAAGUUGUUGCCUUUGUACCUGGACCUCCAGUCAACCCAAGAGUCACAGACACAACCAAGACCACUGCCACUCUAAACUGGGGCAAACCCCUUACCGACGGAGGCAUGGAGGUCACUGGAUACAUUAUUGAGCACAAGAAGGAAAGCACAGACGAUUGGGUAAAGGACAACCCCUCAUCGCCACUCAGAAUUACAGAGUUUGUUGUUGCCGGACUGGAAGUGGGAGUUAAAUACCACUUCAGAAUUAGUGCAGUGAAUGCAGAGGGAGUGGGAGAAGCUGCAGAGACUCAGGAGUUGGUGGAGAUUGUGGAGCGUGCAGCAGAGCCUGGCCUGGAGCUGGACAUUGAGCUGAGGAGAACCCUAGUGGUCAGGGCCGGCUGCUCCAUUCGCCUGUUUGUGCCAAUCAAAGGACGCCCUGCCCCCUCAGUCACCUGGACAAAGGAGGGAGGUCCUGUACCGCGUGCAGUCAUCGACAGCACAGAGUCGUUCACCAUGCUGCUCAUCCCCGACAGCACCAGGAUUGAUGCCGGAAAAUAUGAGCUCAACCUGGAGAACUCAGUUGGAACGAAGACCGCUGAUAUCAAUGUCAGAGUUCUGGACUCCCCUGGACCUCCGAUAAAUCUCAAGCCAAUCAAGAUUGAUAAAGAGAGCAUCACUAUUCAGUGGGAGAUGCCUCUUAUUGACGGUGGAGCCAAAAUCACCAACUACAUUGUUGAGAAGAGAGAGUCAACACGCAAGGCCUAUGCUACUUGUGUCACAAAAUGCCCGACCACCUCAGUUAAGAUUGAAGAUCUGGGAGAGGGAUGUGAGUACUACUUCAGAGUGCGUGCAGAGAACGAGUACGGUAUUGGUGAUUCGGUUGAAACUACUGAUCCAAUCCGGGCAUCCCAGGCCCCAACUCCUCCAGAGAGCAUUAUUCCUACUGACAUCACUAAAACCUCAGUCAGUCUGGCCUGGACGAAACCCAGACACGAUGGUGGAAGCAAAGUCACUGGAUACGUACUUGAGGCUCAGAAGAAGGGAACCGAUCAAUGGUCCCAUGUGAACACAGUGAAGACUUUGGAUUUCACCGUGAAGAACCUCAAUGAAAAUGAAGAGUAUAUCUUCCGUGUCAUGGCUGUCAAUCAUUCUGGCAGAAGUGCUCCCCGUGAGAGCAAGGCUAUUGCCAUCAAAGACUCCACCACCCUGCCUGAGUUUGACCUGCGUGGUGUGUGCCAGAAGACCGUCAUUGCCAAGGCAGGAGACAACAUCAAGGUUGAGAUUCCAGUCAUGGGACGUCCCAGACCGACGGUCUCCUGGCUGAAGGAUGGUGGAGCUUUUAAAGUCACUCAGAGAACAAACGUGGAAUCAACUGCUGCUACAGCUAUUCUGACCAUUAAUGAAUGCAUUAGGGCUGAUAGUGGCACAUACACCAUGAUCGGAAAGAAUAUUAUGGGCUCUGUGUCUGACAACAUUGUUGUUAAAGUACAUGAUGUCCCUGGGCCUCCAAAGGGACCAGUUAAAAUAGUUGAGAUAACCCGUACCUACUGUGUCUUUGCCUGGGACACUCCAGACAACGACGGCGGAGUUCCCAUCAACAACUAUGUGGUUGAAAUCAGGAACACUAAUUCUCAGACAUGGGUUGAACUGUCUUCCUCUGUCAUCCGCACCAUAUUCAAGGCUGUUCGUCUCACCACUGGAUCAGAAUAUCAGUUCAGAGUGAAAGCCAAGAACAGAUAUGGUGUCGGAGCUCCCAUCACAUCAGAAAGUGUUGUGGCUGCUUAUCGUUUCAAGGUUCCCGGGCCACCUGGCACGCCUAAGGUUGUUGCUUUCACUAAAGAAACAAUGACAGUUGGCUGGAACGAGCCUGUGUCCGAUGGUGGAAACGAGAUCAUUGGAUAUUACGUAGAGAGGAAAGAGAGGAGCAGCAUCAUGUGGCUGAGGGUUAGCAAGACUAUGGUGAAGGGCAACCUCUUCAAAACAACUAACCUUGAAGCCGGGGUGGCCUAUGAGUUCCGUGUCUUCGCUGAGAACAUGGCUGGAGUCGGUAAGCCCAGCAAGGCAUCAGAAGCCAUGUUUGCCCUGGAUCCUGUGGACCCACCGGGCCAGCCUGAGCCUCUUUACGUCAACAAGAAUGUCAUCACCAUUCACUGGACCAAGCCUGAAUAUGAUGGUGGCUUCAAGAUCACCGGCUACACUGUGGAGAAAAGAGACCUGCCUGCCGGUCGCUGGAUCAGAGCUAACUUCACCAACAUCAUUGAGACGACCUUCAUGGUGAGUGGACUGACUCAGGAUGCAGCCUACGAGUUCCGUGUUUUUGCGAGAAACUCUGCUGGUUCAGUGAGCCUUCCUUCUGACCCAUCAGAUCCAAUCACUUGCAAAGAUGACAUUGUUGAGCCACGUAUCAUGGUUGAUGCAAUCUUCAAGGAUGUUGUUCUUCUGAAAGCAGGGGAGAAUUUCAAGCUUGAAGCCGACAUUGCAGGUCAACCAAUUCCAUCUAUGGCUUGGACCAAGAAUGGGAAAGAGAUUGAGAACACAAUGAAACUGGAUAUUAAGUUUACUGACCUUACAACCACCUUGGUCAACAAAGAUUCUGUCCGAGCAGAUGGAGGUGAAUUUGUUUUGACUGCCACUAAUGUUGGAGGAUUUGCUAAACACAUUUUCAAUGUCAAAGUUCUGGACCGACCUGGGCCACCAGGGGGACCACUUGUGGUUUCUGAUGUGACAGCUGACAACUGCAUCCUGACCUGGACUCCACCAGCCGAUGAUGGGGGAGCCAAGAUCGAAGCUUACGUCAUUGAGAAACGUGAAUCAACCAGACUGGUAUGGACCAAUGUGGUGUCCGACCUCCAGUUCACACAGUUUAUGGUCACCAAACUGCUCAAAGGAAAUGAAUACAUCUUCAGAGUGAUGGCAGUCAAUAAAUAUGGAGUUGGAGAGGCCCUUGAUUCAGAGCCUACUCUGGCUGACAACCCAUACAUAUCACCAGACGCACCGCAGAACCCUGAGGUCACCGCUAUCACCAGAGAUGCAAUGUUUAUUAUGUGGAAGGCUCCUCAGAGCGAUGGAGGUAGCACCGUUACCAACUACAACAUUGAGAGGAAGGAUAAAAUUGGGCUGCGGUGGGUCAAAUGCAACAAGAAGAAGGUCAAAGAACUGCAGUUCAAAGCAACAGGCCUUGUCGUAGGACAUGAAUAUGAGUUCAGAAUCAUUGCUGAGAAUGCUGCUGGAUUGAGUGCUCCAAGUGUGGCCAGUCCGUUUUAUAAGGCUACUGAUACCCUGGACCAGCCUGGGCCCCCAUGCAAUCCCAGAACUCUUGACACCACUAAGUCCUCCAUCACUGUUGCUUGGAACAAGCCUGUUUAUGAUGGUGGCUCUGACAUCACUGGCUACAUUGUGGAAACCUGUGAACCAUCAGAGAAGGAGGAAGAUGAGGAAUGGACCAUUGUUACUCCAACAGAAGGACUUCUGGCCACCUCCUUCACCAUUAUCAAUCUGAAGGAAAACCAGGAAUACAAGAUUAACAUCUCUGCUUUGAAUAGUGAGGGCAUCGGAGAGGCAGCUUCAAUCCCAGACAAUGUAAAGGCUGAGGAUAGGCUCCUCCCACCUGAGCUGGACUUGGACGCUGAGCUCCGCAAGGUGGUGAACCUCAGAGCGUGCUGUUCACUGAGACUCUUUGUUCCCAUAAGAGGUCGGCCAGCACCUGAGGCCAAGUGGACCAAAGAAGACGGUGAACCGGUUGAGAGGGCCACUAUUGAGAGCACAACAUCCUACACUUUACUUGUAAUUGAAAAUGUCAACCGAUUUGACAGUGGAAAAUACAACCUCACAGUUGAGAAUGGAUCUGGAUCCAAAACAGUCCAAGUCCAAGUGAGAGUGCUUGAUACACCAAGUGCACCACAAAACCUUAAAAUCAAUGGUGUAACGAAGGAAUCUGUCUCACUCAUCUGGGAUCCUCCAGUAAAUGACGGAGGAGUGAAGAUUAAGAACUACAUUGUUGAAAAACGAGAAUCCACAAGAAAAGCCUAUGCCACAGUCAAAGCCAACUGCCAUCACACCACCUUCACAGUUGACCCACUAGUCGAAGGAUGCAACUACUACUUCAGAGUUUUGGCUGAGAAUGAAUAUGGCAUUGGGUUACCCAUUGAAACAGGAGAGUCAGUCAAAGUGUCAGAGAAACCACAGCCUCCAGGCAAAAUCACUCUGAAGGAUGUGACCAAGACCAGUGUCACUCUGUCCUGGGAGAAGCCAGAGCAUGAUGGAGGCAGCAGAGUUGGUUGUUAUGUUGUUGAGAUCCAGCCUAAAGGGGCUGAUAAGUGGAGCCCAUCUGUGAUAGUCAAAGAAACCGAGGCCACCAUCAGUGGACUAAAUGCAGGGGAGGAAUACAUGUUCCGGGUAUCAGCUAGAAAUGAGAAGGGAACCAGUGACCCACGUCAAAUCGGCGUGCCUGUGAUCGUCAAGGAUCUUGUUAUUGCUCCGGUGGCCAAGCUCUUGUUCAACACAUUCAGUGUGCUGGCAGGUGAAGACCUAACAGUGGAAAUACCGUAUGUUGCCCGUCCUAAAGCAGCCGUGUCCUGGUUGAAAGACAGACUGCCUCUGAAGAGAACAAGCAGAGUUAAUUUUGCUGCCACCGAUAAAAUACUGAACCUCACCAUUAAGGAGGCUGCUAGAGAUGAUGUUGGCCAUUACCUCAUUACUCUCAGUAACACAGCUGGAGAGACAACUGUAGACAUUGGUAUUGUUGUUCUUGACAAACCAGGUCAGCCAGGUGGUCCACUUAAGGUCGAGGAUGUGACAGCAGACUCUGUAACCAUCUCCUGGAAUCCACCAGAAUACAAUGGUGGAUGUACAAUCAAACACUACAUUGUGGAAAAGAGAGACACAUCAACAACCAAUUGGAUGGUUGUAUCACCUAACCUAGCAAGGACUAAGAUCAAGGCCAGCCGAUUGAAGACAGGUUCUGAGUAUCAGUUUAGGAUCACAGCAGAGAACAGAUAUGGAAAGGGACCAGUUCUGGUCUCAGAGUGUGUUGUGGCCCAGUACCCGUACAAGCUCCCCGGAUCUCCAGGAACACCUUCCAUUUCUUCCUCAACGAAGGACAGCAUGGUCGUAAUCUGGAAUGAGCCUGUGAAUGAUGGUGGAAGUACUAUCCUGGGAUACCAUCUUGAACGCAAAGAAAGAAAUAGCAUCAUGUGGGUGAAACUUAACAAAUCUAUUAUAGCUGACCAAACCUUCAAGACCACUGGUCUAGAGGCAGGAAUGGAAUAUGAGUACCGUGUUUACGCUGAGAACAUUGUUGGAAUAGGCAAAGUGAGCAAAUUGUCUGAGGGAGUCAUUGCUAGAGAUCCUUGUGAUCCUCCCGGCACCCCAGAGGCAACUCGUAUCACAAAUGAGUCUGUGUCUAUUGUUUGGUCGAAGCCAGAGUACGAUGGUGGUGCAAAAAUUACAGGUUAUGUAGUGGAGAAGAAGGACCUGCCAGAGGGCCGCUGGCUUAAGGCUAAUUUCACAAAUGUCAUCGAGACAGAAUAUGUUGCAACAGGCCUCGUGGAGAACCAGCAGUAUGAGUUCCGUGUAAUUGCUAGAAACGCUGCCGGGGUGUUCAGCAUGGCCAGCUACAGCACAGGCCCUAUCACUGCCAAGGAUGAGAUUGAGCCUCCUAGCAUCAGCAUAGACCCAGGAUACUCACAGACACUCGUGGUCAGUGCUGGAGAUACCUUCAAGAUUGAUGCAGAUGUUCAUGGCAAACCAGAGCCUUCUAUACACUGGAUGAAGGGAGAGCAGGAGCUGGGAAAUACGAUUCACAGGGAGAUCAAGAACACAGCCAAACAAGCCUGCAUGAAUGUGAAGGAAGCAAAUAUUGAGGAUGGGGGCCAAUACAUACUGCUGUUGAGGAAUCCAGGAGGGGAGAAGGCCGUCACGGUGGAUGUGGUCAUCCUGGAUAAACCAGGACAGCUUCAGAGCCUGCUGGUCACAGGAAUAACGAAAGACUCAUGCUGCCUUUCCUGGAAAGCACCACUACAAGAUGGAGGCAGCAAAAUAUCCCACUACAUUGUGGAGAGGAGAGAGACAAGCAGGCUGGUCUGGACGGUUGUUGAUCAGAAGGUGGAGAAUACUUGCCUUAAGGUUAAAAAGCUUCUUGAAGGAAAUGAAUACAUCUUCAGAGUACGUGCUGUCAAUCAGUUUGGAGUAGGGGCAGUCCUUGAGUCUAGUGCUGUGAUGAUUAAAGACCCAUAUGUUCCUCCCACAUCACCCAAGAGCCUGGAAAUUUCAGAAAUUAUGAAGGAUUCAAUGGUGCUCACUUGGGAAGCCCCCUCUGAAGACGGAGGCAGUCCUAUCACUGGAUACAUCAUUGAGAAACAUGACAAGGAGGGGGUCAGGUGGACCAGAUGCAACAGAAAGAUGGUCACAGACUUGACAUACAAGAUCACCAGACUAAUGGAGAGACACAGUUAUGAAUUCAGAGUUUUAGCUGAGAAUGCAAUUGGUGUUGGUGAGCCAAGCUCACCAACUGUCUUCUACAAAGCUCUGGAUCCUAUCUUCAGGCCUGGCCCGCCACAUCACCCUAAGGUUACUGACACCACCAAAUCAUCCGUGUUCCUCUCGUGGGCCAAACCUCUGGAUGAUGGUGGCUGUGAGAUUCAGGGAUACAUUGUUGAGUGCUGCACUACAACAGAGACACCAGAGGUUCCACCUGAGAUUGCAGUUGAAGAUGAAUUGUCUACAGAAAAAGCUGCUGAGUUAUGGACCAUGUGCACACCAGCAACUGGCAUAAAAAAUACCAAGUUUGAAGUGGAAAACCUGAAAGAAAAUCAAGCCUACAAGUUAAGAGUCUGUGCCAUCAAUAAAGUUGGUGUUGGGGAGCAUGCCGAUGUGUCUGGGGCCAUUAUUGCUGAGGACAAGAUUGAAGAACCUGACCUAGAUAUAGAUCCAGAGCUCAGGAAGAUUGUAAGUAUCAAGGCCGGGGCUUCCCUCCGCCUGUUCAUCCCCAUCAGGGGACGGCCCACGCCCACUAUCACAUGGAACAAAGAUGAAGCUGCACUCAAGGAGACUGCUCAGGUCGAGGUGACAAGCAGUUACACAUCCCUUGUUAUUGACAAAAUGAACAGGUAUGACAGUGGCAAAUACACAGUGACAGCAGAAAACACUAGCGGAACAAAAUCUGCAUAUGUUGUUGUCCGUGUUCUUGAUACGCCAAGUCCUCCUGUCAAUUUGAAAGUCAAAGAAAUUACAAACCAAUCAGUAACACUGGCAUGGGAUUCGCCUCUUCUGGAUGGUGGAGCCAAGAUCAAAAACUACAUUGUUGAGAAGAGGGAGAGUACCCGCAAAACAUACGCUGCCGUGAUAACAAACUGUCAUGAACUCUCUUGGAAGAUUGAGCCACUGCAGGAGGGCUGCAGUUACUAUUUCAGAGUCCUUGCUGAGAAUGCACAUGGUGUAGGAUUGCCAGCAGCAACUGUUGAUCCUCUCAAAGUAUCUGAAGUCCCUCAGGCUCCUAAGAACCUGAUAGUCACAGACCAAACAAAAACCAGCAUCGCUCUGGCCUGGGAGAAACCUGAGUAUGAUGGUGGCAGCAGAGUCCUACAAUACUUACUUGAGAUGCAAGUGAAGGGUCAGGAUAAAUGGUCUGGUGUUAACACAUUUAAGACAAUGGAAGCAACUGUUAGCAAUCUUAACCAAGGAGAAGAGUAUCUAUUUAGAAUUACAGCUAUGAAUGACAAGGGGAAGAGCGAUCCCAAGGUUCUGGCCAGCCCAAUAGCAGCCAAGGACUUGGUGUAUGAGCCCGAUAUAAGGCCGGUGUUCAGCAGCUACAGUGUCAAAGUAGGGAAAGACUUAAGUGUAGACAUUCCCAUCUUUGGCCGUCCAAAACCAGUUGUGACUUGGUCUAAAGAUGGUGGUCCUCUCAAGUUCACCACCAGAGUCAACAUAAUCAACACAUUAAAACAAACAACUCUGAGCAUCAAGGAGGCAGUAGGAGAUGAUGGUGGAAUGUACAGCAUCAGCGCUGCUAACUCUACAGGAAAGAAGGACACAACCGUAGAAAUUAUUGUUCUUGAUAAGCCCGGCCCCCCAUCUGGCCCUGUGAGAUUUGAUGAAGUCACAACACAAAGUAUUACUAUUUCCUGGGACCCUCCAAAGCAUAAUGGUGGCUCCCAAAUCUCCAACUACAUUGUCCAAAAGAGAGACACUACUUCAACAACAUGGGAGAAUGUUAGCAUCAACUAUGCCAGAACCACAAUCAAAGUACCAAGGCUGAAGACAGGAGCUGAAUAUCAGUUCAAGAUCAUUGCUCAGAACCGCUAUGGCAAGAGUUAUGGUCUUGACUCUCAUGCUGUCUUUGCCCAAUAUCCAUACAAGGAACCAGGCCCUCCAGGUACUCCGUCAAUUGGUUCUCUCUCCAAGGACUUCCAGGUGGUUGAGUGGCACGAGCCUGUCUCCGAUGGAGGCAGCCCUGUACUUGGCUACCAUCUUGAAAGAAAAGAAAGAAAUAGCAUCAUGUGGGUAAAGAUCAACAAGACUCUGAUUCAUGACACGUCAUUCAAGAGUCAUCCCUUAGAGGAAGCUAUUGAAUAUGAAUACAGGGUGUCUGCAGAGAACAUUGUGGGCAUCGGCAGGUGCAGCAAGAUCUCAGAAGGCUGUGUUGCACGUGAUCCCUGUGAUCCUCCUGGCACCCCAGAGGCCGUCCAUGUGACCAAAGACACCAUUGUAAUCCAGUGGACCAAACCUGAGUAUGACGGAGGUAGCAGCAUUACUGGUUACACUGUGGAGAAACGGGACCUGCCAGAAGGCCGUUGGAUAAGGGCUAAUUUCACCAACGUCAUUGAAACUAAAUUCACUAUUAGUGGCCUGACUGAAAAUGCACAAUACGACUUUAGAGUCAUUGCUAAGAAUGCAGUAGGCACUAUCAGCAAGCCAUCUUACAACAGCGGACCAAUAAUUGCAAGUAAUGAGUUGGAGGCACCUAAAUACUCUAUUGACCCUGCAUUUACUAAGACAAUCAUCAUUAAUGCAGGAGAAACAUUCAAGAUGGAUGCUGAUGUCCAUGGGAAGCCACUUCCCACAAUCCAGUGGAUUAAGGACGAAAAGCCAGUUGAGAAUACACUGAGGUUGGAGAUCAAAAACUCUGACAACCAUGCUAUGAUAACUAUCAAGGAUUCUGUCAGGGUUGACGGCGGUCUAUACACUCUUCAAUUGACGAAUCUUGCUGGCACUGAGAAUGUUCAGUUCAAUGUUGUGGUCCUCGACAGACCCAGCCCAUGCGAAGGACCUCUCUGUGUAACUGGAGUGGCUGAAGACCGAUGCACGUUGGCAUGGCGGGCCCCUCUACAUGAUGGAGGAAGUACGAUUAAUCGCUACAUCAUUGAGAGGAGAGAGACUAGCCGCCUUGCUUGGACUAUUGUCACCAACAGCUGUGAAACCACCUACUUCAAGGUCUCUAAUUUACUGGAAGGCAAUGAAUACAUGUUCCGUGUCAUGGCUGGCAACAGUUAUGGAGUCAGUGAUUCACUGGAGUCUGCAGCCGUUGUGAUGAAAACCCCUUAUGUUCCACCUGGUUCUCCGCAUGUCGAGGAUGUGUCUCAAAUUGCCCACGAUGGAAUGACAAUCACCUGGUCUGCUCCCGAGAGUGACGGUGGAAGUGAGGUCACUAACUACAUCAUUGAAAAGAAGGACAGGACUGGAAUCCGAUGGAUGAGAUGCAACAGACAGAAGGUGACUGACCUCUCCUUCAGAGUAACCGGUCUCACCACUGACCAUCAGUAUGAGUUCAGAGUAGCUGCUGAGAACGUGGCUGGGUUGGGCGUACCAAGCAUGCCAACCUCCAGCUACAAGGCAUGUUAUCCGAAGUACAAGCCCGGUGCACCAGUGUAUGUGAAUUUGAUUGACUCCACCAAGAGCUCCCUCACAGUUUCGUGGGGUAAGCCUUUGAGUGAUGGAGGCACUGCCAUCCAGGGAUAUGUGGUAGAGGUCUGCAAGGUUGAGGAGGAGCAGUGGACCAUGGUGACCCCACCUACUGGCCUACGUGUCAACAAAUAUGAAAUCUCCAAACUCACUGAGGGACAAGAAUACAAGAUCCAAGUGUGUGCUCUGAACAAGCUUGGAGUGGGAGAACCAACAGCUAUCUCAGGAACAGCUAAGCCAGAAGAGAGGGUAGACCCACCAGAGAUACUCUUAGACUCUGAGCUUAGGAAAGGAAUCACUUUGAAGGCAGGUGGGUCUGUUCGGAUCAGCAUCCCCUUCAAGGGAAGGCCAACACCUGAAAUCCAGUGGACUAAAGAUGAGGUUGAACUGACAGAGAAGGCUGUUGUUGAGAAGGCCCUCAAUUACACCCAGCUGUCUAUUGACUCAUGUGACAGAAGCGACACAGGAAGAUACAUCCUUUCCCUGACUAACAGCAGUGGUACUGCGUCCGAGCAUGUGUCUGUUAAAGUCCUGGAUGCACCUGGUGCCCCUCUGAAGCUUCAAGUAAAAGAAAUCAAGAAAGACUCUGUAACCCUUUUCUGGGAAGCUCCACUCAUUGAUGGAGGCUCUAAAAUCAAAAACUAUGUCAUUGACAAACGCGAAUCAACUAGGAAAGCAUAUGCCAACGUGUCCACAAAAUGCUCCAAGACAACAUUCAAGGUUGAAAACCUCAUUGAGGGUGCUUUGUACUAUUUCAGAGUAAUGGCGGAGAAUUUGUAUGGCGUUGGUCAGGCUAUUGAAACCAAGACAGCCAUCAAGGCUUCUGAAGUCCCACAGCCUGUUGGAAAAGUAUUCCUCACUGAUGUCACAAAGGUCAGUGCAUCCCUGGCCUGGGAGAAACCUGAACAUGAUGGUGGAAGCAGGAUUGCUGGCUACCUGAUUGAGAUGCAGCCCAAGGGUACAGACAAGUGGGGCGUCGCAACCAGCACAAAGACCUGCGAGGGCACAGUCACAGGUCUUACUUCUGGGACAGAGUAUUUGUUCCGUAUUGUUGCUCACAAUGAGAAGGGAAAGAGUGAGCCUCAGCCACUUGCUGCACCUGUAAUCGCCAGUGACAUGACUAUUGAACCCAGUGUUAAGAUGCAAUUCAGCACUUACAGUGUAUUGUCUGGUAAGGAUCUAAGGAUCGAUUUCCCAGUGCUCGGCAGACCCAAACCUAGAGUCACCUGGACCAAGGAGGGCCAAUCUCUAAAUGUUACUUCUAGAGUCAAUUUGGUUAACACUAUGACAACAACUGGAAUUCACAUCACUGAGGCUUGCAAGGAGGACUAUGGGAAAUAUUCCAUCACAGCAGUUAACACAGCAGGAAUAUUCACUGAGUCGGUUGGCAUCAUCAUACUAGACAAACCUGGUCGACCAACUGGUCCAAUUAAAGUUAUUGAAGUGAGUAACACCUUUGUCCACCUGUCCUGGGAUGCUCCGGAGUACACUGGUGGAUGCCAGAUCAAGAACUACAUAGUUGAAAAGAGAGACACCACGACAACUACCUGGCAGACAGUCACUACCCAGCUCGCCAGAACUGCUGUUAAAAUCACCAAAUUAAAGACUGGGGCUGAAUACCAGUUCAGAAUCUUUGCUGAAAACAGAUAUGGAAAGGGCAUGUCUCUUGAAUCUAAGGCCAUCGUCAUCCAGUAUCCUUACAAAGUCCCUGGGCCUCCAGGAACUCCAUGUGUGAAGUCUGCAACAAAGGAGAUGAUGAUCAUUGAAUGGAAUGUGCCAGUUAAUGAUGGUGGUAGUUCAGUUACCGGCUACCAUCUGGAAAGUAAGGAGAGAAGCAGCAUUCUAUGGAACAAACUCAACAAGACCCUCAUCAAUGAUACUGAAUUUAAGAUCAGUAACCUGGAAGAAGGUAUUGGAUAUGAAUUCAGGGUCAGUGCUGAGAACAUUGUGGGUGUUGGCAGAUGUAGCAAAGUGUCAGACUCCUUUGUGGCCCGUGACCCUUGCGAUCCUCCUGGCACCCCUGAGGCUGUAAAGAUCUCCAAGAACGUCAUUAAGAUCCAGUGGACCAAGCCACAAUAUGAUGGUGGGAGUAAAAUAAAUGGAUACAUUGUGGAGAUGAAGGAACUAUCUCUCGCUGAGGCACGUUGGAUCAGAGCUAACUACACCAAUGUAAUUGAGACUGAAUACACUACCACUGGACUCACAGAAAAUGAAAAGUAUGAGUUCAGAGUCAUUGCCAAAAAUGCAUCUGGUGUGUUUAGCGACCCCUCAGACAGCUCUGGACCUAUCACUGCUACUGAUGAGAUUGAACCACCAAGGGCCUCUAUGGAUCCAAAAUACAAGGAUGUCAUUGUUAUCCAUGCUGGAGAGAAUCUUCUACUUGAUGCAGAUAUACAUGGCAAGCCACCCCCUGAAGCCCAGUGGCUGAAGGAGGGCAAGGUGAUGGACAAAGUGCUCCGCAUUGAAGUUAAGAACACACAGAAACAUGCUGCAAUGCUGAUUAAAGAUGUUACCAAGCUCGAUAGUGGGAACUAUGACCUCAGCCUACAAAACGUGGGUGGUGUGAAGACCUUCCCCAUUACUGUAAAGGUUCUAGAUAAACCCGGCCCCCCAGUUGGACCCAUCAAAGUUUCUGGAGUCAUGUCUGACCGGUGUAUCCUUUCCUGGUCAGAGCCGGCUCUAGAUGGUGGAGCAAACAUCACACAUUACAUCCUAGAGAAGAGAGAGACGAGCAGGCUGUCUUGGACAGUGGCUGCCCCAAGCAUUAAGGCGCUCUACUAUAAAAUGGUUAACUUGAUGGCUGGAAAUGAAUACCUUUUCAGAAUCAGGGCAGUGAACAAAUAUGGUGUUGGUGAUUACGUAGAGACAGAACCUGUUGUUGCCCGUAACCCAUACACCCCCCCGAGUGCUCCUGGAGGUCCUGAAGGAAGUCAGAUCACAAAGGACUCCAUAGUUCUCUCCUGGACCGCACCAGAGCACACUGGUGGUAUUGACAUUGAUUGCUAUCACCUUGAGAAGCGUGACAAGGAUGGAGUGAGGUGGACCAAAUGCAACAGGCAGAAGCUCACCGAAACACACUUCCAAGUGACAGGACUUAUGACUGAUCACUUCUACGAGUUCCGCGUCGCAGCCGAGAACGAGGCAGGGAUGGGAGAACUGAGUGAGCUCUCGCUGUUGUACAGGGCAUGCGAUGCCACCACGCCACCUGGAGCUCCCCACCACCCUAAGGUGACAGACUUCACCAAGUCAACCGUGUCUCUUUCCUGGGGCAAACCACAGUCUGAUGGUGGAGCUUACAUCAAGGGUUACAUUGUGGAGAUGAGGGAGUACACACCAGAGCCUGAGGAGGAUGAGGCCGAAGUGGCCCCAGCAGUGGAAACAGCAGUUGAAAAGGAAUGGAGUAUGUGCACUCCGCCUGCUGGAAUCCAGGCAACUAAACUCACUGUAAAAGAUCUAAAAGAAGGUGGAGAAUUCCAGUUCCGUGUUUGCGCUAUCAACUCUGAGGGAGUGGGAGAGGCUGCUAAUGUCAGUGGCUCCGUUGUCACAACAGAGAAAGUGGAGGCUCCAGAAAUCGAACUACAUGCUGACCUCAGAAAGGUGGUGUCUGUCCGCGCUGGUGGAACCUUACGUCUGUUUGUCACAAUCAGAGGAAGACCAGAACCUGCUGUCAAAUGGGAGAAAGUGGACGGCAGUCUGACUGACCGUGCUAUCAUUGAGGCAACCAGCUCAUACACUAUGCUUGUUAUUGACAAUGUUAAUCGCUUUGACAGUGGUAAAUAUUCUCUAACCUUGGAGAAUGAUAGUGGAACCAAAUCUGCCCUUGUUGCCGUCAGAAUUCUUGACACACCUAGUGCUCCACAGAUGCUCAUCAUCAAGGAGCUUAAAAAGAAUUCAGUGACUCUUUCCUGGGAUACCCCACUUACCGAUGGUGGCUCAAAAAUCACAAACUACAUCUUGGAGAAGAGGGAGUCUGUCAGAAAAGCCUACACCACUGUGACAAGCAACUGCACAGCCAACUCCUUCAAGAUUGAAGAGUUGCCAGAGGGAGGCAUUUUCUACUUCCGUGUCUGCGCUGUUAAUGAGUAUGGCCAGGGACAGAUGGUUGGAACUAAAGAAGUUAAGGUUUCUGAGGUGCCAUUGCCUCCAAACAAAAUCACCCUCACUGAUGUCACAAAGACCAGCGUGUCACUUGCUUGGGAGAAGCCUGCCCAUGAUGGAGGAAGCAAAAUUAUGUGCUACAAUGUUGAGUUUAAGCCUAAAUCUGUUGAUAAGUGGGGCACGGCAUGCACAGUAAAAGUACCGGAAGCCACUAUUCCUAAUCUUACUCCUAAUGAAAUAUAUUCAUUUAGAGUUGUUGCUAUUAACGAGAAAGGAAAAAGCGAGCCAAAGGAACUAGGACUUCCUGUGACUGCCAAAGAUGUUGCUAUUGAACCAUCUGUUAAUCUGUUGUUCAACACAUACACUGUGAAAGCCGGAGAGGAUCUGACUGUUGAGGUCCCAGUAAGAGGAAGGCCUAAGCCUGUUGUUUCCUGGAAAAAGGAUGCACUACCUUUGAAGCAAACAUCAUCAGUAACUAUCCUAAAUAGUGUGACUGCAUCCAAGAUCCUCAUCAAGGAAGCAGGAAGAGAACAUGUUGGCAAAUAUGAGAUCACAUUGGCCAACACUGGUGGCACAGUCAGUGCAGACAUUGGAAUAAUAGUUCUUGAUAAGCCAGGACCACCAAAAGCUUUCAAGGUGGAUGCUGUUACUUCAGACAGCAUCACGGUAUCCUGGUCUCCACCAGAUUAUGAUGGUGGCUGCUCUAUCAGCAGCUACAUUGUGGAGAAAAGGGACACAAACUCACAAGAAUGGCAGCUGGUAGCAAGCAAUAUUGCUAGAAAUGCUUUUAAGGCUGGUCGUCUGACACACAGAGCAGAGUACCAGUUCCGCAUCUAUGCAGUCAACCGUUACGGAAAGAGUACGUAUCUGGAUUCUCCUGGAAUCACUGCUCAGUAUGACUCCAAACAACCUGGUCCUCCUUCUACUCCCAUCGUAAAGCUAGCCACCAAGGCCUUCAUGCUGGUGACGUGGAAUGAGCCUGUCAAUGAUGGAGGUAGCACGGUUCUGGGCUACCACCUGGAAAGCAAGGAGCGCACUAGCAUCCUCUGGAACAAGAUCAACAGAGGCAUGAUCAAAGACACAGAGUACAAGGUCUCCGGCAUCGAGGAGGGGAUGAUAUAUGAGUACAAAGUGUACGCUGAGAACAUCGCUGGAAUCGGUAAAUCUAGUAAGGCAUGUGAAGGUGUAGCAGCUAGAGACCCAUGUGAUCCUCCAGGCACGCCUGUCGUCACUGCAGUUACCAGAAAAUCUGUUUCCCUGACAUGGACUAAGCCAGAGUAUGACGGUGGAGCCAAGGUGUCUGGGUACACUAUUGAAUCCAGAGACCUUCCUCAAGGUCGCUGGACCAGAUGCAACUUCACCAAUGUGCCAGAGACCUACUAUGACGUGACAGGCCUCACAGAAAACAGCCAGUAUGACUUCCGUGUCAUUGCCAAGAAUGCAGCUGGAUUAUUUAGUGAGCCGUCAGACAAUACUGGCUCCAUCACCGUUAAAGACGAUGUUGAUCCACCACGCAUCAUGAUGGAUGUGAAAUUCAGAGACACAGUUGUUGUGAAAUCAGGAGAGACUUUGAAGAUUAAUGCUGAUCUUGCUGGACGUCCUGCUCCUGUUGUGUCCUGGACCAAGGACGGUAAGGAGAUUGAACUGAGAGCCCGUAUCCAGAUUAUUUCCACAGAAACAAGCACCUCUGUCAUCAUUAAGGAUUGCAUUCGAAGAGACUCUGGCCAGUAUACCCUGACUCUGCAGAACAUUGCUGGAACUGUCACAAUGCCAGUGAAAUGUGUGAUUCUUGAUAAGCCAGGGCCGUGUGCAGGUCCUCUGCAGACCACCGGUUUGACCGCUGAGAAGUGUAAUCUGUCAUGGGGACCUCCUCAGGAGGCUGGCGGUGCAGAGAUCACUCACUACGUCGUGGAGAAGCGGGAAACCAGCCGCUUGGCCUGGACACUCGUUAAAGGAGAUCUCGUAAAAACAUACCUUCAAGUCACGGGAUUGCUCAAGGGCAAUGAAUACAUCUUCAGGGUCUUGGCAGUCAAUAAACAUGGGCUAGGUGAAGCCCUUCAAUGUGAUACAGUCAAGAUAACAGAUCCAUUCACUGUCCCCUUGGCUCCUUUCAGUGUUGAGGUCACCGAAGUAACUGGAGAUUCAAUGACUCUAACUUGGUCCAAGCCAGUCGCUGACGGUGGAAGCCCCAUCAGUGGUUACGUUGUUGAGCGACUUGAGAAGACUAGCACGCGCUGGAUCCGUGUGAACAGGGAACCAGUGGUCGAGUGCACCACAGUGGCAAGAAAAUUGCGCAAGGGCUUGGAGUAUGAUUUCAGAGUUUAUGCAGAGAAUGCUGCUGGCUUGAGUCCGCCAAGUCCUGCGUCUGCUUCACAAAGAGCAGUAGAUGCUCUGGUUGUUCCUUGUCGCCCCACCAAGCCCAAGAUGGUGAACUCUACUAAGGACACUGUGACCAUUGUCUGGAAACCACCAACCGCUGACGGUGGUGCACCUGUCGUUGGAUACAGAGUAGAAUACAGAGAGUUCAUUCACAGACCACAGCCUGAGGAGGAGGAGGAGGAGGAGGAAUACUAUGAGGAUGAGGAAGAAGACCCUGAAACGCCAGAGGAGCUGGCAAGAUGGAUUGAAGCCAUUCCUCUCACCAAAAGUCUUGAGUUCACCAUCCCAGGGCUGAAAGAAGAAACUGAAUACGAAUUCUGUGUUCUGGCUAUAAAUAAGGUUGGCAUAAGUGUUAGGAGCAUAUAUUCAGAUCCAGCCUUUGCAAUGGACAGAAGUGCAGAGCCUUCAUUUGAUGAUGACCUUGAUAUGCGAAAGCUGCUUGUCGUCAAGCACGGCAUUGCAUUUACCCUGAAUGUACCAUUCAAGGGAAAACCAGUACCAUCUGUUGUAUGGGCCAAGGAGGGAGUCGAUCUCAAGAUUAGGGGAACCAUUGAAUCAACAGAAUCCAGUACUUCCCUAACCAUUGAGAACUCAAGCCGAAAUGACUCUGGAGAGUACUCUGUCACCCUUGAAUCUCCCCUGGGAACAGCAACUAUGCCUAUGGUGGUCAAAGUGCUGGACUCUCCUGGACCUCCGGUCAAUGUGAAGGUAACAGCGGUGACCCGGGACUCUGCUAGCCUCAUCUGGGAAGCUCCAGAGAAUGACGGUGGUGAUAUCGUGAAGGCCUACCAUGUUGAGAAGCGGGAGGCCAGCAAGAAGGCCUGGGUAUCUGUGACCAGUAGCUGCCAUGCCUUGGCUCACAAGAUAGAAGACCUGCAGGAAGGAGCAUUCUAUUAUUUCAGAGUAACUGGAGAAAAUGAAUAUGGAGUGGGAGUUCCCCAGGAGGCCAAGAAUGCCACAAAGAUAACAGAGGUACCAAGUAUUCCUACGAAACUUGGAGUUGCAAAUGUUACCAAGGACUGCGUCACCAUUGCCUGGACCCGGCCAGAGUGCGACGGUGGCAGCAGGGUGUCUGGCUAUCUCAUUGAAGCCAUGGAGAAGGGACAGAGCAAGUGGGUUAAGUGUGCUACAGUGAAAACCAUGAGUCACACAAUCAAGAGCUUGAGGGAAGGUGCUGAGUACUUCUUCAGAGUGCGUGCUGAGAACCAUGCCGGACUCAGCGAGCCCAAAGAGAUGAUUGUACCGGUUGUUGUCAAAGAAAUACACGAGUUUCCUGAGUUUGAUCUGAAGAACUACCCAAAGAACACUGUCUAUGUAAGAGCAGGUGGCAACCUGACCUUUGAGAUUCCUCUCAGUGGCAAGCCCAUGCCUAAAGUGACCAUGUCCAAGAACAACGUGGUUAUCAAGGCCUCCAAGAGGCUACUGACUGAAGUCACCCCAGAGAGCCUCACAAUCACCUUGAACGAGAGCACCACUAGUGACGCUGGGAGAUAUGAGGUCACUGCCUCUAAUGUCGGAGGAACCACCAAGAUCCCCGUCAUCUUUGUGGUGCUGGACCGCCCUGGACCUCCUGUUGGCCCAUUGGAGGUGGGAGAGAUCGGAGAAAGUACAGUGUGUCUGAAAUGGUCUCCUCCGGAAUAUGAUGGCGGCAGCCCAGUCACAAACUAUAUUGUUCUCCGACGUGAGACCAGUACUCCUAGCUGGACAGAGGUCUCCACGAACAUCGCCCGAAGUGCGAUCAAGGUGACGAAACUAACCAGGGGAGAGGAGUAUCAGUUCAGAAUCAAGGCAGAGAAUCGCUACGGAGUCAGCAACCACAUUGACUCUAAACCAAUCACAGUCAAGCUUCCUUACACCAUCCCUGGCCCGCCUUCCACCCCCUGGAUCGGCUUUGUCUCGAGAGAGAACCUGCUGGUGUGCUGGAACGAGCCUGUGGUAGACGGUGGAAACCAGGUGAUCGGAUACCACCUCCAGAUGAAGGAACGAAGCAGCAUCUUGUGGCAGAAGGUGAACAAGACGGCCAUCCCAGCCAACCAGUGGAGGGUCUCCAAUAUCUGCCCUGGUCUCUUCUAUGAGUUCAAGGUUGCUGCAGAAAACGCAGCUGGCAUUGGCAAGUUGAGCAAAACAUCAGAGGAAGUACUGGCUAUCGAUGCCUGUGAGCCCCCAGCCAACGUGCAAGUGACAGAAGUUACCAAGAACUCCGUCUGCCUGGCCUGGCAGAGGCCCCCUUACGAUGGUGGCAGCAAGAUCACCGGCUACAGCGUAGAGAUGAGAGAUGGUCCCAAAGGACGAUGGGUGAAAGCAAACUUCACCAACAUCAUUGACAUGGGCUUCACUGUGUCUGGUCUGACCCAGGAUGAGUCCUACGAGUUCAGAGUCUAUGCCAAGAAUACUAUCGGCUCAGUGAGCAACCCAUCCCUCAGCGCUGGCCCAGUCACCUGUGUUGAUUCAUGUGGUGCUCCUGCGAUUGACCUUCCCCCCGAGUACCUGGAUGUCGUCCAAUACAAGGCUGGAGUUGCAGUGAAACUCAUGGUGGGAAUCAUUGCCAAUCCUCUGCCAACCAUCGAGUGGCUAAAGGAUGGGAAGGAGCUGGUGUCCUCCUCCAUACUGUCUGUUGAAAGCACAACGGAUUUCUCUGGUGUGCUCAUCAAGGACGCCUCUCGCUUCAACACCGGAAAAUACGAAAUAAAGAUCAAGAACGCUCUGGGUUCGGCCUCUGCAUCCAUCAGGAUCGAAAUUCUUGACAAGCCUGGUCCCCCGGCUGGUGAAAUUACAUUCAAAUCCGUCACCGCCGACCGCAUCAUCUUGGGCUGGGAGGCGGUGCCUGAGGAUGACCAAGGAGGCGCCAAAGUGACGCACUACGUGGUGGAGAGGCGCGAAACCAGCCGAGUGGUUUGGUCCACGGUGUCUGACUGCUUGGAGCAGACCCAUGUCAGUGUUUCAAAGCUGUUGAGAGGAAACGAGUAUGUGUUCCGAGUGAUGGGGGUCAGCAAGCUUGGAGUCGGAGAAGCUCUUGAGUCCGAACCAGUCGUCGCUAAGAAUGCCUUCGUGACUCCUGGGCAGCCACGCACCCCUGAGGUGAACACCAUCACCAAGACCAAUAUGUUGGUGGAAUGGGGCAAACCAGGCUUGGAUGGAGGCAUUGCCGUCACUGGCUACUACCUGGAGAGACGUGACAAGAAGAGCUUGCGCUGGAUCCGGGUUAACAAAGACCUAAUCACUGACACCAAGCAGACCAUCUUCCAUCUGACAGAGGGCAAUGAGUACCAGUACCGCGUAUGUGCCAUCAACAAGGCGGGAUUAGGGCCCCUCUCUGAGGUAUCGGACUACUACAGGGCCGCUGAUCCAGUUGAAUAUCCAGAUGAGCCCUGUAAGCUGAGGGUGGUGGACUCCACCAAGACAUCCAUCACCUUGGGCUGGUCCAAGCCUGAAUGGGAUGGAGGCAGCGAGGUCAUCAGCUACAUGGUGGAGAAGCUUGUGGAGGGAGAGGAAGAAUGGGCCCUUAUUACCUCCAAGGGAGAGGUCAAAACAACAGAGUACACUGUCCAUGACCUGAAGCCAGACGUCAACUACUUCUUCAGAGUGUCUGCCAUCAACUGUGCUGGUCGUGGAGAGUCUCUGGAGAUGACUGAUGCUGUGCAGGCCAAGGACAUCCUGGAGGAGGCCAAGUUGGAUCCAGAUGUAGCCAUGAGAACUCACUACAUCGUCAAGGCAGGAAAGGAUGUAGAGCUGUCUGUUCCCCUGAAGGGAAGACCUGCACCCACAGCCUCCUGGAGCAAGGGAGACGAGUGCAUCAACAACGACCCCAAAUAUGAGUUCCACCACUCAGACACCACCUCAGUCCUUGUCAUGCGUGAGAUUACCAGGCUUGAUACUGGAAAGUACAAUGUCAAGAUUGAGAAUGGGGUGGGAGAACCCCAGACCGUGACCCUCUCUGUAAAGGUCCAGGACACCCCUGCUCCCUGUAGGAACCUGGUUCUGAAGGACGUGACUCGUGGGAAAGUGACUCUCUGCUGGGAGACCCCACUUCUGGAUGGUGGAGCUGAAAUCAACAACUACAUCAUUGAGAAGAGAGAUUCUUCAAAGAGGGCAUAUUCUGCUGUCACCAAUAAAUGCACUGACACAACAUACACCAUUGAAGACCUCUCUGAGAAAACGUCUUUCUUCUUCCGCGUGUCUGCGGAGAAUGAGAAUGGCAUUGGUGACCCAUGUGACACUGCUGAGCCAGUGAAGGCUACCGAGGUACCAGGACCAGUCAAGGAAGUGACCAUGAAGGAUUCAUCCAAGACCUCCGUCACUCUCCAGUGGCUGAAACCGGAUUAUGAUGGUGGCAGCAUCAUCUCUGAUUAUAUGAUUGAGAAGAGGCUGCAGGGUGAGGAGGAAUGGUCCCUGGGAGGAACGAGCAAGCAGUGUGAGUGUGAGGUGAAGAAACUAAAAGAACAUACAGGUAUGUUCUUCAGAGUUGCUGCAAGGAAUGAAAAGGGUCAAGGUGACUUUGUGGAGGUUGGGCCAAUCAAGGUGAUCGACUACAUUAUUACACCUGAGGCCUGUCUUGCAGACUACCCAGGAGGAACCUUUAGUGUUCGUCUGGGACACAAUGUCCACAUUGAGCUGCCCUACAAGGGCAAGCCGAGACCAAAUACCCUGUGGUUCAAGGACAGCAUGCCUCUGAAAGAGAGCGACCAGAUCCGCUUCAAGAAAACUGAGAGCAAAGCCACAAUAAUGAUCAAGAAUGUUACAAAGGAGAAUGAGGGAAAAUACACGUUAACCCUUGACAACAACGUCAACAGGAAAUCCUUCCACAUCCAUGUGAUCACAUUGGGACCACCGUCCAAGCCGGUCGGACCGAUCCUCUUGGAUGAGGUGAGAGCCGAGAGCAUCACAAUCUCAUGGGAGGAACCCAAUGACGACGGAGGUGGAGAAAUCACAUGCUACACUAUAGAAAAGCGGGACGCCACUCAGUCUGACUGGAAGAUGGCCUGCUCUAGUGCGCAAGGCACACAGUUCAAGAUCCCCAACCUGAUCAAGGGUUCGCAGUACCAGUUCAGAGUGUGUGCUGAGAAUAGAUACGGUCUGAGUGAGCCGCUUCUGUCCCAGAUGGUUAUUGCCAAGCACCAGUUCAGGCCUCCAGGCCCACCAGGCAUUCCCUUUGUGUACAACGUCACCAACGACGGCAUGUCCAUCCAAUGGGAGGAGCCCAUCUAUGACGGCGGUGCGCCCAUCCAAGGUUACCAUGUGGAGAAGAGGGAGAUGAACAGCAUCAUGUGGCAGAAGGUGAACAACAUGCUGGUGACCAAGAGGGAGUACCGCAUCCUGGGCCUGAUCGAAGGCCUGCAGUACUCCUUCAGGGUCUACGCCAAGAACGACUCUGGAUUUAGCAGGAUGAGUGACGUCAGCAAGCCAACCAUGGCUGUCUCUCCUGUUGAUCCCCCUGGCCAGCCGGACUACACCGAUGUGACUGGUGACUCUGUGAGCUUGAAGUGGGAUGCUCCCAAACGAGACGGUGGCAGUAAAAUCACUUCCUAUAGCAUUGAGAAACGGCAGGGCAAGGGUCGCUGGUUCAGGGCUAACCUGACAGAAGUCCAUGACUGCGAGCACACAGUUACUGGCCUGGCUGUGAACGAGCGCUAUGAGUUCAGAGUCAUCGCCAGGAAUGCAAUUGGCGUUAUCAGCCCACCUUCCAACUCCUCUGGCUUCAUCGUGGUCAGAAGUGAAAAUGCUGCACCAAACAUUGAGUUUGGCCCCGAGUACUUUGAAGGAUUAACAGUCAAGGCAGGAGACAACAUCCGACUGAAGGUGACCAUCACCGGCCGUCCUGUUCCCAAAGUGGUGUGGCACCGAGAUGGAGUGGAGAUAACCAAGAAGAUCAUGGACGUUAUUAACAUGGCUGGAUCCAGCAUCCUGUUUGUCAGGGAUGCUGAUCGUACCCAUAAGGGUGUCUAUUCUGUUGAGGCCACCAAUGGCUCUGGAACCAAGAAGGAGACUAUUAAUGUCCAAGUCCAAGACACACCUGGGGAGCCGGUGGGACCCAUCACCUUCAGCCGUAUCUCCGAGGGCAAGUGCACUCUGUCCUGGAGCCCGCCAGAGAACGAUGGCUGCUCCGAGGUUUCUCACUACCUUAUCGAGAAGCGUGAGACAGCCAAGAUAUCUUGGGCAAUGGUUACUGAUGAGUGCAAGGAAUGCACCUUUGAUGCCACAAAGCUGAUAAAAACUAACGAGUACCAGUUCAGGAUUUCUGCUGUCAACAAGUUUGGAGUGGGAAGACCUUUGGACUCCACCCCUGUCAUCGCUCAGUUGCAAUACACAACUCCAGAUGCCCCAGGCACUCCUGAUGUCACCGAGGCGAGCGGAGACAGCAUCACACUAGCCUGGACAGCGCCAACCUCUGACGGAGGAGACCCCAUUCAGUCCUACAUACUGGAGAAGCGGGAGAAGAAGACCACCCGCUUCUACAAAGUGAUCACGAAGAAAGCCAUCACUGAGGUUGCUCACAAGGUGCUCCACCUCACUGAGGGAACCGAGUACGAGUUCCGUGUCAUGGCCGUGAACAAUGCCGGUGUGGGCACUCCAAGCAAUGUCUCGAUGCCCAUCAUGGCCGCAGAGCCCAAGGACAUCCCCUGUGCCCCGUCGGUGGUCUGUGUGUCUGACUCCAGCAAUACAAGCAUAAGCCUUGAAUGGUCCCGGCCCGCAGAUGAUGGAGGCACGGAGGUCCUGGGCUACAUCGUCGAGAUGGUUAAGGGAGAAGAAGAGGAAUGGACGAGAGUGAACGAGGAAUUGGUGGCACAAACCACCUACGAGGUGAUUGGCCUGGAGACAGGAUCUGAAUACCGGUUCCGUGUUGCGGCGGUCAACCAUGUGGGCCGGGGUGAGGACCAGGAGACCCCCGAGGCUGCUCAGGCCGUAGACAGACUCACGCCCCCACAGGUAGACAUCGAUGCAAGCUUUAAGCAGACGCACAUCGUCAAGGCUGAAGGCUCGGUAUGUCUGGGAAUCCACUUCAGAGGGAAGCCCAUUCCCACAGCAAGCUGGACAAAGGAAGACGGGGAACUAGGUGUCUUGUCUGAGGUCUCUACUACAGAGGGCUACAGCUCACUAAGCAUGGAAAACUGCAGUAGAAAUGAAUCAGGCAAAUACAGCAUUACACUGGAGAACCCCAGUGGUAGCAAGACUAUUACCUAUAAUGUGAAAGUGAUGGAUACCCCUGGAGCUCCACAGGCCCUGGCCGUCCAGGAGGUGGGCAGAGGAUCGGUCACUCUGACCUGGGAGCCUCCCAUUAACGAUGGUGGAGCCCGUAUCCAUCACUACAUCGUAGAAAGACGUGAAGCCAGCCGCCGCACCUGGCAGCAGUCUGGUGGAAAAUGCACCAAGCAGAUCCUGAAGAUUCAGAACCUGCUGGAAGGGGUUCCAUACUUCUUCAGAGUCUCCGCUGAGAACCAACAUGGCAUGGGAGAAGCCCUGGAGCUGACUGAUCCUACCAUUGCUACAGCAGAGCCUUCGUCUCCAAAGAGAAUGGACAUCCUGGACACCACAGACACCUCUGUGGCUCUGGGAUGGCUGAAGCCAGAGCACGACGGCGGUAGCCGUAUCCAGUGCUACAUUGUUGAGGUGAGAGCUAAGGGUACAGAUAAAUGGAUGGUAGCUGGAAACACAAAGAACCUCACAUUCUCUGUUGAGAAGCUGAACAAAGGUGAUGAGUAUGACUUCCGUGUCAAGGCAAAGAACGAAUCUGGCUUAAGCCAGCCGAAGGAGACUUUGGCCUCUGUUCUAGUCAAGGAGCCUCACAUCGAACCUGCGGCUGACCUCAGUGAGAUCAUCAACCAGCUCAUCACAUGCAGGUCUGGAAAGACCUUCACCAUCGAUGUUCCUUUCAGUGGAAGACCUGCUCCUAAGGUGAGCUGGAGGCUGGAGGAGAUGAGGCUGAAGAACACAGACAGAGUCUCCAUCACGGUUGCCAAGGAUAGGACCAGCAUCACUGUUAAGGAGGCCAUGAGAGGAGAUGGAGGUAAAUACUACCUGACCCUGGAGAACGCGGCAGGAAACAAGACCUUCACUAUUAAUGUCAACGUUAUUGGAAGACCAAGUCCUCCUGCCGGAACCAUUGAGGUCUCCUCCAUCACUUCGGAGUCCUGUACUAUUGAAUGGGGAGCACCAGAGGAUGAUGGUGGAACUGACAUCACCAACUACAUUGUGGAGAAGCGCGAGUCUGGCUCCACCGCCUGGCACCUCAUUAACUCCAGCGUGAAGCGCACCACCCUCCACGUUAGUCACCUAACCAAGUACAUGCAGUACACCUUCAGGGUCUGUGCUGAAAACCAAAUCGGAGUCAGCAAGUCCACAGAAUCUGAGACCAUCGUUGCUGAGCAUCCAUUCACACCCCCAGGCCCGCCAACCAGGCCAAGCGUGUCUGGAGUCACAGCCAACAGCAUGCACAUCAAAUGGGAAGAACCCUACAAUGAUGGAGGCAGCAAGGUGACUGGCUACUGGAUCGAGAAGAAGGAGAAGAACAUCAUCCUCUGGGUUAGAGAAAACAAGGUCCCCUGCUUUGAGUGUAACUACAAGGUGGAAGGACUGGUUGAAGGCCUGGAGUACCAGUUCAGAAUCUCUGCCAUGAACAGCGCUGGUCUCAGCAAGGCCAGCGAGGCAUCCAAGAGGACUGUUGCUCAGAACCCCGUUGGCCCACCAAGCAAACCUGAAGUCACAAACGUCACCAGAUCCACUGUGUCUCUUAAGUGGUCUUCUCCACUGAACGACGGCGGCUGUCCCAUAGUGGGCUAUAUCAUCGAGCGUAAGAACUACACCCUAACCGGGGAAGGUCGCUGGCUCAAGUGUAACUACACAAACGUGACUGAUACCUUCUUCACGGUCACCGCCCUGGGAGAGGGAGAGCCUUACGAGUUCAGAGUCAUCGCCAAGAACACCAACCAGGUGUUCAGCAUGCCUUCAGACUCUACUGGCUCCGUGCAGUGCAAGACCGACUUCGAACCUCCAAAGGCACAGCUGGACAGCAAGUUGCUGUUGGACACGGUGACGGUCCGAGCCGGUUCUGACCUGGUCCUGGAUGCUGCUGUGGGCGGACGGCCAGACCCCAAGGCCUGCUGGUCAAAGGGAACCAGAGACCUGGAGCUGUGUGAGAAGUACCACCUGCAAUACACCCCCACCAAAGCCAUGGCCAUCAUCAAGUUUUGUGACAGGGACGACACCGGCCAGUACAUCCUGACCGUCAGGAACGUCAGUGGAACCAGGACGGCUGAGGUCAACGUCAAGGUCCUCGAUACUCCUGGUGUCUGCAAAGGCAGCAUUACGAUCAGCAGGAUCACAGAAGAGUCAUGCACUUUGAGCUGGAACCCUCCUCUGGAGGAUGGUGGCGACGAUGUGUCUCACUACAUCGUGGAGCGCCGCGACACCAACCGCCUCAACUGGGUGGUGAUGGAUGAUGAGUGCAAGGAGCUGAAGUGCAACAUCACCAGACUGUUCAAGAACACAGAGUACUUGUUCAGAGUCCGAGGAGUCAACAAGUAUGGCUCUGGAGUCCUCCUGCAGUCUGAACCCAUGGUAGCCAGGAACACAUUCACUGUGCCAUCUCCUCCGGGAGCCCCAGAAAUCCUGGCGUCCGGAAAGGACUUUGCCACCAUCGAGUGGCUGAAGCCAGAGAGUGACGGGGGCAGCCCGAUCCUCCACUUCCUGGUGGAGAGGCGUGAGAAGAAGAGUGCCCGUUGGGUCAAAGUGAACCGAGAUGGGACCCUGGUAGACAGCAUGCUGAAGGUGUCGGACCUCACCGAGGGAAACAUCUAUCAGUUCAGAGUUACUGCAAUUAACAAGGCGGGAGAGGGUGAAGCAAGUGAGGUGUCGCUAUAUGUGAUCUGCAGAGUGCCCACAUGCACUCCUGCUCCUCCUUCUAUUCCACGUAUCGUGGACACACAUGCCGAUAGCAUCAGCCUGGCCUGGUCGCGGCCGGUGGACGACGGAGGAGCCGACGUGAUUGGCUACAUCCUGGAGAUGCAGGAGUCAGGAUCCGAGGAAUGGACAAAGACCCAUGAGAAGACCCUAAGGACCAGCGAGCAUGUGGUACCAGCUCUGUCCUCAGGCAAGAAGUACUGCUUCAAAGUAGCCGGUAUCAACAUCAACGGCACCGGAGACUUCAGUGAAGCCUGCAUAGAGACGGAGCCGGUUGAGAGAAUAGAAACUCCUGACUUUGAGAUGCAUGACGACCUGAGGAAGACCAUCUGCCUGCGUGCCGGCGGUUCCCUGCGCAUGCCUGUCACGGUGACUGGCCGCCCCACUCCCGCCAUCACUUGGAGCAAGGCUGGCGUGGACCUGCAUAACCGUGGCUUCAUCGACGUCACCAGCACCUCCACCACGCUCAUCAUCGACAAGGUGCACCGCUACGACGCUGGCAAAUACACCCUGGUAGCAGAGAACUCUGCCGGAAAACAGGAGGUCCAUAUCCUUGUGAAGAUCUACGACACACCUGGGCCAACUGGACCAAUCAAGAUCAAGGAACUGAAAAAGGAGUCUGCUACCAUUUCGUGGGAGGCUUCCACAGUGGACGGCGGCGCACCAGUCAACAACUACAUCAUCGAGAGACGGGAAGCCUCCAUGAGGGCCUACAAGACCGUCACCUCCAAGUGCAGCAAGACUUCUUACAAGAUCGACGGUCUGAUGGAGGGCAUGCUGUACUACUUCAGGGUGCUGCCUGAGAACAUCUACGGCAUUGGUGAGGCCUGUGAAACACCGGACGUGAUAUUGGUGUGUGAAGUACCUGAGCCUCCUCAGAAGCUGGAGAUGAUCGAUGUCACCAAGACCUCGGUGACUCUGGGCUGGGAGAAGCCAGAGCAUGACGGGGGCAGCAGGCUGACCGCCUACACCAUCGAAGCCUGCAAGUUCGGUACUGACAAAUGGAUGAAGGUGGCUACCAUGAAGACCACCGACUUUGAGCACACCAUCGAGAAGCUGAACGAGAACGAGCAAUACCUGUUCAGAAUCCUGGCCAUCAACAGCAGAGGAGCCAGCGAGCCCAAGGAGAUGAUCACCGCUGUCACGGUUCAGGAACAAAGAGUGGUACCCAUCGUGGAUCUGUCCAGCAUUCCUCAGAAGGUGGUGAAGGUCCUGGCUGGGAAGGCUCUGGACCUGGACCUGCCCAUCGUAGGCAGACCUCCCCCAGUCUGCUCCUGGUACUUUGCUGGUACCAAGAUGAAGGGGUCGGAGCGUGUCAAGGUGAAGAGCACCGGGAAGUUCUCCAAGCUCACCGUUUCCGACACCAACAUCGACGACUCCGGCGACUACACCCUGGAGGUCAAGAACAUCACCGGGGUCACGACCGAGGUCAUCAAGGUCGUCGUGCUCUCCAAACCGGACGAGCCCAAAGGGCCAAUCAGGUUUGAUGAGGUGGACGCCACCUCAGUGACCUGUAGCUGGGACCCCCCAGAGAGGGACGGAGGCUCCCCGGUCAGUGGCUACAUGGUGGAGCAGCGGGACGCCCACCGCCCCGGCUGGGUGCCCGUCUGUGACUCUGUCAGUAGACCCACCUUCAAAUUUGACAAGCUGAUCGAGGGCAAUGAGUAUGUGUUCCGCACGGCAGCGGUGAACCGUUAUGGCAUGGGAGAGUUCCUGCAGUCUGACGUCGUCAUGUGCAAGAGCCUGAACAAUGUGCCCGGACCUCCUGGUCGUCCGACCGUCUUUGACGUGUCUCGUGAUGGCAUGACGGUGGCAUGGAACCCACCAGAGGAGGACGGAGGUCUGGAGGUCUCUGGCUACAUCAUUGAGCGCAAAGAGGUCAGGGCAGAACGAUGGGUGCGUGCCAACAAGAACCUGGUCACCAUGCAGAGGUACAGAUCCACCGGGCUGAUCGAGGGGCUGGAGUACGAACACAGAAUCACCGCCAUCAACGCCCGAGGGUUGAGCAAGCCCAGCCUGCUGUCCAAGCCCGCCGUUGCCACAGACCCCAUCGACCCUCCUGGGUGCCCUCAGAACCCCAGGAUCACAGAUACCACCAAGACAUCGGUGUCCCUGGCCUGGAGCGCUCCUGACGACGAGGGAGACGCCAGGGUGGACGGAUACCUCAUUGAGAUGCAGAAAGUGGGAACUCAGGCUUGGACCAAGUGCAACACCACACCGUCCCUGAUCUGUGAAUACACCCUGACUCAGAUGCCCCAAGGGGAGGAGUUUAAAUUCCGCGUCAUGGCGUGCAACGCCGGCGGCUCUGGAGAACCGGCCGAGGUCCCUGGAACCAUCAUAGUGACGGAGAUGCUCGAAUCUCCGGAUUAUGACCUUGAACUCAAGUACAAGGACGUGUAUGUGGUAAGGCAAGGAGGUGUGGUGAGGCUGUCUCUGCCCGUCAAGGGUAAACCCCAUCCCACCUGCAACUGGUCCAAGGUUGGCAGCAAUAUCUCAGAGAGUGCCAUGAUCGCCAGCACUGAGGACGCUAGCGAACUGGUGAUCAAGGGAGCGCAGAGGAGCGACUCUGGAGUCUACGACCUCCUGCUAGAAAACAAGGUCGGUAAGAAGAAGGCUACGAUCAAAGUCAAGGUCAUCGGACGACCAAGCGCACCAGAGGGACCCCUGAGCUUCGAUGAGGUCCAGGCCAACUCCGUUAAGGUGUCUUGGAAGGCUCCCAGUGACGACGGUGGUUCAGAGGUCCUGGGCUACAUUGUGGAGAGACGAGAGGCCACGAGGAAUGCCUGGUACACUGUGGACUCCCGAGUCACCGACACGCAUCUGGCUGUGAAGGGCCUGAGAGAGGGAACAGAGUACCACUUCAAGGUCACUGCUGAGAACUCUUUCGGCGUCAGUGCUUCACUCAAAUCUUCAGAACCCCUCGUUCCAAAGACCCCUGUGUGUGUUCCCGAACCCUCCAGCAUUCCACCAGAGAUCAUGGAUGUGACAAAGAGCUCUGUGGCUCUGGCCUGGACCAAGCCCAAGGACGACGGUGGCUCCCCUGUCACCGGCUACUUCCUGGAGUACCAGGUUGUGUCGGCUGAGACAUGGUCUCGCCACCAGACGAAGAUCACCUCCACCAUGUUCACUCUGCCAGGACUAACGCCUGACGCAGAGUACCUGUUCCGCGUCGUUGCCGUUAACGACAUUGGUGAGGGCGAGGCUGGAAGUGUUUCUGAAGCCGUCACCUGCAAAGAUCCAUUCGACAAGCCGAGCCAGCCUGGGGAGAUUGACACGGUGAAUGUAGCGAAGAACUUCAUUGCUAUUCGCUGGAAGGCUCCUGCGUGCGACGGAGGAAAGGUGGUGCUGGGAUACUGGGUGGAGCACAGGAAGUCUACCGAAAGCAGCUGGAAGAAGUGCAACAAACUGAGGCUGAAGGACCCAGAAUUCACCGUGCCCGGCCUGGCCGAGGCCACAGAGUAUGAGUUCAGAGUGUUUGCUGAGAACGAGACCGGCAUCAGCAGACCUCGCAGGACGGCCACAUGCAUCAAAACUAAACUCAGUGUGGAAACCAAACCAAGCCUGAGGAAGGAGAUGGAUGAGGUGACUGCGAAGCUGGGCCAGCCGGCAGUCAUGAAGUGCCAGAUCAUUGGCCGCCCCGUGCCCGACAUCAAAUGGUACCACGCCGGCAAAGAGUUGGUGGAGUCUCGCAAGAACGAGAUGAGCUCUGAUGGUCGCAACCACACACUGUCCAUCAUGACCGACCAGCAGGAAGACGAGGGAGAGUACACCUGCAAGGCCAUCAACGACGCUGGGGACGCAGAGACCACCGGAGCGCUGGUCAUAGAGGCGGCUCCCAGCUUCCAUCCCGACUACCCCCUGAAGAACACCUACUACGCCGGGCUGGGCACCACCCUGCGCAUCCACGUGGUGUACAUCGGACGGCCCGAGCCCAAAAUCAUGUGGCUCCACGGUGCCAAGACCCUGGAGAACACGGACGACAUCAGCAUCGAGACCACCGAGCACUACACACACCUGGUCAUAAAGAACGUCCAGCGCAGGGUCAACGGAGGCAAAUACAGAAUCCGCCUGCACAACCACUUUGGGCGCGCAGACACUGCAUUCAAUGUGGAAAUCUAUGACAAGCCUGACAUCCCAGAGGGACCCAUCGUCCUGGAGGCUCUGCUGAAGAACUCUGUGGUCAUCAGCUGGAAGGCUCCCCAGGAUUCUGGCGGCUCCAUUAUCACCAACUACAUCGUGGAGAAGCGCAAGGACAACGAGGAGUCCACCUGGGAGCUGGUGUCCUCCUCCAUCAACGGCCUGUCCUGCCGGGUUCCCAACCUGGUCGACAGUGAAGGAUACUUCUUCCGUGUGUUUGCUCAGAAUCGCUAUGGCAACAGUGAGCCACAGGAGCUGGCUGCACCUAUCCUCAUCAAAAGUCAACUGGCCAAACCAUCCCCGCCACUGUCGCCUGUGGUCUCUGGAAUCACCAGAGACUCGUGUGUCCUCUCAUGGAAGCCUCCUAGCAGCGAUGGAGGAUCCAAGAUCAAGAGCUACUGCCUGGAAAAGAAGGAUAAGAAGGGUGACUGGACACUGGUGACCACAGACGAGAUCAAACAGACCGUGUUCUCUGUCAAGCACCUCACUGAGGGCACUGAGUACGUCUUCCGUGUGAAGUGUGAGAACUUGGGUGGACAGAGCGACUACAGCGAGGAGACCGCUCCAAUGGUUCCCGCCACAGCCGUGGACGUCCGGGCACCCGCCUUCAAGGAGGAGCUGAGGAACCUGAGCGUCAAACACAAGAGUAAUGCCACUCUGGUCUGCAAGAUCACUGGUCAGCCCAAACCUGUGAUUAAAUGGUUCAGACGAGGGAAGGAGAUCCACUCUGACGGAAAGAAGAUCAAGAUACAGGAGUUCAAGGGGGGCUACCACCAGCUGGUAAUCUCUGAAGCUGAUGAGGAAGACUCCACCGUCUACCAGAUCAGAGCCACCAACCAGGGAGGAUCCAUCUGUGCUACAGUGUCCCUGGAUGUAGAGGUUCCUGCCAAAAUCCAUUUGCCAAAGAACCUUAAGGAUAAAGAAGCCAUUCCUGCCCUGCGUGGAGAGAUGGUUAACAUCAAGAUUCCUUUCGGAGGGAAGCCAGACCCUGUUAUUACCUGGCAGAAGGGACAGGACCUGAUUGACAGCAACGGAUACUACCAGGUCAUUGUCACAAGGUCAUUCACCUCCCUGGUCUUCCCAAAUGGAGUGGAGAAGAAGGAUGCUGGUUUUUACAUUGUCUGUGCCAAGAAUCGCUUUGGCAUUGAUCAGCAGACAGUUGAGCUGGAUGUGGCUGAUGUCCCUGAUCCUCCUCGUGACAUCAAAGCCACUGAUGUCUCUCGGGACUCUGUGUCCCUCAACUGGGUGGCCCCAGCGAACGAUGGCGGCAGUAAGGUCAUCAGCUACAUCAUUGAGAAGUGUCCCACCACGGCUGAGAGGUGGGAACGUGUGGCCCAGGCUCGGGACACCCACUACACCGUCACCGACCUCUUCGGAGGAACAGGCUACCAGUUCAGGACCAUCGCCAUCAAUAAGUUUGGACAAAGCACUCCUUCCGACACCACCGGCUCAGUCAUGACCAAGGAGGACAAAUCCAGAGUUCUCCUGUAUGACAGGGAGGUUGAUGAAUCAGGCCGCAUGCCUAGGGGCAAAGCUCCCCACUCCGGGGCCAGCAAUUUGCACAACAAGUUUGCGAUAGCUGAGGAGCUCGGCAGAGGUCAGUUUGGUAUCGUCCACCGCUGUGUCGAAAAGAGCUCUGAGAGGACCUACAUGGCGAAGUUCGUAAAAGUGAGGGGUGCAGAUCAGGCCAUUGUUAAGAAAGAAAUUGCAAAUCUGAAUUUGGCCAAACACAUUAACUUCCUCAUUCUCCACGAGUCCUUCGACAGUCCUGAAGAGCUGGUGCUGAUCUUCGACUUCAUUUCUGGUGUGGACAUCUUUGAGCGCCUCAAUAUGGCAGACUUUGAGCUUAAUGAGCGCGAGAUUGUCAACUAUAUCAGACAGGUCUGCUCAGCUCUGGAGUUCCUGCAUGAUGAAUGCUAUGGGUGCUUUGACAUCAAGCCUGAGAACAUUGUGUACACAACAAGAACCAGCUCUAAUGUGAAGAUCAUUGAGUUGGGCCAGUGCAGACACCUGACUCCUGGAGACAUUACCAAGAUUCAGUAUACCACAUAUGAGUACGCUGCCCCCGAGAUUCACCAAUGCGACAUGGUGAGCUCUGUGACGGACAUGUGGUCUGUUGGUGUCCUGGCCUAUGUUCUCCUCAGUGGCUUGAAUCCAUUCACUGCUGAAACCACCCAGCAGAUGGUCGACAACAUCUCCAAUGCAGCCUACAGCUACGAUGAUGAAUCCUUUAAGCAGGUCAGCAUUGAGUCUUUAGAUUUCACCGACCGCCUGAUGACCAAGGACCGCAAGCACCGUAUGCGAGCUGUGGAGGCCCUGGAGCAUCCCUGGUUGAAGAAACCAGAGGAGGAGCUGAGCACCAGGCUGAUGCAGACCAGCAGGCAUAAGAGAUACUACCAGGCCAUGGUGAGGAAAGAGUGGAACACGGUGGUCUCUGCUGCUCGCGUGGCCAGUGGCGGCUCCAUCCGAUCCCAGAGAGGAGUCUUUGUUGCCAAGGUGAAAAUCGCUCCAUUCGAGCAUGGUCCUGUAGCAGGGCAGAUCAGCCAUUCAGUUGUCAACGAAGGAGACAACGUCAAGUUCACGUGCAACAUUGAAAACUAUGACAGUACCACUGAGGUGACCUGGUACUGUGGUGUCAGGCAGCUUGAGGCUGGGGAGAAGUUUGAGAUCGACUAUGAGGAUGGCCUUGCUGUUAUCGCCAUUAACAAGGUCACAAGGUCUGAUGACGGUACUUACAGAUGCAAGAUAGUUAACGAGUAUGGAGAGGACAGUGCCUAUGCUGAGCUCUUCAUCAAUGGUGUCAGAUCUUACCGUGACUUCUUCACCACCCGUGUAGUGAAGAGGGUGAAGAGGAGAGUUGACACUGCCAGGAUGCUGCAGAAGCCCCCAGAGUUCACCCUGCCUCUGGUCAAUCGCACCGCCUACAUCGGAGAGGACCUGCGCUUCGGUGUAACCAUCACCGUGCACCCUGAGCCUCGCGUUAUCUGGCAUAAAUCUGGACAGAAGCUUAACCCUGGAUGUGAUGAUAAGAAAUACACCUUCAUCAAUGACAAGGGUCUUUACCAGCUCAUCAUUCACAAACUGGAUAUGGAUGACGAUGCAGAGUACAGUGUUGUGGCUCGUAACACGUAUGGGGAUGACAGCUGCAAGGCUCGUGUAACUGUUAUUCCUCGACCCAAGCAAGCAGACCUCACCCUGCGGCCCAUGUUCAAGCGCCUGCUUGCUAAUGUAGACUGCAGGGAGGGCCAGAAUGCACGCUUUGAGAUCCGAGUUUCUGGCCGGCCUGAGCUUAAGUGGGAGAAGGACGGCACACCACUAGCUUUUGGCCCGUCUAUUGAGGUUGUCCAUGAGGGCCUGGAUUACUUCAUCCUGCACGUAAAAGACACUCUCCCUGAAGACUCUGGUGUGUACAGAGUCACUGCAACCAAUUCCGCUGGAUCUGCUAGCUGUCAAGCCACCCUAAAGGUGGAACAUGUCACUCAUGUAAAGAAGGAGUUUGAGAUGAGUGAGAAGGACAAGAAGAAGUUGGCUGUGAAGGUGGCCUUGGAUAAGAAGGUGAGGCUGUCUCAGAUUCUAUCUGGCACUGAAGUGAUGCCUCUGCCACCUGUGGCCAUGCAGGCAGUCAGAGAAGCUGCUAUCAUGUUCAAACCUGCCGUGACAACAAAGAAGGGGGAUAAGACAGAGGCUGAGAUACAAAAGGAGAAAGCGGAAAAGAAAAAGAGGGUAGAUGAGAAGAGGAUGCGCAUGCCAUACGAUGUGCCGGCCCCUCGCGUCAUCAACCCAGCUGCCCUGGAAGAGGAUGUAGAGAUCAAACACUUCAAGCCUUUCUCCGACAUGAAGUGGUACAAGAAGCUGCGUGAUCAGUACGAGUUCCCUGAGCCCAUGGACAAGAUCUCGCAGAAGAGGCUGAAGCCGAUCCGUCUCUCCAGGUGGGAUCAGUUCUACGAAGUGCCGUUGCCAAGGAUUAAAGACCAGUACAAGCCUAAGUGGCGCAUCCCGUCCGUCAGCCAGGACGACCUGGAGACGGUGAGGCCUGCCAGGCACCGCACUCCAUCUCCUGAGAUGGAGGCGUACAACAGGAUCAGGAGAAGAUCUCUGGGAGACUUCUCUGAUGAGGAGCUUCUGCUGCCAGUAAAUGAGUAUCUGUCAAUGAAGAGAACUGAGGAGGAAAGGCUUCUUCUCGAGGAUGAACUUGACUGCUCUUGCCUUAUCCCCAGCUUCCCCCCGAUAGAGUUUGAGCUGUCAUCCUUGCGCCCCUCCUCUCCUAGAAGAGUCUACACCGAUGACGAAGACAAGGAAGAGGUAAAGAGGUAUGACUCUUAUCGCAUCCCAUCUAAAUAUGAAGCAGGCCCAAGCUAUGUGGACCUGCGCCAGAGACACGACACAGCAACUUUCAGACCUCCCAGACAGAAGCAACGGGUCCAUGAGGAGAAGGAGGACCAGGAACUGCUGCGGCCACACAAAACCAACCAGAGAAUCACUUCCUACAAAAGCCAGCUCAAGCACAUGGAAUUUGAGGAUAAGACACGAUUCUCCAGAAAAGAGACAACUGUUACCACCUCCAAAGUUUCUGAAGCAGUGGAAUCGGAGUACAUCUCCUCAGUAGCGUCUGCAUUUAUAACUAAACCAAUCAAGAAGCUUCCUCCACCUGAGCCUGAGAGGAGAUCCCAUUCCCCUGAUAGGGCUUCCAAAUCAGAUGUUACCUUUCCUAAAGUCGACUUCCUGUCGCGGUACGAGGAGAGGAAGCAGGCUCUAAGGUCAGAGAGGAGGUCAGUGGAACGGAAGGUAGAUGUGGUGAGUCAGGCCCCUUUCAGUCUGGACCACUCCCCACGUGUCACCAUCAGGAUGCGCUCACACCGCAUCCUCUACGGCUCUAACACCAAGUUUACCCUCAACAUCCAAGCAAAACCUGCGGCUGAAAUCAUGUGGUUCCAUGAUGGACACCUGAUUCACCAGAGUAAGAAAUACCACAUGAGCAACAACAGUGGUAUGCUGACUCUCCAGAUCAUUGAGUGUCUUACAGAGGAUGCUGGUACCUACCGUGUUGUAUGCAAGAAUGCCAAAGGAGAGACAUCAGACUACGCCACACUGGAUGUAUCCGGAACAGAAUACGAUGCCUUCUCUUCAUUCCGCAAGGAGGAGGAGCCACCAUCCGUUCAUCUCCCCAAGAUGACCACGACAGAGGUGUACCAUGUCUCCUCUUCAAAGACCACCGUUCAGGAAACUGUCCAGGAAACUAUACAUGAAACUGUCCAGGAAACCAUCACAGUUGUUGAGAAGAAAAGGGAGGAGCCUAGACUUCCAGCCAAGAUUUUGAAGGAACCAAAAUCUGUCAUUGUGGAAGAGGGAGACGUGGCCGUCUUUGAGUGUGAUGUUGAAGGUGAUCCAACACCGUCUAUAUCCUGGCUUCGUGAAGGGGUUGCUAUAGCAUCUUCUGCCCAACACCACAUUGCCUCUACUCAGCAAAGCUCUACCUUUGAGAUUUCUUCUGUUCAAAUGUCUGAUGAAGGCAGCUACACUCUGCUGGUAGAGAAUCCUGCAGGGAAACAGGAAGCCUCUUUCACCUUGACCAUCCGCAAGGUUGUAUCUAAGGAGAAAGUAAUAGCUUCGCCUAGGGUUGUUUCACCAGAGGCCAAAUCUCCACUAGCAAAGUCCCCUGAGCCAAUCAAGUCACCCCAAAGACUCAAGUCCCCUGAACCGAUCAAGUCCCCCACACGAGUCAAGUCCCCGCAAAGCGCCAAAUCCCCUACUCCCUCUGAAUAAAACAACAAGACGGUUAGUACGCUCCUUAUUACCCUCUUCAUAUAUUAUUCAUUGGCUGAAUUUACAUAACCUGAUUGUCAAAUUACCAUUAUUUACAUUUGUUCAUUUAAGUAAUUUUUGUAAUUGAUGUCAUCUUGAAGCCAGACGGUAAACGGUUAACGGUAAAAAUAGUUUGAUCCCCUGACUGGUAUUGUCCUCUAAAUUGUGGUUUCAGUUGCAGCUUCUUAUUUAGAUUACGUCUACUCCCUACCGUAGCAUUAAACUGAUGUUCAACCUCCAUGUGCAGGUGUCUCUGGUCUGAACCAGGAGACUGACCCCCUCCAACAACACAUGGAACAGAGAAACACAUGUGGAGAGCUGCGACCAGCACACCUCCCUGAAGAUCUGUGCUCUGAAGGAGACGGAGGCCGGAGCCCACACCCUCAGGCUCUCCAACGAGUUUGGCUUCGACUCUGCAGCUGUUAACGUCCACAUCUGGUCCAUGUAACCCCUUAACAUUGUCUCCCUCCCCUCCUUCACAGCCUUUUUAUUUAAUGAAUAAGCACAAAUAUUCUUACUUGAUAAAGAACUGAAUUUCUGUUCUUGUAAAUAUGAACUAUUUUUAUACCAAACUUGACAUUAAUUUAUGCCAAACUAGACAAAAGUCUAAAGUUGUUAUAAACUGUGCCAUAUUGGAUAAUUAUGACUUAGGAUUUUUGAACCACUUUUCUGGGACGUGUACAUAAUGUAUAUAGCCGAAUAUAACGGUUAUGAAAAAUGAAUGAAUUGUUAUUUAUGACAAUAUUUACUGAAACAAAAGCAACAAAAUCUUUUCAAAGGGGAAAGUUUCAAAUGAAACGAAUACCCAUGGAAACAAAGAAACUAAAACACUGUGCCUCAACAAUAAGUUGAAGUCUUAAGAUUGCCUCAACAGGUAGAGAGGCUCCCUGUUGACGUUAUGAACCAGAUUCAGAGACAAAACUCUAAAUAUGCACACGCCUCUGCGUGUGAUAUUACAGUAUCUAUGAACUGUAACAUGAGCAUAAGACCCUGAGUGCUGUUUGCAUAUUACCCUCAUGUAAGCAGCAUGAACUGGUCUUGUGCUCAUACUGACCGUGUCAUACCACCAUUUGAAUGACAUGCCCAGAGUGUGAGCGGCCUGCACUUUGGACGUUAGAUCAUUUUAUUGUGCGUUGUUUCUGGCAAAGGAGGACUGGGUUUUGUUUUAAACCAACAUCACCCGGCCAAAAGGAAGAUAAAAACAAACCCAGCACUUGUGUGCAGAAGCAGCGUGCUCUCUAGGAGGAUUGCUCAGUAACGUGUGUGUGUGUGUGUGUGUGUGUGUGUGUGUGUUUCUAGCUUUUAGCCUUUCACCUGUCGCUAGUCAGGGUUUUCUUUAAAGCAAAUGUACCACAGCGAUGACACCUGCUGUGUAAACAAAAGCAAAUGUAAUAGUGUGGAGCCCUGCACUUCGAUUUAAUUAUCAUGUUGAUGUAGAAUUGUGAUUAUAUAAGUCCUCCUUGAGUUGUAUGCAUAACUGAUUUAUUAAAGCAUGAUUUCAGCACUAUCAAA